GUCGGAGUAGGAGGGGGUAGAGGAAAAGAUUUUGGCAGCCGGCUCCUCCUCUUCUCUCCAAGACUGGGAGGGACUAACCCCCCUCUGCUGCUCCACACAAGGAGCUUUCUCUCUCUCUCCUCCCUCUCCCUCACGUACAGUCACACAAACAUACACACAGCCUGGCAGCACCACACACACUACACACAGUCACACACCUAGCACAAAGCAACAAGCAGCAAGCUGGGCUCUCAUGCAGGAAGAGUCAGAGGCAGAAGAUGGCUGACCUGACAGCAGAGCAACCUCAACCCAGCAGCCUGGCAUCCCCAACCCUCUGUGCUGAUCUCCCUUCUCACACAAUCCCUGACGUCUUUCACCUCUAAAUAGAGGGGGGGAACAGUCACUUCACUUUCCUUCCCUUCCGCCCCCCACACACACACGUACACACACUCCCCUCAACAUACUUUAAUUCCAGCAGCCAUUUCAUCAGACCAAACUAGACUAAACAUGGCAGAAAUGGAGAAAGAAGGGAGACCUCCUGAAAAUAAAAGAAGCAGAAAACCUGCUCACCCUGUGAAAAGGGAGAUUAAUGAGGAGAUGAAGGUAAGGACUGCAUGUUUGGGAAGUGGUACUAUUGGUAGUGGUGGUGGUGGGUGAAGAGGGGAGGAUGGAGGAGGGGGGUUGUAUUGCCCUCUGCAUUUGGCAUUGGAAAUGAAAUGAUCCCCAAAUCUAGAAGUGCUUGUCAUUUGGUAUAGAAUGCCCUUAAUAUUCAGCCCCGCCUCCUGGGCUGCAAACACUGAUCAAUUCACUGUCUGGAGAAGUGACCUGCUCUGAUUUUAUAUGUAUAUAUAGAAAAGACAGUGUGCUCCAUGCUACUCUACCACUGACAGCAAUGCUGGACCUAUCCAUCUGUCAGCUUACAGACUCACCUAUAGGCAGAGCAGACAUCCCUGGAUUGGAAGCAGCUCUCUGAGUGGGAAAUAAUCAUUGUUACUACUUACCUGAGCGCUGGCUUACUGCAUAUUGAUACAGUUGCAUGUUCUGUUUGAAUGAAAUACCUUAGAAAGAGUUCCCCUUUUUAUCUUUUAUAUCCCUUCCAAUUGCAAUUUUCCCUGUACUUUUAUUUGUAAAAUAUUAUAAAAACUAUUUCUAAAGAAAUCGACCAUCCUUUAUUUUAUGGACUGUAUUACUGUCAGAUGAUGAUCUAUAGCCCUAGGAAGGUGUCCCUGUCUGUGCAGGUAAUGGGUUAAUGAAGAGUUAAAAAUAAAUAAAGUCUUGUCUUGUAUAUCAUUCAGGUCUGAUUCUAAAACCUUAUGAUAACUGUGUAAUUCUAAACAAUUAUAUGGGCAUCAUAAAAUGUUUUAACUCCCAAUUAAUUAUCAUAAAGGUGGUUAUUGUGUUUUAAAGGAUGCUACAACACAUGUAUGCGCCCAUUCUGCUCUUUGUGCAUUUUAUAGACCAUUGGUGAUUUGAUAUAUUGGGGAUGUCCUAGACAACCAAAGGGUUUACGGUCCUGCAAAAAUGCUAAUUUAUGACACAUGCAAGCCUGGGGUAAUGUCAAAAUAGGGUUGUUUGUGUAUGCUCAUUAAAUCAGGACAGGCUUGCUAUGCAGGUUGCUUGUUAAUUUUAAAUGUGGUGCUCAACAUUUUAGAUUUCAAUGUAUUUCCUGUUUUAAGACAGUGGACCAAUCAUUGUGAAUGGCUUCCAGAAAGUAAGAAACCCACAAAAAUUAACAAAAAAAAAUCUCAGCAUCCCCUAAAUGUGAUGAUGAUUUGUGUAAAGUCAGUAAUAUUGCAUAGUGUUGAUAAUUUCCUGGUACCAGUCUAUCGUAGAACCACAGAAGGGGUCUCUGGAUCUCUCCCCAUGCUAGGAUUCUGUGUGUAUUAAUUGAAAUGGUUAAUUAUAGCUCUGUAGGUUUCCAGGGAGCUGCCCAAAUCUAUCACAUUGUCAUUGGCUGCUUCAAGCCAUCGCUUAAUGUGAUCUAUAUGGAUUGCAGCUUUUAACAUAGGUUCUAGAAUUACAAAUUAGCUAAUUUUAAUCAAAACAUGUGAAAUGUUAUCCUGGCUGGGUAUAAAGGCUGACUGUGCUGGAUCCUAAGAGUUAGUUUUAUUUAUUUUGGCUGCAGGCAGUCUUAGUGGUUUGGGAGAUAGUUGUUCUUCAUAGCAGAUGUUUGUCUGAACUGGUGGGGAAGAAACAAAAACAACAUUGUGAAGGGGGAAAUCACAACCAUUUUUUUUAAACUGGUGCUUUGGCAUUGAGGGGUAAAUUAACAGUGGAUCUGAGAGUCUGCUAUUUGUAGUGUACUGUUACUGGUCACUAACAGUACUGUGACCUACAGUAGUAAUUGACUAGAAAAGGAGGAGGUCAUGAUGAAAAUCCUGUAAGCCUUCUGCUGAAGUACACUUACCUUUCUUGAGAUCAGUUAAUUUAAAGGACUUAAUUUAUUUCGACAUUUUAUUAUUGCUGUGAACCUGUCUUACCUCCAGCUUAGUUUGCAUCACAACCUCCAUCACUCUCAGGCAACCUUAUUGUAUGAUGGUCAUUGUGAGCAAAAUCUCAAGUGUGCAUAAAUCAGUUACAAUUUCCUUGGUUGCCAUGGUGAUUGCUCCACUUCUAGAACUUCAGGCCAUACUUUCUCUCAAAGCAUUGACCCAUAAAACUGUGUAAACUUCUGAUUUUUUCAACUACUAAUCUACAGCUACUGUUUGACUGCAAUUCUCAUCAUCAUCAGGUACCUGUACUGCAGCACUGGAUGACAAGAGUUGCAGUCAAAGAGCAGCAGCUGGAGGCCAUCAGUUUCCCAGCCUUGCACAAUCUAUACAUGCCAUAUAUAUAUAUUUCCAUGGGUUUCAGAAUACAGUAACAGCAUACUGGAUACAGUGUAAAAGGAGUGAGUUUGCUACAAAAUGUCAAGUGGCACACAAUGUGCUCUUGUGUAGUUUCAUAUCUGUAAUGUUCAAACAGCCUGGCUAUGUUUCCCUUCAUCUGAACAGCUUUCAUCUGGAUUGCUGUAAAAUGAGCCUUGGUAAGUAAUCACUGCAGAACAGAAAGAAAGGAAUGUAUACAGCAAUAGAUGGUCUAAGCUGUAAAAACUGUAAUCGGAGCACUGGCAACAGAUCGGGUAUCAAGGCUUUAAGGUAGGGGAAAUGAAAGCAAUGAGGGACAGGGAAACACGAGAGUGGGAAUGGAAAAGUCAGCUUGGAAAGUGAAGGGGUAGGAGGAGGCCCCCCUCAGGGAAAUUUGGCCCAGGGAUUAGGGAAUUUUAUCAUGGUGUACAGUGACCUACUCAUGUUUCAAACCACAUAGGAUUGAAUUGCCUCACUCUGCUAACAGAAGAAAAAAGGCUGGUGUGUAGGCCACCCCUCCUCUUUCCCCGCUCCUCACAGCAAUAAAAAGGCCAUUGCACUUGGCAUCAGGACCUGUUUAACCCAGACAUAGUUUGCCUUGGCAGAGAAGAGGUUAAUAUGUGGCGUUGCUUGUGUGUGAGCAACACAGUGUCAGCUGUAUGUUUGCUGGAGUCUUCUUGCCUUUUCUUAAGUGCAGAUUUAACUAACAUCUGGCCAUGCCCUGUUGUAAUCCCCCCUGCCUUAUAGUUAUUCAUUUAAAGUACCCAGAUUUGAGAAGCUGGUACCAAGUGACAGUUUGUGAAAUCCAUUGACAGCAGGGUAUAUGUUAUACACAUUCACAAAUACCUAGCACAACCUUCAGCAGAUGUCCAAUAGUGCUCUUUCAGCCAUAAUACUGGAGAUGUAGUCCAGGACAUGUGGAGUGCUAAAGGUUGCCUGCAACUGACCCAGCAUGUGGUAAUACGCAGCCUACAAAUCACGACUUGGUGAAAACUUUUCCAACUCGCCUAUUGGCCAAUUUACUAUUUUUGGCUAAGAUUUGCAAACUCGUUGUCAGCUCUUCAGUUUAGACCCAGUUAUGUCUAAAAAUCUGCUAUCAGGGCCUAUUACACCUUUCACACAACCUGCUUUUAGACUGCAUGGUGCUUUUUUAUGUUUAAAUACUUUUAAGUUCAAGAGUGAUCUGUUUGGAAAUUUAAUACGUUUCUGUUUUGUAAUAGCAGAUAAUAUGUUGCAUUUUUUGUUAUCACUGCUGUAAAACACAUGACAGUUGUAGCAGUUUAAAAUUUGAUACAAUACAACACUGUGUACAAAAAGUACAUGAUUCUGCAUAGUUUCUCUAUAUUAAAUUUCAAUUCGGAAACAUAAAAUACUGUUUUGCCUUGCCCUGACCUUUAUCACAUUUCUCUGGAUCAGCUAUCUAUAUAGCUCACUGCUUCUAUCAUUAAAACAAUAGCUACAGCAUAUCUGGAAUUAGCAGAAAUCAAUAUAGUUUAUUGCCAGAUGAAGUGGCCACACCACCUCAGCUGUGGAUUUUAUCUUCUAUAAUGCUUGGUUUUUGUCUAAAAUCAGCAGAAAUUAAAGGCAUAUACUACCAUAGCUCAAGUACACCACCUACAUUAAUUAAAGAACAUUCUGAAUUAUUAAUUUCCUCAAAUAGUAAUUAGCUUGGAUACAUAGGUGUAAACAUUUGUAAUUAUUGCAGGAAUUCCCUUCCUGUUUAGUGUGCACCACCCCCUUAAGUGUAGUCAUUUUUGAUAACUCAGGUGUUUGUUCGCUAAAUUGGUUUGAAGGAGAAUUUACAAGGUACCCUUGUGCCCUGAUUUGACAGGAUACAUUUAUGGUCAUUAACAAACAGCUGUUUCAACAGUAACUCUUAUUAUUGUGACAUUUACAUUUAUUUUAUUGUUGCCUUAUAAUUAGUUAUGAAUGUAUCGCUUUAAAUAAUAACGAUCUGCAUAAGAUCUGCAUAGUAUUUGCCUGAGAUUAUGAUACUGAUUCCCUGAUGCCAUACAGAGCUCAUUCCUGAUUGUUUUUUUUAAAGCUGAAAUGUCAAUGUGCAUGUUUUUUUUUUUUUAUAACUUAUUUCUUUUGGGGUAUUUUUAUUUUCUUACAAAGAAUAAAUAUAAAGUAGCAUAGUCAGAGGACUCCAAGGCAAAGCUAAAUGAGAUUCUCCAUCGCUUUAUUCAAAGUAAAAGUGCAUACCAAAAUUGUAAUAAUGCAAUAGCUAAAUCACUGCUUCCUUCACCCACAGCACCUUUUCUUAUGUAGAGAGAAAUCUUUGGCAAGGUUCUGGUUUCAAGGUAAUUUACCCACAACCCAUCAGUCAAAAGAAACCCACAAAAGGGCAGAGGAGAACAAAAUGGCAGAGCCAGGAUAUUGAGAUGUGGCACUUCAAUUGGCAAGAAAAAAAUUACAGUUCCACUUAAUUGGAUUUAUAUUUGUAUGAGCCCCAGAAGAUACUUGUGACUGUAAUAAAUUAAUUGCACCAGACAUCACAUACUCAGAUCCUGUAGGAGAUCCCCUAUAUGCCUAAAUAGCCAAACUGAAAAAAUAGCUAAGUUGCAGAACGUUUUUAAAUUGGCCUAAAAUGUGCUUACGAGAAUAGCAUUUACAUAACUGCAUCUCAUUCACUGUUAUGUCCUGGCUUCCCCCAUCCAGCUCAGCCUCCAUGGCUAAGUCGGACAGUAUCUUAGCCAUGGGGAGUGAGCCGGGGUGGGCAGCCAUAGCAAGAGCAGUGUAGUGUGGGACAAAAGGUAAGUAAAUACACCUUUUGACAGAGAUCGGAGGGGGACAGUCACCUAAAGAGCCACCUCCUGACUAUAUAAAUAUUUGUUUUCCUGACACAGUAGUGUUCCUUUAAAGAUUGCCAAGACGGAUCAGGAAAUUAUAUAACAGUAACGAACUGUCACAGAUAAUCAAGGUGAAUUUUAUCUGCAGGUUUUUAUUGAGAGACAGAUAAAAUAAUUUAAGUCUCAAACCCAGUCUCCUUUUGAUUCUGCAAUUUCCCUUUACUGUUCUCUUUAUAUGCUGCGGAAGAACUUAUAGCACACCCACGGGCAGCGUGUAGAAUAUUCAGGCAGUGAUAUAUGGUAAUGGACCAUCAAAAUAAAAUUAGAAAUCUCUCAGGUCUCCUUCAUUAGAAAAAUACAGCGACAACGUGAUUGUUCAACUUGGACACCCCACAAUGCAGGCAGCGGCUAGGUAAUAUAGUUACAUCCAGCUGCAUGAGAUAAGUCAUAUGAUCAUUGCUCAUGAUAAUACAGAUGUGCAUAUAAUCUGAAACAUAAUAUUCACAAGAGAGCAUUAGUAAGCGUUCCUGAUGUUGGUUUAUUCUAUAACAGGACUAUUUCAUCCACUGGGAUUAGGCUGGUACAUGGAUGUUUUGAAUUGCUUGGUAAUGACUAGGCAAUGUAUGGAGUUUUCUGUUGCUAGGCACUGCCUAGGCUGGUGCAUGGGUAUUUGUGUAUUCGUGGUGGCAGGUAUCUACGAAGCUGAUUCAUGAAGUUUUACAUUGCUAGCUUAUGAAUAGUCCAGUACGUGGAUAUUUGUCUUUUUGUUGCUGAGUAGGGAAUAGGCUGGUGCAUGCAUAUAAACUUUGGAAGGUAAUAACCAAGUAGUGCUUGAUACUUGCUUUUUUUGGUAAUUGUGAGGUUGUUAACUGGAUACUUGCUUUGCUAGGGCAUGUCUACGCAGGUGCAUGAAUAUUUGCUUUGGUAGGUAAUGACUAGGUCAGUGCAUGGAUAUUUACUUAGCUAGACCAUGACUAGGCCGGUGUCUGGAUAUUCACCUUGCUAGGUAAUGACUAGGCCUGUGUCUGGAUAUUUAUCUCGCUAGGUAAUGACUAGGCCGGUGUCUAGAUAUUCACCUUGCUAGGUAAUGACUAGGCCCGUGUCUGGAUAUUUACCUCGCUAGGUAAUGACUAGGCCGGUGUCUUGAUAUUUAUCUCGCUAGGUAAUGACUAGGCCGGUGUCUGGAUAUUCACCUUAGUAGGUAAUGACUAGGCUGGUGUCUGGAUAUUUAUCUCGCUAGGUAAUGACUAGGCCGGUGUCUGGAUAUUCACCUUGCUAGGUAAUGACUAGGCCGGUGUCUGGAUAUUUAUCCCACUAGGUAAUGAGUAGGCCCGUGUCUGGAUCUUCACCUUGCUAGGUAAUGACUAGGCCGGUGUCUGGAUAUUCACCUUGCUAGGUAAUGACUAGGCCCGUGUCUGGAUAUUCACCUUGGUAGGUAAUGACUAGGCCGUGUCUGGAUAUUUACCUCGCUAGGUAAUGACUAGGCCCGUGUCUGGAUAUUCACCUUGCUAGGUAAUGACUAGGCCGGUGUCUGGAUAUUCACCUUGCUAGGCAAUAACUAUGCCAGUGUCUGGAUAUUUACCUAGCUAGGUGAUGACUAGGCCAGCUGUCAGUGUCUGGAUAUUUACCUCGCUAGGUAAUGACUAAUCCGGUGUCUGGAUAUUUACCUCGCUAGGUAAUGACUAGGCUGGUUUCAGGAUAGUUGUUCUGAGUCAAUUACAAUGCUUUCACAUAUGAUUGUCUGAGACUGUCAAGGAGGCAGGUCAGGGGCAGAGCCAGCACUAGUCAAACACAGCCCUGGCCAGUCAGCAUCUACUGAUAGAAAUGCAUUGAAUCAAUGCAUAUCUAUGAGGAAAGUUCAGUGUCUGCAUGCAGAGAGUGGAGACACUGAAUGUCAAUGCUGCUCACUGUGCAGUACUGCCCCGGGAAGCACCUCUAGCAGCCAUCUGAGGGGUGGCCAGUAGAGUUAAACCUAGGCUGUAACGUAAACACUGCAUUUUCUCUGAAAGGACAGUUUUACUACAAAAACCCUGACGGGAAUGAUUCUACUCUUUCUUAGUUUUUUUCUUUGCAAGUCUCAAUAGCAAGCCAGUAACUGACCUCAUGCUGAUGAUUUGCAUUAACAAUGAAACAGAUGUCCAUGAGUGGUUCACUGGCUUUGCAUCUUUUCCUAAAUUGUGUUUCAAAGCUGUUGUACACCGCAAACACAGACUCAAAGGAAUCCAUGAUUAAAAUGGAAUGGGGCAAAUAUGUGAUCUAUCUAUUCAAUAAACAGGUAGUUGAUUCGAGUUGACAACUUAUUUGCAAACUUUACACCAAAAUAUUUCUUUAUGUGUGAAUAGUCAGGAAUUCAAUGUAAAAUCCAUUACAUUUUAUUAUAGGCCAUAAUACACACAGCGAAAACAUAACUGACUUGUAGAUUUUAUUCCAGAUUGACAACUUUGUAUUAAAAUUAGAAAGUCAUAUUGAAAUUCUGGACAAAUCAUGCUAUAGUGCAGGGGUCAGCAACCUAUGGCAUGUGUACCAUGCACGGCACUCAAGGCUCCCAGAGACAAACAGGAACUUCCGAUAUCUUCUAUUGCAAACUGAGCGGUGGUUGCAGUUGGUGAGAAUAAUCGUCAAUUUACGCAUUCCAGUACUUAGAGGAAGUGAUCUCAGAUAACUUCCUCCCCAUACUUGUAAACAGGAAUCCACCGUGGAGUAGAGCAGCCUGCAAAAGCUAUCGCACCUCCUGCCCUUGACCUGUACUUGGCCAGCCCGGUUCCUACUGGACCAAACUGAAGCAACCCACACUGCUAGAUAUACACAGAGCUGGAGAAGAAACCACCCCUCAUACAAAUAAUUCCCCUCAUACAUACAAGCAACCCACACACAAAUAGCCCCCAUAAAUACAACAACAUUGACAAUCCACAUACACACACAACCCCACAAGCAGCCUCUCACAUGCAAUACUGGAAGCCACCCCACAAAUACACACACCAACAAACAUGCAAUGUGACAUAUCAUUCGUAUACAAAAUUCCACAAGCAGCCUCCAUACACAGCCCACAUUCAAAGGUAUCAUACACAAUACUACUCAUGAACAUAUAUAUAAAAUAUAACAGACCAUAUACGCACAAAUACAACUCUACAACAUACAAACAUUUAAAAAAUAUGAUCAACACGCCAAGAAACUUCAAAAUCUUGCUUUCGCAUAAUACUACUAAAUGGUUGCCUACCCCUGGUAUACUGUAUAAUGCUGAUUUGUUGUGAAUUAAAUUGUUGUUUAGUGUUUUUUGCAGUGAAAUUGUGAAUUCAGGAGAAUAAACAAAACACACAGUAAUUUAGACCAUGAAGAUUCUUCUUCGAUGCUAGGGGUGACUUGCUGUGGGUUCUGAAUUAGGUUUCAAAUUUUAGAUCAAAAUAACUGCGUUUCUCUUUUUGUUCCUGAAUUUUUUUUUUUUAAAUGAUGCAUAUGUUUUAAAAUUAUUCAUAUUUUUACUUGUGCAAUCAAGUGCAAUUGUUUUCUGUAUUCAUCUAAAAAUUCAGCUGAUGGGCCAGUUGUAGGUGAUUUGUAGGGAAAAUUACAGAAGGCAAAAAGGUGCUAACCUGUUUUUGGGAAACAAUUUACCAAUAAGUGAUGCAAGUCAUGACUAAACCUGUAUUAGUUCCAGUGACUUAAACAUUAACUUUUAGGUAGUCAAAAGUUUAUUUUAUUUUUUAUUUUAUUUUUUUGCUCAUUACUAGGUUUGAUAUGUGAAACUGACUGCCCACAGCAAUCUGGUAUGGCAGGGUAUGACAGCAAUCUGGUAUGGCAAGCGACUAAGAGAACCCAUACACCUUUAGAUUGGUACAAAUUAGUCUAAUGAUGCGCUUGCUCUACACUUUCUGAGGACAGUUCUCUGAUGUCCCCAGACAGUCACCUGUCAACUCCUUUCCUUCCCUUCUUACCAGCAGGCAUAAGCUUCUGGCAUGCAGUCUGGGAUAAUGAAAAGGUGGAUAUAGUAAAUGUAGAAUUAAGGGGACAUGCCACACUGUUAGAGCAGCAAGAGCAUUUGCACAGUGUGCAAAGUCAGUUUUACCGUAGCUAAUUUAUAAUCAGCCAGUUAACACAAGUUUUGUUACCCUACAUCCCUUCUAAGUUCCCAUGCUUAAUUAUGUUUACACAAAACAAGAACAUGUGAAGAGUAGUAAAAAUUAAAUUUAAAAAAUCCAUUCUGGUACAACAGGGAGUAUGACAGUAAUCUGGCAUGGCAGGGAGUAUGACCGCAGUCUGGUAUGGCAAGGAGUAUGACCGCAGUCUGGUACAGCAGUGAAUAUGACCACAGUCUGGUAUGGCAGUGAGUAUGACCGGACUAUGACCGCAGUCUGGUAUGGAAGGAACUAUGACCGCAGUCAGGUAUGGCAGGGAGAAUUACCGCAGUCAGGUAUAGCAGUGAGUAUGACCUCAGUCUGGUAUGGCAACGAGGUUGUCCGCAGUCUGGUAUGGAAGGAACUAUGGCUGCAGUCUGGUAUGGCAGAGAGUAUGACCGGUGUCUAGUAUGGCAGGAAGUAUGACCGCAAUCUGGUAUGGCAGGAAGCAUGACCACAGUCUGGUAUGGAAGGGACUAUGACCGCAGUCUGGUAUGGCAGGGAGCUUGUCUGCAGUCUGGUACAAAAGGGACUAUGACCACAGUCUGGUAUGGCAGGAAGCAUGACCACAGUCUGGUAUGGAAAGGAGUACGACCACAGUUUGGUAUGGAAGGGACUAUGACCGCAGUCUGGUAUGGCAGGGAUCUUGUCUACAGUCUGGUAUGAAAGGGACUAUCACCGCAGUCUAGUAUGGAAGGGACUAUGACCACAGUCUGGUAUGGCAGGAAGUAUGACAGUGAUGCAUUAAGUCAUGAAGGGACUUUCAGUCACAUUUCACUGAAAUAUGGGGGACAUUACAGGCAAAUAAAGCAUGUUCACUCAAAGCAAAUGCGUGCAGUACUAAAAUGCAAGUUGCACUUAAAUCCAGUAAUCAUGCUUGCAUAGAAAACGACAGAAGAACUUGUAUGUACAGUAUUCUUUUAUGCCCCAACACGAGCUCAAGGAGACACUUGCACCAUGGUUCUAUGGGAUUUCCUUGGUUUCCCUGAAAAGUCGGACAGGGGCCAUUUCUGGGACACUUACUAGAUCAGGGGUAGGCAACCUAUGGUGCGUGUGCCAUGCAUGGCACUCGAGGUAUCUUUGCAUGGCACUCAAGGCUGUUAGAGCUAAACAGGCCUCUAUGGCCUAUCAGGAGUCCCAGUGGAACUUCAGAUAUCUGCUAAUGUGAAAAGGUGGUGAAUCACAAUCCUCAUUUUAUGCAUUGCAGCACGUAAAGGAAGUGAUCUCAGACCACUUCCUCCCAGCACUUGUAUAUGGGAAUCCGCACUGGAGUAGAGCAGCCUGCAGCAGCUAUCACAGUUCCUGUCCUUGACCUGUACCUGGCCAGCACGGUCCCCACUGGACCCCAGGGAAGACAUCCACAUCCUCUCAUACUAAUAAUACAAACAGCUCACACACAAACACACACACAGUCCACACAAAUAAAACACCACUAACAAACAAAAUACACGCACACAACCCCACAAGCAGCCAUUCACAUGCAAUACCCCAAGCAUCCCUACACAUACACAACCCACCAAACACACAAUGUGAUAUAUCAUCCACAAACACAAUUCCACAAGCAGCCCCCAUACACAGCCGACAUUCAUAGGUAUCAUACACAAUACCACAAGCUACUCAUGAACAUAUACACUAUAACAGCUCAUAUACACACAAAUACGAUACAAACAACUGCAGUAUAAAUAAACCAAGCAGAAUACGGCAACAUACACACCUCAAUGUAAAAAACUAGGACCGGCGUGCUACAGCACUUGACAAUCUUAUUUUGGCACAGUACUGCUAAAAGGUUGCCUAUCCCUGUACUAGAUAAUAUAACCUUAAUAUCAAAUUCUGACCUUUAUCCUUAGUACAUGGCAAUAAUAGAGGAUGCACUGGAAGUUUGCUUGUAGAAGCUUGGUGAUGUUUGCACUUUGAACUUUUUUUUUUUUUUUAACUUCUAAACAAAAUCUAUAUUUCUUAAAAUUAUUUUGAUAAGUAACCUGCACGGUUUACUAAGAAAUAAUAAUAAAAAAUAAUAAACAUUAUAACCCACUGUAACGUAACCAACCCUCCCAUGGUUUUAUUUAGAUAGCCUUCUUCUUUGUGCAUUCCCUCAAGUAUUUCCAUAUGGAAAACUCAAUAAACAUUAAGUAAGAAAAUAAAUAAAUAAUGUAAAUACAGUGGGACCUGGGUUUACAAACGCCUUGGUUAACAUAAUUUUCGGUUUACAAAUGAAAAUCCAUUGAAAAUAAUGCCUCGGUUUACAAUUUUUUUUCGCAAUACAAAGCAAGUUUCCCCAGGAUGCAUUGCACCUGGGAGGUUUAUAGCACUGCCCCCUGCAUGCUGGAGCCUGUGGGUAGCAUGUGGCGUCGAGUGUGGAGGUGUUGGAGCGGCUUUUGCAUCGAGUUUUGGAGCCAUUCUGGAAAUUGUUUGCAGUUGUUUUAAGACUGUAUGGUGCAUUUCUCAAGCUGUGGAAAGGUAGGGAGUCGAGCUUCGUCAUUUGCAGGCCUUUUAUUGUGUUUUCUGCAUUGUGGGUUGGUAGCCUACAGUGUUAUGGAAAGACCUAUUGUUUUGGACAGGAAGGCAAAUUUUUAGACCUGCUCAUAAAAAAGCAGGACAUUACAUUGACAUACUUUUUACUUUUCUCCAUUGAACUGCUUACCCAUGUGAGUGAUUCAGUAAUGCUUCAAUAGGGUGAAGAGAUAGGUACUGUCCUCUUUAAGAGAAGUGAUGGUGCAACUUAAAAGUGAUACUAUAGUCUCAUUGAAGUGUUCUGGUUGCGGUGUCCCUGUCCCACUUAGUCCUGUAAUGUAAAUCAUAGCAGUUUUCUAAAAUAUGCAAUAAUUACAUUGCAGGACUAAGACUGCCGCUAGUGGCUGCCAAUCAGAUAGCCACUUUCUCUGACUGCUAACAGACUCUAGGUAGUCCAAAUGAUGCUGGAUGUCCUCUGGAUGCUCUGUAUGAAGACAUCCAGCAUGAGUAAAAUCCCCAUAGGAAAGUAUUGAAACAAUGAAUGCUUUCCUAUGGGGGGAGGGCAGGGGGUUUAAUGCGCUUGCUGCGCUGGCCGCGCACGCACAUUAGCCCCACCCCAUCGGAGAAGACGGAGCGCCGACCUAGUGCCAAGAGACAUCAGCUCUGAAAUGGAGACCAGAGGGCUCUAUAGUCCAAAUGAUGUUGGAUGUCCUCUGGAUGCUCUGUAUGAAGACAUCCAGCAUGAGUAAAAUCCCCAUAGGAAAGUAUUGAAACAAUGAAUGCUUUCCUAUGGGGGGAGGGCAGGGGGUCUAAUGCGCUUGCAGCGCUGGCUGCGCACGCACAUUAGCCCCACCCCAUCGGAGAAGACGGAGCGCCGACCUAGUGCCGAGAGACAUCAGCUCUGGAAUCGAGACCAGAGGGCUCUAUAGUGUUGUGAAUACAGAGAUGUAUUCCUAACACUAUAGAAUCCCUUCAAGGUAAAGGCAUGUCAAGUUUUGUGGUUUGAUACUGCUGUGAGCUUUCAGCCUGAUGUACAAAUGUACAAAGCAUGUUCUGUCCUUUAUUUAUUUAUGCCUCACUUCUCUUAUAAUUUAAGGAAUUACAGUCAGGAAUAACACAAUUAAUAACAGAAAUUAUGGCGUAUGUAAUGUGAGUCCUCAUGGAACUAUCAGAUUCUGUUUAUUAAAGGGCAAACUGGAAAUACAUAAAUAAAAUGCAUCUGUAUUCUCUUGACAUAGCACCUGCUCAGCUUAAUUGAUUAAUACAAUUACUAAUGUGCAAACAUUUGUCAAACAAUAUAUGAACAGUUAAAGGGAGAUGCUCAAAUAGAGUAUGGAUGAUGUGUCUCAUGGAUGAUGUGUCUAAGCACCCUAACCACUACAGAUCAUUGUAGGAUCAUUGGUGUAAAAUGUCCGUGGGAGUCAUCCCGCUUAUUUAUGUCAGACAGUUUUCAAUUGCUAUGACAAAAUUCAGGGCUUACCUGGUGCCUACAGCCUGGUCCCUCUUUUGCAGCUCAGUUAAAGUUCUCCAUUAGCCUGUCCACUUUCAGACAUGAGAUGGUUUGAGAGAGAUGAUGAGGGGGUGUUAAAUCUGUACUAGUGAUUUAAGGUUGAGUGCUACAUUUAUAUUAAAAUCAUUCAUUAAAAUACAUUUGAAAACCACACUUUUUCAAUGAGCCAUAUAGUAAAUUCAGCAAUGCAUAAUUGUUAGUGAAAUUAACUGUUUAACUCCAGUACUACUAACUAAUUAUGACAUUUAUUCAGAAUGCAACAAUGCGUAGCAGUCACAUGACAUUAGUACUAGACUGCACUUUGUUUUGUAUCGAUUGCUGCUCAGAGAUACCGAAAAUAAACAAUUAUGCAGAAUUUUAUUUUUGCUUUAAUUCAUUCAAAAAGAAUUACAAAAAUAAAAAAAAAUCUUUAUGAGGGUGAGAAUUACAGGUUCGAAAAUUUGCACAGAAAUACAAAAUCCAUUUUUACACCAUACAUUAAAGGGUUGCUCCAACCAUGACCACUUCUGCUUUUAGAAGGUGUCAUAGUAGUAGGUAUACCAAGAUUUCUGCAAAGGGAAGCUUCUGUCUUCCCUCCCUCCUGCCUUCUGGCAGCCUUCCACACCAUCCCCGCCUCCCCAUAUUCUUUAUUGUGCGUCCAUUUUCUAUUUUUCUAAUUCUCUCCCAUCCUCCCUUGCCCAAUCUCCACUCGCCCCAGGAUCGAAGCGCGCAUAUGAGCUCUGAGCUGGGGAGCACAGUCAAUCAAAUGCUUCUGGAAUUUGAUUGGACCAUGGAAAGGGAAGAAAUGACAUUGGACAGGGCAUGACAUGCAGUGACCACAUUGGCAUGAAAGGUUGGGCAGCUUUUGAUGGGUAGCGUGGAUGUGACAUUACUGUAUUAUCUGCUACAGUACUGUGGCCAGGCUACAGAUGCUGAGAAAGGUCUUUAUUUGUCAAGCCAUUCAAAACUGGUUAAACAAAAAAUUGGUUUAUAUCAACCAAAAUCUUUUUGCACCAUUAACACUACAAUGGAAAAUGGGUAGUGGUUAGCGUGCUUAGAAUGUUCUGUUAAAUAGCCCAACUGGAACUUUGAAAAUAAAGCUGUUUUAAAAAGUUUAAAAGCUAUAUCCCCACACCUUAUAUAGCUAGAGACAAAUAGUUUGUCUUCGAUCAUUAAAAUCAUCCCUGAUAUUAAGACUUCAAUGCAGGAUAGUGCUUGCUAGCUCAAAUGAUAGAGUACCAGGACUGUAUAAAAAGAGAAAAAAAAAUGUCAGUUACGUGGCAUUAAAAGCUGGUUAGGUAUGACUUCCUGCGUUUUGUAAAGUCAGUCUGUGAAGUCUUGGAAAAUAAGAUCUCGAGCUUUGUCAAUUCAGCUGAAAUUGUGCAAAAUGAAUGAGCACUUCAAUAGCUGCUGAUAUGUUUUUAUUGGGACUGACAGGUUAUAUUUUACAGACAGUCAAUGCUCUCAUCCUCAGGUCAUGUAGCACUCUCGAAGGCCUGCCUGUAAAAUAAUUUCUGUCAGUCCCGAUAAAAAACAAAAAGUACAAUUCACUAGUGUGGUGUUCAUUCAUUUUUUAAAGCUUAGCAAAAUACGAACAUAUAAAAACACAAAGGUAGUGUGAUGAGUAUUAGUCAUUUUGACAUUAUAAUUGGGAGAUUUUGUCAGGGAAAGCAGUUUAACCGAUUCUCUAAUGAGCCAGAGUAACAUACUAUAGGUCCUCAAACAGAACACUUUCUAGAAUAAUAAUGCUAUCGUGAAUCCACUGCUUAUAGGUACAAAGCAGGAUCAUGCUUAGACUGGGCUAUUAUCUCCUAGGUACCAGAUAUGUAUCACUUUAGCUGAUUACUAGAACUAUCACUAUUAAUACAGCACUGGCGUAUAUUGGUGUAUAACUUAAAUGAUCUACUAUUAUAAGCAGCAAAAAUGGAAAAAAGACAGACAGCUAAAAACAAGUUCAAUAUAUUAUGCCUAUAUUUUAUUCUUAAGGAAUACCUCGUUAGAGAGUGAGUCAGCCAGCUUUGAAACGUUACUUUCUCUUUUGGCACGCUGGAUGUUUCUGAAGUAUUUUUUGCAUGAUGCUUAUCCUUUAAAGACUUAAAGUACAACUGCCAUCACAUUAUCAUUUCAUGGUUUUUUAAGAAAAAAAAGUUUUUUACUUUAAUUAAACUUAAAGGGAAACUAUAGACACCAAACCAACUCUAGCUUUUGGUGUAUAAAUCAUGCCCCUGCAGCCUCAUUUCUCAAUUCUCUGCCAUUUAGGUGGUAAAUCACUUUGUUUAUGCAGCCCUAGUCAAGCCUCCCUGCUCAAUACUCACACAGCCUUCCUAAAUACUUCCUGUAAAGAGAGAUCUAAUGUUUAAACUUAUUUUGUUGCAUACUUUGUUUAAUUUAGAUUUGCUUAUUAUCUGCUCUGUUAAUUGCCUCUUAGACCCUGUGGGAAUCUCCUGUGUGAGAUUAAAGUUCAAUUUACAUAGCAGGAGAUAUAAACUUCUAAAGAAAGUUAAUGUCUCAAAAAAUGAAACCUUUUUUUUCAAAUAGGCUGUGUCAGUCACAGUCAGGGGAGGUGUGCCUACGGCUGUAUAAACAGAAACAAAAGUGAUUUAACUCCAAAAUGGAAGAGAACAAUGAGACCGCAGGGGCAUGAUCUAUACAUAAAAACUGCCUCACUAAUCUAAAGUUGUUUUGGUGCCUAUAGUGUCCCUUUAAUAAUUUUCUUAAAUUUUAUGCAUUUUUAAAUUUUAUUUUCUAGAAAAUUUCACUUUUUAUUUGGCCGAACAGCCAUGUUGGAUCAGUUGCUACUGGUUUUAGUGUGAUUGAUAGAAGAGCUCUGACUGCUGAGCAUCAUGAGACAUUAACUUUAAAGCAUUGCACAUCUAGUCAUAGGGAUUUUUCCCAAUAAUAUCUUGAUCGAAUUUCGCUUGUAUGUGUAUAUAUAUAUAUGUAUAUAUAUAUAUAUGCUCUUGUUUAUGUUAUCUGCCAUUUACUACUUUUCAUAGCAGAGCUGCAUAUCACUAAGUUAAUUUUCUGAAUAUUUUUUAGCAUUGUGCUUCUGAUGCUUACAUGUACAGCUUGUUUGCGUAUCUGGUGUUAUUUGAACUAUGCCAUUCUCUCUUCAUAGUAACUUGUUUCUGAGCUGGAAUAAAUGUGUGUUUGCUUUAAAGAGACACUCUAGGUACCAUAACCACUAUAAUAUGGUUAAUACAUACCUUGCUGUGUUUUGGUGCCCACACUGUCAUACCAAGUUUAGGCAGUAUCUAUUGGGUGAGCGUGUCAGCUUACUGGUAUAAUAAUAUAGAAGUAUAAACUUACACUAUAUCUAAUCAACUAAGAAUAGGAGGACCAAGAGCACCAACACGGAAAUGUAGGUGUCAUACCGUUUACAGACAGUUUCACAGAUUUUCACCAGGCACCACCUGGGGACUGUUAUAGUGUACCUUUAAAGGACCACUAUAGGCACCCAGACAACUUCAGCUCAAUGGAGUGGUCUGGGUGCCAGGUCCCUCUAGGAUUAACCCUGCCUGCUAUGUUUACAUUAGGGUUAAUCCAGCCUCUAGUGGCUGUCUCAUUGACAGCCUUUCGAGGCGCUUCCGCGCUUCUCACUGUGAUUUUCAUAGUGAGACGCGCAUGCGCAUUCAGCCGAUGACGACCGAAGGAGGAGGAGAGUCCCCAGCGCCGAGGGAGCCCAGCGCUGGAGAAAGGUGAGUGUUUGACCCCUUUCCUCCCCCUUCAGCCCGGCAGGAGUGGGACCUUCAGGGUGGGGGCACCCUCAGGGCACUAUAGUGCCAGAAAAACAAGUUUGUUUUCCUGGCACUAUAGUGGUCCUUUAAUCGUACAUUUGACUUUUGUUAAUAAAGUCAAAUAGCAAUUUGCAGUACUGCAUCUCCUUUAGUUACACCUCCUAUAAAAGCAUACCUCCCAACUCUCCCUAUUUAGGAGGGACAGUCCUCUUUUUCAGCCCACAUCCCUCUUUUCUAUGGUAAUGUCCUUAUAUUCUAUGAGCUCCAUUUUGUUGGUGUUUCUGAGUGUAUAACAGAGCUUUCACAGCAAUAAUACAGUCAUAUGUCUUUAAACUACAAUAAGUGUAUUCACCGUCUCUGUAAAUAAGAUACAUCGUUCUUGUUCUAAACUACAUUUUAGUUUAAUAAAUUGCUUACAUUUGUAAGUAACCUAGGAUAUCUCACCACCUCACCUUCACACCCCUAAAAUGAAAACCUCCCACUUUGUCCAUUCGGAAUAUUGUGAGGUAUGUAAAAGGGUGUUGAAAAAUUAACUCCCCAGAGAAUUACAACUCCCAUGACUUUAGACAGCCCAAGGCAUCACCAAUCUUGCCCUAUAUUAUAACUACUCCAUGUGUCAGUAUGAAAUGUUGGGAGGUGUAAUCUUUUGUCAUAAUAGUUGACAUAGACACUAGCCCAGGCAAACACUAGUGCCUCAUUAAAUGGUACCUUUUCCUCAUUACUUACAUCCUUACCUGCAUGUUUGUGUCAGUUUCUGAAUGUAAAACCCCUCUUCGUUGUAGCCAGCUGAUUAUACUGCUUUGUUAAAGCGUGGAAUCGGCAGACAGCAGUAUUCUGCUUCCUUUGCUGAAGUAUGUAUCUUCAUGUGGCAAUAUUUAUAAAUGGUUUGGGUUCGAAGGCCACACAAGCAGGAUAUAACCACGCAGUUUACCACAGAUUAGGAAAACACAGAUCUUUUCAUGUACAACCUGGAUAUCCUUGUAACUAUUAUAAGCAUAGCAUGGCAAUUUCUCUUUCAUUGCAAAGUAAUUAUACAUGCAACUAUUGCUCUGGUAACAGAUUAAUGAUUGCAUGAUCCUUAUUAGGCAAAAAUGCUGUUCAAUGGAGCAAGGAAAAUGUAACAUAAUCUAUGUGAUUAAAGGGAAACAAUAAUUAAACCUGUACAAAACCGUUUAAGGUUUAAAUAGUGAAAACGUAUAGACGUUAGCCUUGCUAAAGCUUUGACAUACUCUGUGUAGAGAAUGGAUCUUUUAAAGGGAGAUGAGUGUGGUGGCAGACAUCGUAAGUCUUUUUAAACUCCCCAGAAACACUUCCAUGGUCAGUGCAGUAGAUAUGUUCAGGAAUGCAGUAUAAACACAGUAUAAACUAUCUUUAGAAGCAGAUAAUAUGAAGACCUGACUAUGUGCAUGGCAUCAUAAUAAAUGCUAAUAAAUGCUGUUUAAAAAAGUCCAUUGAUGGCAGGACGUUUGCCACAUCUUUUUAUGUGCAGCAGUUGUCUCUCAUCCUUGGCCUUUUCCUGCCACACUUUUGUUUCGCCAUUAAUCUCCUCUUCUUUUCUCAUCCUUCCUAAAUUGCUACUUCUUUCCCUGCAGUAUUUCACCUCUUUUUGAACCCUCUCUCCCUAACCUUUCUUCUCUUUGUAUUUUUCCAUCUUGCCAUUGAAAAUAUUUUAAUGUUUUUUCUUUAUCAAUCAGUCACUCUUCUUUUAUAUUAGAAUAUCUAUUUUUAAACUUUCUAUAUGGAAAAUGGAAAAUGACCCUGUCAUGACAGAUAUAGAUCUGCAGUUUUCUAACUAUCUGGUUGAUUCAGGGUAAAGAAUUAAGUGUUUAUUCCCUUAAUACUAUUAAAAUUAUUCGGUGUGUUUCACUCCUUUUUCCAUACUGCUGCUCUUACACCGAGUCUACUCAUUCUCUAUACAUCACCUUAAAGGCUUUGCUUUCUCUUACGAUGAAUUCAAACAGGAGAGACAUUCAGAGUAUUAGGGUUUCCCUGAUAACAGACAAGCAGAGCAAUGCAUUUUUUUUCUGUGCCAAUCGGCACAGGAUCUUUACACACUGAACUGAUUAACAGGAGAAGGAAAGAGCUGUUUUUAACCCCUGAUCUUACACAAAAUUGUCCUUGCAAGUGAAAAAAAAAACGCAUGCAUUUACAAUUAUUUAUAUUGCGUCAAGAUAUUCUUGUGUGCUGUACAAUAGGAAGCAAGACAAACCUAUAAUUGUAACAAAACAUUAUUAUUAUUGGUAUUUAUAUAGUGCCAACUAAUUCCGCAGCGCUUUACAAUAUUAUGAAAGGGGGGGAGGGGAAUUUACAAUAAAUGAGACAGUUACACAGUGACACAGGAACAACAGGUAGAUGAGGGCCGUGCUCAAACGAACUUACAGUCUAGAGGAAACAUGUACGGCAUAUGGGAACAGUAGGUGAAAAGGGCAAUGCUGAAACUAGACAAUCCAAAGGGAGAUCGUAUGGCACGUAAACGUUUUUUACUUCUGGUGCUUAACAGUCAUUGCAGGUAGUUUCCAUUGACUAUACUUCUCUUUUAAAGAGUUUUUGAAGUGCUAACAUUUGAUUCAUAUAUUGCCAAAAGGAUACAUACAGUAGAUCUGCUGUUAUCAACAGCUGAGCCACCUAGUAUCUCACUGCCACUGAGAAAGAGGGUCCUCUAGAGACCUAAGGGUCUGUCCACGUAAGGUCAAGUUGCACUGACCUCAUAACUGACUAGCACAAUGCAAGGUGACAUUGUUUAUUAUCCAGGCCAUAUACCUUACGGCAUGGAUUUGAAGUAGUUGGUGAGAGUAAUGUCCAACCAAACUGAGCAAACAAGGAAGAACACUUCCUGAAGGGACUAUUGACCUCAACAUAAUAUUUGAAAGCACAAACAACACCCAAAUUACGGAACAAUCUGCCCUUUUCAUUCACAGGUUAAGGACAAAAUCAGAGAACAAUAAUCCUUUUUAAUAUUAGUGGAGGAAACCCCCUUUGGCAAAAACGAAUAUUUGGUCCUCAGGAAUGAUCCUUAUGAAGUAGCAAUAAAAGGGACUUGCAUGAAAAACAAUGAUAUUAAGAAAACAUGCUGAUAGAUUAAAGUGUCAGAAGAAGUAAGAUAACACCUGCAAAUUCAUGGAUAGGUGAAAAGGUGCACAUUACAGCACUCCAGCUUCACACGCCAAAGAGGAGUCUCAGGCAUUGCCGCAGUCAAACCUUCAACCAAUCACUUUCCUCCUUAAAGAGGCAAAGAGAGAAGUCAUUCUAGAAUAGAGGCUAGAGAGUUAGCAGUGUGUUGGAAGUGUUGCAUUAUGGGUGCGAGCACUCAUCAUCCUUCAGAAGGAAAAUGCAUUUGCAACAGAAAUAAACCCCAACUUUAAAAUGGAGCAGUCAUGUUUGAGAUUUUUGCAUAAUCCAUUAAUUAACAAAAUAUUAUCUACGAAUUGUGCUUUUUUAAAAGAAGAAUCUGAACCAUUCAUUUUUUUAAAAUUUCCCUGUAUGCCAUCCUAUGCUGGCACAGUGAGAGCAUAGCAUGUAAAUUAAUUUACUACCCAGGGUCCUUACACAUGGUCCGAUAAGCGUGUAUGGCAUUGUUUGCAGAUGCUUUUGCAAAAAUGAGAGCCCCAAAGGCAAUUGGACAUGGGGCAAUGAUGCUCCCCAUGACAUAGAAUUGUGGUGAACAUUGUUUGUUUUUGUUUUUUUACUGAUCUCUGCAGUACUAUUUACUCCAGUAAGUGGUUUAGUAGUUUUAGUUUCUGGUGAUGGGAAGUGACCGUUCCACAUCAAAACUGAAGAGCAUUGCAAUUGGUUGGGCUGAUCAAGCCAAUCGCAUUGUUCCAUUAUUUUCACAUGCAGUUAAUUCAUGGGUGAGGUGUGGAGGAUGUGAAAGCAAUUUAUAAAUGUACCUUAGUUCUUUUAAUUUAAAGUUGUUCACUUUUUUCCUUGUCAGCACCUGAUUGGCUGUUCCUAGACAACUGAGAAAUUGGCUAGCAAGGAAUAUUAUUCAACAGUCAAUAUCAAUAUUAAGACAGCUUUCACUAUUUAUUAAGAAAAGUAAGCUUAAGUCUGUAACGUUUGUUAUUCUGUACUUAAUGUAUUAGUGAAAAGGGAAAAUAACAGGAUUGCUCUUGGUAUUCAUCUUAAUGUGGAUAAGUGGAAGAUAACGCAUCUUGGAUGUAAAAGCCUAAGGGUAGAAUAUAGAAUAUUUGAUAGAGUCCAAACCUCAACAUCUGAGGAAAGAGAUUUAGGAGUAAUAAUUUCAGAUGACUUAAAAGUAGGCAGACAGUGUAAUAGAGCAGCAGGAAAUGCUAGCAGAAUGCUUGGUUGUAUAGGGAGAGGUAUUAGCAGUAGAAAGAGGGAAGUGAUCAUGCCAUUGUACAGAACACUGGUGAGACCUCACUUGGAGUAUUGUACGCAGUACUGGAGACCGUAUCUUCAGAAGGAUAUUGAUACCUUAGAGAGGUUCAGAGAAGGGCUACUAAACUGGUUCAUGGAUUGCGGGAUAAAACUUACCAGGAAAGGUUAAAGGAUCUUAACAUGUAUAGCUUGGAGGAAAGACGAGACAGGGGGGAUAUGAUAGAAACAUUUAAAUACAUAAAGGGAAUCAACACAGUAAAGGAGGAGACUAUAUUUAAAAGAAGAGAAACUACCACAACAAGAGGACAUAGUCUUAAAUUAGAGGGGCAAGGGUUUCAAAAUAAUAUCAGGAAGUAUUACUUUAUUGAGAGAGUUCCAGCUGAAGUGGUAGAGGUUAACACAGUGAAGGAGUUUAAAGGGACACUAUAGUCACCCAUCUUCAGCUCAAUGAAGUGGUCUGGGUACCAGGUCCCUCAGGUUUUAACCCUUCAGAUGCAAACAUAGCAGUUUCAGAGAAACUGCUGUUUACAUUUGGGGUUAAGCCAGCCUCUAGUGGCUGUCUUCUGGACAGCCACUAGAGGCACAUCUAAGACGCUGGAGGCAUAUUAUGCCUCCAUCGCGCAGAGCGUCCAUAGGAAAGCAUUGAGAAAUGCUUUCCUAUGGACACUUUGAAUGCGUGCCGCGCAUGCGCAUUCGGCUCCAGUGAUGUCGGACGGGGGAGCUGGCGUUGGCGGGGGAGGAGAGGUCACCAGCGCCAGAUUAAGGUAAGCUGCUGAAGGGGUUUUAACCUCUUCAGCGCCACGGGAGGGGGACCCUGAGGGUGUGGGCACCCUCAAGGCACUGUAGUGUCAGGAAAACCGCUUUGUUUACCGACACUAUAGUGAUCCUUUAAGCAUGCGUGCUAUUGGCAUAAUGCUAUCCUAGCUAUAAGAUAAGGUCAGGGACAAAUGGCUCUUAUCUGCCGUCACAUUUUAUGUUACCUAGUAUUCCUGGUGUUUUUUUUCCAAGUUGUUUAAAAAGUAAAAAAAAAAAAGUUAUAGUACCCUGUUUGUGUAAGGUAAUAUUCUAGAAGUGAAUUUAUAUUUGUAUAAGGAAUUCAGAACCCUGUGUUAACCAUUGGACUAAAUCUCCUUUAUUGAUGAUAUGCUGUGGCAGAACAUUUACCAUGCAGCCAUAGGAAUUAGAUUAUCAGAUUUUCGUUAUUACUCAACACAACCUUUCUAAAAAAAACAAUAUUUUACCCGAAUGCCGAUUGUAUUGUAUUAAAAACCAAAGUAAGAGGCAGCAACAGUAACAACAACAAAGUAUAUAUGGAAUCAGUGAAUCAAUUUGUGAGGUACAUUCAAAGAAGUAUUCAAUACAAUUUUUUAUUUUUUUAAAUUCUUUAUUUUAUUUGUGCGCACAUGAACACAUCCGUUUGCAUCGCCACAACAACCGUUACAGGCGUCACAUCACAUAUUCUAAUAUGGCAGUCAAUAGAGCACAUUUGGUUUACAUAAUACUUAAGAAGAUCAUGAGCCUAGCUAACUUAUGGCUCUUACAGCAUCAUAAACAGGAAUGUAGAAUACAAAGUCAUUUCCUUUCUUAACAAUGGGUCAGAGACAUUCUCGCAUAAGCUUGAUACAUGUGCACAUGGAUGCUAUGUGUCAAACCAGGGUUAGCUCCACAUCCCUGGCCUAGGUACCCUAUUCCUUGAAUUUGCAUCCCAGAGGAACAUGGGUAUUCAAUACAAUUUGCUUGAAUUCUCAGGAAGUGUAUUAUUCCCAUCACAAAGUGAAUUCAAAAUAAAUUUCAAAUUUUAGGCCAAUAUAUUUGGACUUAAAACAUAACUUGGCUUACAAUUCAAUAUUCUUUGAAUUCACAUUUUACUGUAAAAUGUCUAUCAUGGAUGGGUUCAACCUUGAACACGUGUAGGCACCCUUUCAAAACCUUAAAUUUAUGCGUAUACAUUAAAAUGAUUUAUUUUGUGCAACCACUGAGCCUUGCCUUUAAGGUUAAUUCAAUUUCUAUAAAGUAUAACAUUGUCACUUGUAUUCAUUUGCAUAUAUUCAGUACAGAAUACCCUAGAUUUCAUGGGGCACGUAUUAUACGGGAAAAAUGAUAUCUAUUUAUAUUUGUAACUGAUGAUUGAACCAAGGCACUGAAGUGCUGAUAGAAUAAUGUUUAUUUUGUAAGGGUCUCUGAGUGAUUAAUAAUUAAUAUUUAUAAGAACAUACAUAUUCAUGUUUCUAUACAUACAUAGCAACUGCUAAUAGUUGCUGAGUGCUUUUUUUAGAAUCCAAAUAAGUCAUGUGGAAAAAUGGAUAUGACAAAAAAUAAACUAGUGUUAUAAUAUAAAAAAAUGAAUUGCAAAAACGAUAUUUUAGAAUCCACUUUAUGCACCACAAUUGUGAGUCCCAAUUGUAAUCAAUUGUAAUAAAAAAAAAGCUGUAAUAACUAUUAUAUACUUUUGUUUCUUAUUACUUUUAUCUCUUUAGUUCUUGCUUUGGACCUAUUUGCAUAAACCUCUUUUUAUUGUUUAUUUUUUUCUUCAGCAAAUACUAAUUGUAUACAGCAUUGAGAACUACAUAUAUUCAUAUAAAGUACAUUUAAAUUAAAAACUACUUAAAUAUCUACCUUUGUAGUCUGGUCCUAGGUUUAUUUUACCAUGCAGAUAGCGAAUUACUACUGCUCUGCACUUUAUAGUGUAUAAAAUAAAUCCCUUAUCUCAACAUAAAUGGUAAAAGUCUUGCUUUUUGUUGCUGUUGAAUUUGAAAGUUUCAUAGUUAGAUUGUUACAUAGUAAUUUGGUUCGACCUUGAAAGACGUUCUUUUAUGCUGUCAAAAAGAAGGCAAUAAAGUAUGUAGUUAUGUAGCAAGUAAUGUAGCCAUUUCCAAUUAUGCCUCAAAAAGGGAAAAAUUCCUUAUUGACUCCGUAACGGCAAUCAGAUCUCUUUUUGGACCAACAACCUGUUUUCAUACAUAUCAAUUAUAUCCUUCAAUAUUCAGGUUUGAAACUAAACAUUUUUAAAAGUUAUCUAUAGAAUCUGAUAAGACAUCUUUAGGUAGAGAAUUCCACAUCUUUAUUGUUCUUACUGUUAACAGCUUUUUAAUCUGUGACCUCUUGUCUGUUGUAUAUUCCUGCUAAAAAACAGGUUAGCACAUAGUAGUUUGCACUGACCUGGUAUUUGAAUAGUGCUAUCUAGUAGUGAUGUCCCGAACGGUUCAUCAUAAACGUUGACCCUGUACCUCACAGUCAGCAGACACAUUCCAGCCAAUCAGCAACAGACCCUCCCUCCCAGACCCUCCCACCUCCUGGCACGCUAAUCAUUACAAUUUGUUUCAAAUCUAUAUAUCUGUUACAAGCCUUGAUAUCCUGUAGUUUGAUUAAUAUAUUUGGACUAAUGCUGUGACUAUACAGUACAUAGUUAAUACAUAUUAACAAUCUUAAAUGGUACAAGGCACAUCAUUGAUUUAGCCUAAUUUGGAGAUUUGGGUUAUGCAGCAGAUUGGUUACUUUGUAUCCAGAUGAAAAACCUGCCACAAUACACUGUUCCCAAUACACACAGUGCAUGUGAAUUGCAAAACUUGGCUUUGCAAACACUAUUGGAUGAAGAUUUCUGAAAACUUCUGAACAGAACCUCAUUAUGAUUAUAUUCUCUUAGCAAAUUAUUAUGUUUUUUUUGCUUUAUUUUCUCUGUAUAUACCUUGGUUGAUUUAUUAAUGUAAAUUUUUAGUAUGAUCUAUUCCUAUCUGGUAAUUUGACCAUUAUUUUUAUAGUGGUCCAAUGUGAUCUAUUCCCCCCUGGAAAUCUAACCAUUAUCUUCAUAGAGGUCUAAUGUGUUUUAUCUCGAUUUGACAACUUGACCAGUAAAUCCAGAGUGGUCUAAUGUUUAUAUCCUUGAUCAUAAAUAGAUCAUUAAUUAAUGAUAGAUUAUGUGUUUGAUCAUAACCUAGGUGUAAUGGAUUGUGCACAUCUAUAUAUAUAUCUAUAUUUAUGAAUAUCAUUCCUAUUUAGGAUACUUAAUACCUAUUUUAUUAUUACUAUUAAAAGUAAAUUUUUAGGGCACUCACUUUUCUCUUUCCACUAUUGCUUCAGUUUGCUGUUUAGUAUAUAUACUCUCACAAUCUUUCCUGCCCCUAUACCCUUUUCUUUUUUUCCAAUAUACUUCUAUCUUUUUAUUGGGUGUGGACUAUUUUCUUUCUUUGUCAUACUCCUACUUCUGAUAAAAAUGUAGCCCUCACUAGUCAGUAUCCUAUUGUUUGGUAUAUUUUGACUGUACGUACAGUAACUGAUCAAGAAUAUUUAAUGAUUUUUGGCCUGAAUCAUGCAACCAUUCUUAUUGUCUAUGUUACUGUCUUUAAGUCAUACUUAGACAAUGAUUCUUUUGUUAAACCCAUGAGGUUAAGAUCAGGAGGCUGAUAUCACGAGAUUACAAACAAGAAAAAAUGUACGUCUUGGUGGGCUUUUUAACUACAUCAUAGGCUGAAGGUGACAGACAGCCUAGAGCAUUAAAGGGAAACUAUAGUGCAAGGAAAAUAAAAUUGUGGUGCAGAAGGGGUUAAAAGCCCUUCUGUCAAAAACCUGACUGCAGCGCCGAUGUCCCUCAGCGCUGGUUCAGGCUCCGUCUCCAUUCCUCUCCUAUGGAUUUCCCCCCCAUUGGAAACCAUUAUAUAAUGCUUUCCUGUAGGGUUUUGGGUGACACUGGAUGUCCUCAUGCAUAGUGUGAGGAUGUCCAGCAGCAGUUAGGCGACUAAAUGUCACCUAACAAUCCAGAAGUUCCUCUAGUGGCUGCCUUGUAGGCAGUUAAUCCUGGCAAGUAAUUAUUGCAGUUUACUAAUUACCACUGCUGGGUUAAGGGACCUGGGACACUGCACCCAGACCAUUUCCAUGAGCUGAGGUGGUCGACUAUAGUGUCCUUUUAAUGAUGCUAAUAACUAGUAAGUAGUUGUGCUUUAGUUAGUGAUUAUUUGUUUUUUAAUUGGUGUAAAAUAUUAACAUGGAAUUAUUAGUUAAAUAAACAUGCAUCACUUGACAUUAUUUUUAAACCAGCAAGCAAACACUUUAAAACAAAUAUACAAAGCAUAUGUAGGAACAUCCGUGUUUGCCUUGUUUAUAGAUUCCUUUCUCUGAUGGGACAAGAAAGAUGGGAAUUCAAGUCCAAAUGGGCAGGCUUUGUCAUACAAAUUAGAGAGACCGACUGAAAAAAGAUAGAGCAACUGUAAAGUGCAGAGAACGGAAAACUCCCACCCGAUAGGGAUCGUGGGAUUUUGGGCUUUAAAAUUAAAAAUUUAUGUGCCACUGCGUUGAGCUUAUUUGUCAUGAAAUGCAUUAUGCUUUUUAAAGAGCAGGGUUAUGUAUGGCCAAUAUCUAAUCUGUGUAUCUGUUCUAAAUGUUUUGUUUUUUUACAUUGACAUUGUUUGAUUUGUUUUUAUUGACAUUUUUAUACACUAUGUUUAUACCUUAGCUAUGUGUUAUUUGGCAUGAUGUGUGACACAGCUCGUAAAGGGUCUGCCACAGAGAUAACAGUGUUGUCAUUAUGAGGUACUAUGUACUUAGCUUAUCUAAUGUAUUCUUUAUAAUUCUGUAGUCAAUGCUUAGUUAAUGGAUAUAAAGGAUAUGUUUAUCAGACAAUGGCUAGUUACAUACACGUAUACAUUUUGUUUGAAAUUAACAUAUUUAAUUAAUAUACUAUAAGCCACCAUGAUCUUAAAAGGGAACCAUCCCAUACCAACCAUAUUUUAGUUGUGUUAUGUUAAGAAAUCCCUUAUUUUUAACAAAUAUAUUUGUGUGGUCUGAAAAAUAUAGUUUUAUGUAAUCUUCUCUGCAUUUACUGAAAUUAUGAGCUGGGCUCCUGCAACUUCGAUCCAAUAAAAUAAUUGCUAUAUGCUUUGCCCUUUUCUGUCAUUUAAAUAAAAAUGUUUUCGCCCGGCAGCCAAUGUAUAGAGAGAAAAGAAAGUGGAGGAGAAAGAGGCUAUAGGUGAUGGUCACUAGUUUAUUAAAUUGAGUAGUUACCUGUGCCUGUUUCCAUUGGUUAGCUGUUUCAGGCAGGGGAAAAAUGUACAAAAUGGUUGGUGUCUUGUUAGAACUUUGAAUCCCAAAAUGGAUGCACUACAGUUUCUAGUACAGAAAACAUAUAAUUUAUCUCACCGGUCACAGGCGGUUUUAAAAGCAGAGUCUUAAGAGAUCAUCCCUGCACAAUAUAAAAAUUGCAAUUUUAUUUUAAGUUUCAAAAAUAAGCAAAAAAAAUCAAUUCCCCUUUAACUGUUGGGGUUAUUGGCGUGUAAAGAAUAAGAACUGCAGCUUGGAGUUUGAUUGAUGGAAAUUCAAAGAGAAAGUGAAAUCUUUCUCUGAACUUUAACAUUUAACAUUAGCAACAUAUUUCUUUGGGAAGGCUAGGCAGAUAUCUUCACAUUUCAAGAUAUUAAAAAGGUCUUGACUGAGGAGAUAUAAAUGCCACUUGACAGAUGUGUGUCACUUGUAAAUUAAAUUGUAUUAUCUAUUUUUCAUUACAUGAUGAACUCAUUUUGCUACAUACAUUAUGAAAGACUUUUUAUUCGAAAUAUACAGUCUGUUUUGUUCGUGAUUAAGCACAAUAUGGAGCUCUUUCCUCUUUUGAGAUUAUUUCCUUUUGAGUCAAAAUAAAAGAUCCUUUAGUAAAACUAAGGUACACAAAAUGACAAGUAAAUAGCCUGCAAUCCUAAAGGGAAAAAUGAUGUGUGCUUAAUUAGCCAUAGAUUCCAUUCUUUGCUUUAAUCAUCGUUAUGUUUGUUUAUUAACGUCUGUAAUGCCUUAAUACAUUAUAAAUUACUUUUAUAUGAAAUAGCACACCGAAACAAGCUCAAAUAUGUAUGCAGAAUGUUUGCUUAGACUAAAUCUUUAACUGCUUUCUCUAGCACGUUAGGGAGCAACUUCAUAAUUUAUGAUAUAUUAGUCUUUCUUUGGUAGAACCUUUACUGCAGCAUUGUUGGGUUAUAUCCACUCAUUAAAGUGGAACUUUCACUGUCAAUUAUACCAUUGAUUAAAAUACUGAAAGUCCCCUACAACUUGGGUUAACCUUUUCUCAUGUGAUGCUCUAAUUACUUUUAAAAUGUAUAUUAAAGAGUUAACAAAUUACGUCACAGUACAGUUCAGUUCAGGCAUGGCCAAGACACACAGUGCAAAUGAAGAGGAUAACAAUAUAAUUGUUUCUUUUUCUCCUCUUCCACUAUUCAGGCCUCCCAUCAGUCCCGAUUUCAAGACCUGUCCCACCGUCCCAAAUUUUGGGGACACCAGGGAACUGUCCCCAACAAGCAUAGCGUGAGUAUAUCAUUAGACGCACUUCCUCAGUGGGCUAGCCUGGCUGAUUGGCAGUCAGCCUGGCGUGUCAUUAAUUCGGGCAGACCCACCCAUUUGGGGGGAGCCCCUUUAUUCUCCUCCCACUGGCGUCUGAUUCACUGGAUGCUGGAGUUGGGAGGUAUGCAUUAUCUAUGGUCAAUGGCAGAAAAGGGGACAAUUUAUACUGAUUGAUUGAGAUUCAGGGUGGUGGGAUGGAGGUGCCCAGUUCUAGGACAGAUUUAAAUUUUCAGAUCUCAGACAGGCAGAUGUUUUAAAAUAUAGGAUAAAAAUAAAUAUUAAAUUACAAAUCCUUAGAAGUGACAGAUCCCGUUUACCCCUGCCUCAUAUAAAUUGCUAUGUCUGCACUAAGCAUAUUACAUUUCUUACUCUACAGAUACUGUAUAUAUUACACACUUUAUAAAAGCAAUGUUUUCUUAAUUUCCAGGUGAACCACUCCAAAUACCUUUGUUUAUAAAAUGUUGCAUUGCUACGUUUUUAUGUUUUGUGCAUCUAAGUAGGACCAUUGUGCCUAGGUCAUUUUUUUUUAAUGUUUGCACUGUGUGCCUACAGUUACCAGUAAUAUUUGUGCUUAGGAUUUGGUAAGUAACAAAUUAGAUAACAAGUAAUCUGUCCAUACCAACAGAUUUCAGGUAUCCUGUAGGGAAGUGCUCCUCAACUCUCUCCUCAAUGCAUGCCUAACAGUCCAGAAUUUAUGGAUUAUCCAGUUGUGUCUAAGGUGGUUUUUUUUAAAUGUGGUUUUUUUUCUUUCUUUUUUCUAAACACCCUAGACACAUCCAGGUAAUCUCUAAAUCCUAGACUGUUAGGAGUACCUUGAGGAGAGGGUUGAAGAGCACUGCUGUAGGGGAAUAACUGAAAUGUGUGAAAUUUUAUCAGGACAGCCAUCCUAAAUUUUUGGGUCUGUGUGUACCUGUGUGUCUGUGUAUUUGCAUGUAUGUCAGUGUGUGUCUCUGUGUAUCUGUAUGUGUGUUAGCCUGUGUGCAUGUAUGUGUAUCAGUGUGUGCAUUAGUGUUCGUGGGAGUGUAUACACUACACACAAAUGCACAUCUGCAUUUAACCCCUUAAGGACACAACUUCAGAAAUAAAAGGGAAUCAUGACGGAAUAUUUCCAUCAUGUGUCCUUAAGGGGUUAAACACCAACAUUCACACAUAUAUAUAUUUAUAUAUAUAUACACACACACAAAAAAACAUGCUUACUUUCAAACACACAAACACUGCUCAGUUAUAAAUACAACAAUGCAAGGAUGGGCAAAUUGUAGAUCCCCAGCUGGUAAAGUAUUCUGGGACUUUUACAACAGAUGGGGAUCUACAUUUUGGCCACCCUUGUGUGAGAGAGGGGCCCAAAAAAAAUUCUUCCACUAGGGCCCUCUCUAUGUUAGUUCCACCACUAUCCCUGCAGGCCCUCGCGAAACCUGUAUAGUGAAGAGGGGGCCCUCUUCACACACGCGAUCUUCAACCUCCAGAAGCUCUCAGACUCUAGAAAGCCCCCAGCACACACAAACACACAAACACACUGCAUCCACUACACACCCACUACACACACGUAGGGAAUUCCAUGUUUUCCCCUUCCUUGGGUGUGCACAUCAAAUGACGUGCAUGCCCAAGGCGUCCAACAGACCUCGUCUGCACGAGCGUCAACAUAGAGUGCCAGUGACACGCUGUUCUCGGAAGUGACGCAACAAUGGCACUAGAAAAGUACAGCCAAUGACAACGUUGAGAAGGCUGGGGAACUUAACUAAAGCUCCACCUGUUGUCAACUUUUGUCAACCUUCAGGUUUUAUAUAAGGAAAAGUAGGCCUUAGUUUUCAUAAUAUGUAACUUCAGGGGGGAAAAUGGGACAACUAAAGGUGGGUGUGAAACAUGCCAAUGUUAAAAAAUAAAAAUAAAAAAAGUUAUGGAUCCACUUUAAUGACAGAAAAGGGCAUACUGAUGGCAAAAAGGGACUGACAGCCAUGAUGGUGGCACUGAGUUUCAGUUUGUAGCCUCAUGCAGUCAUAUGGACUACUACUUUUAGACGUCACAAAGAUAUGUUUGUAAAGAAUUUGGCAUAAGUGAAUAUAAUUUCAAAAAAGUUAUUUUAACAAUUUCCAGAUAAAUUUACAUGCAAAGAGUUUAAGCUUUCACAGGAGUUGAAAUGUGCAGAGGAAUUUUUGACCAUUUUCUAGACUUUAUAUCUUCCACUUUGGCUGUUAGGUUAAUGGAACUUCUUGCUACUGAUUGUCCACCAGUCAUUAUUUCCAUCUUGAACUUAGAAGCUAAAAUUGUGACGGACAAUAUAGGUGGACCUUGAAAUAAAAUACGUCGAGUAGUUCGCUUCACUCUCAGAGGGUCAGAGGGAAAAAGUUUAUUGUGUGUCUAGACACUCUUCAGUAUUCUCUAACUCUGAUAAUAUAGACGCCAUCUAGUAUUUUUUUAAUGGAUGGAAACGUGAAUUGAACUGUGAGGGUAUAUGGGAUUAAGUCAAGUACUGUUAAAGGAUUAUUUACAUAUUAAAUAAAAUACAUAUGUGGAUAAAUGUUUACAGCUCUCCUAGGGUUAUGAAAUAAACUGCACGUAAUUUGAGUGCUCAGUAUGUUUAAAGAUUGCAUUACUUAAUUUAAGCAGAUUUUUUUGGAAAAAAAACAACACUUUUUUAAAGGUUUUUUUAAACAUUAUUGUGAGGUAUGGAGUUGCCUCAAUAACCAAUCUUUGUUUAGAUUCUAUAUGUUUAUUAUCAUAGUUGCUAAAACUAUACAUAACAUUUCAUAAUGACCUUAAGUCAGGUUUGUAGUACUGAACUAUUAUUAUACACGUGGAACCUCCCUGAGAUAUUUCUAGUUUUAUAGCCUGGUGUUCUGUACUUUUUCUGGACGUCAGUAUGGCUGCCAUCCAAGAUAACUUAGUCUUAUUGCCCAAUAGGAAGCUAAGUCCUGAGAACAGGACCUUGCAGACUUAUACUGGCUAACCUUGGCAGCCAUCUUACACUGUAUAAAAUGUGUUUGAAUAUAAAUUCCACAUUUUCUACAUACUUGAUAUGAUAAUAAUUAUAUAACAUAGAUUUCUAUUGGACAUUAUGGAUAAAGAUACUAUACAAGAUCGCUUAAUUAAUGUGCAACACAGUCACUUUUCUGGAAUAUACACCAUUGCAUACAACAUGGAAAAGCAUGUGUAUCUUGUGUUAAAGGGACACACUAGGCAAUAUAACCAUGUCAUCCCAUUGAAUUGGUAUAGCGCUUGAUAUCCUCAGGUGCUGUUUCUCCAUUCUAAGUUAAACUAUUUUUAAGCAGUUUAACACUAAAUGAUGUUCCCUGGCCACCCACAGCCCAACCCCCACUGGAGUUAUGGCAAAGGCAGAGAUUACGCACUUCCUUUUGCUAUACCAAUUCAUACCAGUACUGGCAGUUGUGACAGGUUGAAAGUGAUGCGAUGACACUCUCAGCCAAUCACAGCUGCCCAAUGCUGCUCACAGUAAUGCUUCCUCGUUAGCUCAAGCAGCCCAGAGGGGAUGGGCUGAUGGGAAUUCUCAUUUAGCAUUUAAAUAGUAGAAAUAGUUAAACAUUGAAUGGAAAGAUGGUACAAGGAGACUCCAGACACUAUAGCCACUUCACUGAGAUGAAGCAGAUAGAGUACCUACAGUGGCCCUUUAAAUUACUUUUUCGUGCAAGUCUCCAUUUUAGUUCAAUCCCGGCACAGCCAGGGCACACAUUGCAAAUAUGUUUGAGAAACAGAAAUAUAUUUAAUUUCUACUCUUAUUUAUAUUCAUUGUCUAUGCUGCCUGUCAGGUGCACAGGACAGAUCUUACAGCAAUGAAUGACAGUGAGCCAUUUCAGCCAUGUAAUGAAUUGUCAAUGCAGUCAAUCUAAACAUUUCAUAAAUAUUGUAUCUUUUAUAAUACUUUAGACGUGACAGUUGCUUUAGGGGUCACUGGAUAUUCACAGAAAACGCAUGCCCACUAUUAUGCUUUGGGUUUCCUACAGAACUGUAACCCAUGUUACAUUGCCUAGGGCACUCCACUCUGAUAUCUGCUAUUAUGUGUGUGUAUAUGUUCAUUAAAGAUAUUUACUAGAAAUAUUUGUAAUCUGAACACAAAGAUGUACAUUGAUCUAUAAAGUACUAUUCAAACUGGCUAAUUCACUAACGUUAAAAUCGCCAGGAAUUUUAAGUGAAUUUCUACAUUUGCUAUUUUGGCCUAAAUUUUGAGAUUUAUUUUUAAUUUACUUUGAAUUGCUGGCAAUUCUUAAUUUAAUGAAUAACUUUGCCCGUUUUAUGAAUAUGUGUGCACAGGUUUCCUAUGUUCUUUGAGUAACUAAUCAAAUUAUUCUACUCUUUUCAGAACUUUGCAGAAAAUACAAUGAAUGAACUUCUAGGCUGGUAUGGGUAUGACAAGGUGGAACUAAAUGAUGCAGAAGACAUUGAAUUCAAGAACUAUCAUGGAGACGGUGAAGGCAGACAGCAUAUUUCUGUUCUCAAAGGUAAAAUCAGAUGUUAGGUUUAUGGAACUAUUAAAAUGAGGUUUUGCUAAUGUAGAUAGACAUUGUGAACGUGUUAGAAUAUGUGUCCCAGGCUUCCAAUAGGAGAAAAGAAUAUAAAAUAACAAUAAUAAAUACAAAAAUACAUUUGCGACAAAGAUGCUUUUCUUUGAUAUACACUUGGCACUUUAAUAAAAUCACAUUUGCCCCCCGUCUCCCCUUCACUGACCUGGUCCAACAGCGCAACCCAGUUAUAUAUGGGGGCGUUAACGUUGUUUAAUUUAAAGUUUUUCCUCAGCUUAAUCCUAUAACUCGUGUUUUACCCAAUAAGCUACCACUUAUAUUCCCUUGUACUAGUCAAAGCCCAUUCCUUCAAUCAAAUAUUGCAUUUCCUUACUGUUUAGUGAAGGUGGGCUACCUAUUAGCUUUUACCUUACUCUAGCAUGUCAUAUUCAUAUCCUACUUCUUAGACAUGAUUGUGUAGCCUGUACUGUUAUUUAAAAAAAAAGGAGGGAGAAAUGCAGCAUUUUCAUCAUGUCAUGUUAGUUUUACACCUUUUAUUUCCUAUUUUUUUUAUUUUAUUUUUUCCUACUCACUCUUGCUGAGUUGAUCUUAUAAGCAUGUUUGUAUACCAAUGACAUAUUCUCUGACGUGUUUAUUAGGCUUGAUAUACACUUAAUUUACAGUACUCAGCUUGCCUGCUAGAACGCCAUAACUAUAAAAUUUGUGCAAUUGCUCUAAAUGCCAUGUUAUAAUCUUAUACUGUGUUUUUUCACUUGUCCUGCUGUUGUGGUGCAUCAAGCGUGUAUGUUACUAUUUGCACAACAGAAAUAAAGAAUAGAUUUUUUUUUUUUAAAUCACAUUUGCAAUUAGAUAAUGCUGCUGGAAACUUUUCACACAGACAAACAUUGCUACAUAGCAAUUCAAAAUGCAAUAGUAAAAGUAGGGACCGAUUAUAUUUAAUUUGCUUUGAUUUCCGUACCUUUUUUAUUGAAUAAAAUGAUCACCUUUUUUUCUUCUCUUCAUCAAAAGUAGUUUUUGUGUAAUGUACCUGACCAAGAUUUGCUAUAAACUAGUGUGUAUAGAGACACUCCAAAGUUGGUUUUGCACCCAUUGUUUUAGAAUCAGUGAAAUAAGGGGUACAUUAAAGGGGCAGUCUAAGCACCAUACCCACUAAAGGGAGCUGAAGUGUUUGUGGUCCCCUGGCACCAUUUCCUAAGUUAGAGUCAAACAAUGUGAAAGUGGUUUAUAUUUACCUGGAUUCCACAAGCACCCAAGGUCAGGUCCCCUCUUAAGAUAUCGCUAGAAUGGAAGUUCUACAUUCCUCAGUGUAAAGUGAAAUGCCAAAUAGUUAUCAACUCUAGUAGUUAUGGUGCUUAGACUAUUCCUUUAAAACAAAUGCAAAGAAAAUAAAUUAAAAAUAGUAACAAGCAUACUCAUAUCUAAAGUACAUCCUAAGCUACAUGCAGGGCAGGAUUUUCAAUGGGGUCUCAUCAAAACAAGAAGUGACUGAGCAGUGCUGCUUUUCUUGUAAGUGCUUCAUCAUGAGCACAGCAUAGUUUUUGGGAGCUGUAGUCUCUGAUGCUAACAUCUGAGAUACAACAUCCUAAAAGAGUCAUGACAUUUGGAGCAAAAAUGAAACACUACUUAUGGAGAUGGAUAUUUAGUAGCGGCCCGUACACCUAGGCUACCGUGAUAAGUAUAUGUGUUAUCAGGGUCCCGGUCAUGUGGUGCAGUAUUUUCACAGCAUGACCAAGCCUCUUUAAAGGACCACUCUAGGCACCCAGACCACUUCAGCUUAAUGAAAUGGUCUGGGUGCCAGGUCCAGCUAGGGUUAACCCAUUUUUUUAAUAAACAUAGCAGUUUCAGAGGAUCGGAGGAGGAGGAGGAGAGAAGGAGGAGAGCUCCCUGCCCAUCGCUGGAAAAAGGUAAGUUUUAACCCCUUUCCAGAGCCGGGCGGGAGGGGGUCCCUGAGGGUGGGGGCACCCUCAGGGCACUAUAGUGCCAGGAAAACGAGUAUGUUUUCCUGGCACUAUAGUGGUCCUUUAAUAUUGCAGUGCUGGGAGAAAAUGCGAGUGAAAGCAGGUCACUUGCUCCUAGAUAACAAACUUUGAGCCUGCGGAAGGGAGAGGAGGAGACAAAGAAGAGGGGGGUGCAGACCAAGAGAACAAGCCCUAACUACUCUAACAGUCUCAGCUGUCGAAGUGACCUACCUGCACGCAAAAGAUGAAGGAGGGUGCUUUCUACUGUCUCAGACUAACAUUUUGACCAGCAAAUGUGUUUGUAUGUGUGUGUUUCUGUGUAUAUGUAGGUGUCUCUUUACGUGUGUCAGUGUGUGUAUCUGUAUGUUUGUGUUUAUGCAUGUGUGUCAGUGUUUGAAUCUGUGUGUCUGUGUAUCUGUAUGUGUGUCAGUGUUUUUGUAUGUAUGUCUGUGUAUCUGCAUGCAUGUUAGUGUUUGUGUCUGUGUUUCUUUUUAUCUGCAUGUCUAUAUGUGUGUGUGUGUGUGGCAGUGUAUGUGUACAUGUACAUACAUCACAACGCCAAAACUACACACAAAUAUACCCCUGCAUUAAACUGCCAACACUGCAAUCAAACAUUUCCACUACAUACAAACACACAACUGUAUUAAAACACCAACAUUAUAUACAAACAAACCUCUGCAUCAAAAACUAACACUACACACAAAUUCAAGCCUGCAUUCAAAUGGCAACACUACAUACAAAAAGGGCCGUCUUUAAUAAUGGAUGGACCCUAGGCAAACAUUUACUUGGGCCCCCUGGACCCUUCCCCCCUACUCCCUGACACAGGUGCAAGAUUUAUUUUGGGUCGCGCCAUUGCAAGGGUGGCCAAAAGGAAGAUCCCCAUUUGUCAUGCAACUCCAACAAUGUUUUGACAGCUGGGAUUUUACCAUAUUCCCAUGCUUGCAAGCUUGUAAUUAGUACUAAGCAGUGUUUGUGUGUUUAUAUUUAAUUUUAGUGUUUAACACAGAGGUGUGUUUGUAUGUAGUGUUAACAUUUCAAUGCAGGAGUGUGUUUGUAUGUAGUGUUGAAGUUUGAAUGCAGGGGUGUAUUUGUAUAAUCAUGGCAAACUCAAACGUAAUGAUGAUGUUGCCAUGAGUAUUUGGGUGAAAUCCCUCCUUUUUCUGUCAAAAUUGUUUUAGAAUACUUUGACAAAAACUACGGUUUUCCACCCAAGGCCGGCCAAUCUGCAGCCACUUGCAUAAUUCUAACUAUUAAUUUCUGCAUAAUCUUUCUGAAGCCAGGGACAGCAAAGAAGCGCAAGGAUGGGGGCAAAUAAAUGUGAAUUUAAAAAAAUUAAUUCAAUUUCUGUGGCUACUACAACAGAAAUGUAAAUGUUAUGCUAUCUAUUGGUUGAAUUUAAAUCCCAUAUGUUUUGCAGGUUACUGUGUAAUUAAUGCUUUUUGUGGUGAAGCUCUAAAUUGACAGGGACAUUCCGUUUGGUUUCUAUGGUGAUUGCAUCACUCUUUCAACUUUGCCCUAGAAUUCCUUAUAAACUCACUAUUGCUGGCAUAUACUGAUUUAAUUUCCUUGAAUAGAUGAUUACAUAGUAAAUCCAGCCUGUUUUACUUUACAUAUAUAAAAUCUAUAUCACUUUACAAUUGGCUUCCAUUUCUAGCUUUUAUACCAGUUUAGCAGCUACAAUACUUCCUUAAGCUCUGAUUUAGCCACAAAAUGAAUAAAGUAUGUUUGUUUUAAAUGGGAUGUCUAGAAUGUUGCUACAGGAAGAGUAGUCUUGUUUGGUCAGACUGGCCAGAAUCUGAAAGUUGAUACUUGGCAAAGAUCAUUUUUUUAAAAUAAGGGAGAUUGAAAUUUUCCAGUGACCUGCAUGUUGAUGACAAACUUUGUGAAGCAUAAAAAAGCAUAGUCAUGAAGGCUAAGCUAUGUAUAAAGAGCUUCCAGGAUAAAUAAAACAAGUUUACUUACUAGUAUAGAUGGUAAUCACCACAGCCUAAUUCCACAUAUUUACAAACCUCAAAAUUGUAUAAAGCACAAAUGCACCAUGUUAAUUCGAGAACACCAACACAAGUACUAUAGUGUGCUUUAGAAACCAGAAUUUCCCCACAUCUCUUAUCCUAACUAGAUUUUCUGCUUAAACCUUAAAUAUUUACCAUUUAUAAAAAAAAUUAUAAUAAUGGAACCUAUAUAUCAACAGCACAACAAUUGUAACUAAAAUGUAACAACACUUGUGAACUAGUGCUUGAUUUAUAAUCAAAUCCAAGGAAUGUCACACAGUCUACAGCACAUCUUUCCUAGGCAGAUCUGAAAGGUUUUAUAAAAAAUGUCACCUUCUAAUGCUAUAAUAUCAUGAAUAUAUUCACAUUGGCAAUCCAUCCACAUGUAUUUUUUCUGAAGAGGAUACACAAAUUGUAAAAAAAUGUGUUCCAAGGGUGAACUGAUAUCUGUGAUUAAAGGUCGCAGACACAGACCUAGCAGUAGCAGUCUAAAUGAGAAACCAUUAUUCCUUAUUCCAUGGAAAUGUUCUGAUUUUGCCAUCCCUCAUAUAGCUAUUUUAUUUAGCUUUUUGUGCAUAUAAGAUUCGUAAAAACUUUUCCCUAAGAUAAAAGCUAUAUCUUUUUUUUUUUCUAUCUUUCAGUUUGACGGAAUCAUUUUUUCCACAUAGUUAGACAUGUUUACUUAUCGCCUUAUGUUUUUUUUGUUAUCUGACAUGUUGUAUAAAUUUUUUGAACAACACAAUAAAAACAAAAUUAGUUAAAAAAAGAAAACAAACAAUGUUAACGAAGAAAUGCAAUUGAGAACAUACAUCAAAGUGAAUGUAGCUUUGAAAAUAAAAAUUGCAAAACAGAACACACAUUUUCAGUUUUAAUUAUGCCUAAACAGUAUAUUGUCUCUUUUAGGUAGAACAGGUUAAUAUUUAAUUGAUAUUUUAUUGAAUAUAUUUUUUACAUGUGAAUUUUAUCAUCUUUUACACUCAAAAUGGGUAACUCAGACAUGAGGCUAUAGUGGCGUAUAGAGGGGGGACUGUCAUUUUCCAGGAUAUUUAAUAUCGUGUUUACUAAUUUCCUAUAUCAAAUAUACAUAUUUAUUUGUGAGGUGAAAAUUAGAGAACACUCCAAGCACCAUAACCACUGUAGUUUACUGUAUGGUGCCAGGGGUGCCUUGGUUCUUCCCAAAACUAACACCGCAGAGACGGAUGUUGCUAAUCUAGAACAUCUGUUAGCUUUCCUGAGUAGGGCUAGCCUUAGCUCAUUAGCUUAGAGUUUCAGCUUCAGAGCUUAGCUCAGGAGAGCUAACAAAGGAUAUUGCUUAGAAUCUUCCAUGUCUCUGGGAAUAGUAGUGGUGGUUGGGAGAGGCUCCCAGUGGAGGCCAGGUUAGAAGUGGAAUUGGAAGGGUAGUAGCAAACUCCUGGAACCAAAACUACUACAGUGAGCUGCAGUGUUCUUUUAAAAGUAGAAUUAAACACCUCUUUAAACCUGCAGCUUGAGUUCCAUCAUGACUUCAAGAUAUUCCCUUGACUGCCAAGGAAGGGAAGCAUGACUGCUGCCUAAGACAAGGGGUGGUAUAAAAGGGGGAAACAAUGUUGCAGAAAGUAGGGACAGAUAUAAGGGAGUCUGGGGAGUGGACACCUACCACGUCCAAGGAAGGAGCAUAACGCUAGGAGCUCUUUACCCACUAUACAGGUGUCUGUGUAAUUAUUCGUCAGCGGGAAGGUUUGCAUGGGUCAGCAGUCAUGCCAAUCAUUUUUGUAAGCCAGUAUCGAAAAAACAUACAGAGAAGAGGAGAAAUGAAGUCUCAUUUCUGUUUCUGCUCCUAAUUUGCAUUGUGUGCACUAGCUGUUCCUGAACUUACCUGGAUUGUGAUCUUAUUUGCUAAAUUUUCAAUGUAAAGUAAAAUGAAAACAGAGCAUCAAAUCAAAAAACAUGUUGGGAUUUCCAGUGUUUUAUUAAAGUUAUAAAAAAAUUAGCUGCAAUUACUGUUUUAACAUAUUACUGUAUUUUUUUAAAUGCUGUUCACCAAAGUGUGAAUUCCAAGUGAAUUUCAGCUUUAAGGCCAGAGUAGCCGUACUAAAAGCAUAGUUGCACAAAGAUAAAGCACCGUGCUUACAGCAGCAGUAGCUUAGCAUCCAACAGCUUAAAAUACAUAGUAAAAACAAAGAGAACAAUAAACUUUGCUAGUAUUCAGGGUUAAAGGACCACUAUAGUGCCAGGAAAACAUACUCGUUUUCCUGGCACUAUAGUGCCCUGAGGGUGCCCCCACCCUCAGGGACCCCCUCCCGCCCGGCUCUGGAAGGGGAAAGGGGUUAAAAACUUACCUUUUUCCAGCGCUGGGCGGAGAGCUCUCCUCCUCCUCUCCUCCUCCGAUCCGCCCCGCCGGCUGAAUGCGCACGCGCGGCAAGAGCUGCGCGCGCAUUCAGCCGUCGCAUAGGAAAGCAUUUACAAUGCUUUCCUAUGGACGCUGGCGUGCUCUCACUGUGAAAAUCACAGUGAGAAGCACGCAAGCGCCUCUAGUGGCUGUCAAUGAGACAGCCACUAGAGGGAAUAGGGGGAAGGCUUAACCCAUUAAUAAACAGAGCAGUUUCUCUGAAACUGCUAUGUUUAUUAAAAAAUGGGUUAACCCUAGCUGGACCUGGCACCCAGACCACUUCAUUAAGCUGAAGUGGUCUGGGUGCCUAGAGUGGUCCUUUAAGUAUGUAGGGGUUUAUAAAAUACCCCUUCAUGUCUCAUUAGAGAUGUAUAAACUUAGUCUGAUACCAGCAAAGUUUAUUGUAUGUGUAGAAGCCUUAUAAAGGGUUAAAUGUGAAAGGGUUUAUAAAAUACCCCUUCCUGUCUCAUUGGAGAUUCUUGGCUGAUAUAAGCAUAUCUAAUGGCUAGUGUAGGAACUCACCUAUUGAGGCUUGCUUUGACGUGGCAGGUGAGCUUAUAUAUUCAAAUGGCCAUUGGAAUAAAACUAAAGAGCCUCCAUUUUGUUUAAAUGUACAUGGGGAUUAAGGCCAGAGUGCAGGUAACAUUCUCUUUCUUUUUAAAAGCAUAGUUGACUUAGAGGAAUCUUAAGUUGCCUAUUUUGACCUUAUAUUUGAAAUUCACUAUGAACAAAUAACAAAAACAGUGUUAUGCUUCAACUUUUGUUGCUUGGCCUCCUAACAAAACUGUUGAAUUUGAAAAUCAUUGCAUUAGUGUAGAAUAUAAUUUCAAUUUGCCUUUUUUUAGUUUGGCUUUUUUGACCUUAAAAUUGAAAUGCACUUUGAAUUCACCUUAGCAUUAGAACUUCCUGUUCAGGAUGAGUAACUGGAAGUCCACGUUAGUUAAACAUAUUCAAAUCAAAUUCAUUAAAAUGUGGUAAACUCAGUUAAACGCAAGGUUCUGUUAGCUUUUAAAGUGAUAUAUAAUGGUGCUAAGGAAUAUUUUGAUGGCAGCCUUUUGGAGGACAAGUGUUCUUUUUCCCUCUUUGGAGACCUAUAUGUUUUCUGUUAUGUGUUAGUUUCGUUUUAACUUAUUAAGGUAAUUAUAACAAAAUAAAAACAUCCAAAUUUCAGAAGUACUUUAGUGUUGGCAGAGCUUUAAUGACAGGGCUUAGGGUUAUGAAGCAAGGCCAGUGCCAUUCAAAUGUAGAAAUGGUAUUGCCUCAUUUGCUUAAUUAAUACAGUCUGGCAUACAAUUCACACGCCACCAGCAUGCAGAAGCUAUUUUGCAUAUCAUUAGUGGAAGGCCUUGGUUGUGGAGCCAAAGCAAAUGUUCUUUAUCCAGAAGUUCCCUUGCUGGUUCAUAAAGUAAGUUAAUUGCCAAUCGAAGUGCAAUGUAAAAGUUUUUAAACAGCUUGCCUGUCCUACAUUAUGCUGUCCUUUAAGCUUUCGAUUUUUGUGACCACUUUAUUUUUUUAUUUUAUAUUUUAUAUUUUUGCUAAAUGGAUCUUCGUCCAAUUCUCUUUAUUAUUAUCAUUGAUUCCAUAUGGCCAGCAGUGGUUCAGGCUACGGGGAUAAUAUGUCAGUGUGCUCACAGGUGUAAAAACAUGUAUUAAAUUCAGGAAUUAUUAUGCUAAUGCAGGAGAACUGUUAUUCACUUGUAUAAUUUUUUUCACAUAUUUUUUGUCUAUUCCCAUUUCUCUGUUACCUGGCACACUUUGAAAUUAUACACUAAAUACUGAAUGGUAGUGAUUUGAAAACCAAAUAGAUUUUUAUUUUUUGGACAAUCUUUGUUUAUGGAGUUGUACAAAUGAUUCAAAAUAUUACAGAAGGUUUAUAAAGUUUCGGCGUGUUAAUCGAUACAGGAACCAUAAAUUAAAGCAUUGCUACAAUUACAGCUGCCAUACAUUUAUAACAAUGUUUGAAAGGUACUUCUAUCAUAAUAAACCAAUAAUUACAAUGGGACCAUUCUAAUUAAUAACUAAUUAGUCUUAAUCUUAGUCUUAGUCAUAAAUAAACAAAUUAGUCUAUUGGGCAGCAAUGAAUAGUGGAUAAUAGUCUGCGAGCGGAAAAGAAGGUACCCAUGCACCAGGUGAACAAUAGAUGAGGUUGAAAAAGCUGUUCAGAGAGAGCAAAACAAAAAAAGGGGGGAGGUAAGGAGGGAAGGUAGGGGAUAAGGGCACCCCAUCAGCUGACUCACUGAUUUCUGGUACUGAGAUAAAAUUGCCAUGCUCUCCAUACCUCCUCGGAUCUAUCAGAUUGAUCCUUCAACAUGGCAGUGGCGGUGUGUUCCUUUAUCUGCUGAAUCUCUUCAACUCUGCCGAGCCAGUUCUGAAACAUUGGCAGGUAUUUUCACAGCCAGAGGGCAGGAAUUCAGAGAGCGUGCUGCUGUCAAUAAAUGUUUGGACAGUGUUUUCUUGUUUUUGGAUAUAGGUAAUUUAGAUUAAAUUUAGAUUUAGGUUUAAGAACAUAUCCACAGGGUUGAAUCCACCUCUUCAUCUGCUAUAGUAAGCACUACAUCAUUCGCCUUCUCCAGUAAGGGGAUAAGAUCGCUAAUUCCCAGAAUACAGUAGCGAUCCGACCGCCAACACCCAUCGGACAUGUCUGCAAAAAACCUAUGCAAUUUUUGCAGUGUAUCAUACCAAAUCAUCAUUUUGUAAUGAAUCUCUUGGAAUUUCAUGCAUAGGUAGCUUAGAUGGUCUGUCAAUAUUAACAUCUUCGACUGGCCGGUGACUGUCAUUUGCAAGGCAUUCUCCCAAUACGACUUGAAUUUAAACAGUACAGGUCCAGCACGAAAAUAUAUCUCUUCCAGAUUUGUGGCUGACCUAUGUAGGAUUUGAUGAUGAGAAAUGGAAGUAAUGAAGUUUGUGAACUGAUGAUAUUUAAAUGUCUCAAGGGUCGGUGGUGGCCUGCCUUGCACAAAGUUUUGACAUGGAGGUGUGGACUUUUCCUAAGGUACUCAAAGGCUUGUCGAUCUAAAGUAGCAGGGAAACACAGGUUAGCAAUAACCAGGUACAUAGGGCUAUAUGGAGUAUUAAGUAAUAGUUCAGAGUUGGUGCCACACUUUCAAUGUCGCUCCUAAGAAAGGUUUGCGUAUUUAUUAACUCCUUUUCAGCCCCGUUAUCCAAGUAUACUAGUGAAGGGAUCGAACCUUUCUCUAUCGCUCGCUCAAAUGCUGGCCAGAUGUCUUGUUUGUCUGUAUUGUGCCAUUCAACUACUCAAACUAAGUGUGCUGUCAGAUAUUACUUUUAGAAAGUCCAUACCACCUACUGGCUUAAGGGGGAUGAGUUGGUCUAUCUUAAGCUUUGACCUGUUUCCCGUACAUACUUAUUGCACCAGAGCUGAAUUCAGGGUACUAAAAAUUGCACAUUUGAGAGGCACUGAUAUAAUCUGGACUAAGUUGAGCAGCCUAGGAGGCAGAUUCAUUUUAACAGGGUUUAUACAACCAAACCACGAGAAAUCUAGCACAGUCCAGCCUUUCAUAUCUGCCUGAAAAUAAUUCAACAUUGGCAGGAAGUUGUCGGUAGACUUUCUUCAAAUCACAUGGGAUCCACAAACCCAGAUACUCAAGUUGUUCUCUGCACCACUGGAAUGGAAAGUGGAUGCAGAGGUGUUCAGACUCUCAGGAGGAGACAGAUAUAUUUGUGGUCUCAGAUUUGUCUAUGCUCAAUUCACCAUAGAAACGGAAUGGAGGAUAUAUGGAAGAAAAAACACUGGCUGUUCAAUGUAAAAUAGUACAUCAUCAGCGUGUUCGUCCGCAGUAUGGCUGAAACUGUGAACAUCUGGAUUACUCCUAAUCGCCUCCAAAAAAAGUUCCAGGGCAAAUUGAAAAAUCAAGGCGAACAAAUUGAUUAUUUGGGAACAUCUUCCAACUCUACCCACAACUGGCUAUUUUAGCCUAAAUUUUGCAGUUCAGUUUUCAAUUACCUGCAACUUAGUGUUUAACCAAUACACCUCCUUAUCAUUUCUUUUGCAGCUUCACUAGAGAUCAAUUAUAAAGCAUCAUCACAGGGUUUGCUCUUAUACUGCCUACACUUCCAUCCUAGUAUCUUAAAUAUUGUGCAGCUGAAGCUUUUAAACUUGAUUUAAAAUAUAAAAUAAACACAUUGGUUGUGUGCAGAAAUAUUUCCCUGGUCAUGUCAUUUACAUGCAAGUAGAAAUUUUAAGUAAAAGGACAAAAAAAGGUAAAUGGGAGUAUUUACUAACUAUACGUUAAAAAAAAUAACACAAAAGAACCUACAAAGACACAAAAGCAAAAACAACAAAAACGGUUUGUCCUGCAACCCUGUUGCUUGGCCACCUAUCAAACAUGAUACAUUUGAGGAACAUUACAUUAGUGUAGAAUAUAAUGAAGUUUGCAUUCACCAUUUUCAGUCUAAAUAUGGAAUAUUUUAUAAAAAUCAUAAAAUGCUGGGUUUACACUCAGGAUGUUCUUAGGUAUGAUGAAGAAGAUUUAUGUAUGCGUAUUCCAUCUGAUUAAUACAGACAAAUGAAAAUAAAUCAUACGAUGCUUUGCUAAUUGUAGACAUUGAGGACAUGCCCAAUUAGGUAGACAUCCAAUUUUGCAUGGGGCAUAGCAAGCAUGAUUUAAUUUCAAGGAAAAGGGAGAAAAAGCUUUAUUUAUUCAAAAUUUAAACCAGGUGCCACUUUAUUUUCCCAAUCAGCAUAAAUGUGAGAUUAGUAAAUAAAAGAUAAUGAUGUUUCUUUUAGGUUAUGUUUGUAAUGUUGCCAAAGUGCCGCAUCGGUAAUAUUAAUAUUCACUUAAUUUCCUUUUUUUUAUUUUUACAUGCCUAGUAGGUGAUUUGUAAAGGUGUGAUGGCUGUAUUUUAAAAAAUUUUAUACUAUAUUUUGUUUUUAUUUCAGAAAAUUCUUUGCCAAAACCAAAAUUACCUGAGGACAGUGUUACGUCACCAUACAAUACAAAUAUAAAUUAUUCAGGACACGCUACUGGAAAUGGGAUUGCAGGAUUACCAGCGGGGUCAAAGGAUCAUGGAAACAUGCCAAUUGUCAUGCCAUUAAUUCCUCCUCCAUUCAUGAAACCAUCAGCAGGUAAUUCUUCAAUUAGUUUUUUUUUAAACAACCUGAAAGUGAUUAUAAGAAAAUCAAUUCAUCUAUUAACCACCACCCCACCAAUACUGUAUCUCACUACUGGAAAAAAGUACGGGAUCUAGGCUCAUGAUAUAAAAAUAGUUUAUAGUAUUUAUAUAACACCAACGCAUUUCACAAUGGUGUACAGUAGGUGAACAAGACAAACAUUUAAUUCUAACGAAACAUGUAUGACAUACAGGAACAGUAGGUGAAACAAGCUCAUAGUGGGAAAAGAUUUUUAUCUCAGUUCCAAAUAAAAGAUAUAUGACUAUUACACAAGUAAUUAGGGUUGAAGCACUGAGGUAAACCUGCCAAGAAUACGACCUGUCACCCUGUGUUUGAAGCAUAUACUCCAGUUAGGGCAGCCUCUGAUAAGGCAGGCAUUUCUUUUAAAGGGGAAUUCAGUUUAGAUCACAGUUUGUUAAAUUACAAGCAACAUUACAGCAUAUACAGUAACUGGAUUAUCCAAUAUGUGCCAGUGAAUUACUUAACUGCGGAAAGAUAAGAUGGCGGUCCUUAUAAAAGAAUAGUCUCUUUUCAUGUGGAUUCUCCCUCCAGUCACAAUAAGUAAGGAGUUGUAGUAGAGUGCAGUAGCCUCCACAGUCUACAAAACUCAUUUAUUUUAUUUCAGUGUCAGACUUUCUCCAUUAUAGAUUCAUACUGUGUUCAUACAGUGCAGCCCUUGCCCUUGCCAAACAGUCCUAUUUUUCCUCUCUCAUUAGUUCAUGUUCCCGCAACCCCAGGCGUCUCUUUGACACCUUUAAUUCUCUUCUUCGCCCCGCUGUGGCCACCCCCCAAACCAACCUUACUGCUGAUAACUUUGCAUGUUACUUCACUGACAAAAUUGAACAGCUAAGGAAAGAAUUCUCCCCUCCUUGCCUUUCUGUUUCUCAACCACACAUUGAUCAUGCCUUUCCUACCCUUCAGACAUUCUCCCCAGCCACUGACCAAGAGGUGGCUGCUCUUCUUUGCUCCUCUCGCCCCACCACAUGCCCGCUCGAUCCUGUCCCGUCUCACCUUAUCAGAUCUCUCUCCACUUGUCUCGUGCCUUCUCUAACACACAUCUUCAACUGCUCGCUCUCUUCUGGCAUCGUCCCUGCUGACCUUAAACAUGCCACUGUAGUACCUAUACUAAAAAAACCAUCCCUUGACCCGUCCACCCCCUCUAACUACCGUCCCAUAUCCCUGCUCCCUUUUUCCUCAAAGCUUCUGGAAAGACUCGUCUUUACCCGUGUGUCUCAUUUCCUCAAUUCCAACUCUCUCCUUGACCCCCUUCAAUCUGGCUUCCGCCCUCUCCACUCUACAGAGACUGCCCUUAUCAAAGUUACUAACGACCUAAUCGCAGCUAAAUCCAAAGGCCACUACUCCAUACUAAUUCUUCUUGACCUCUCGGCGGCCUUUGACACCGUUGAUCAUGCUCUCCUUCUUCAAACUCUGCAAUCGCUUGGUCUCUGUGACUCUGUCCUCUCGUGGUUUUCCUCUUAUCUCUCCCAACGCUCAUUCAGUGUCUCUUUUUCUAAUGAUACCUCCUCCCCUCGCCCUGUCUCGGUUGGAGUCCCCCAAGGCUCCGUCCUUGGUCCCCUUCUAUUUUCUCUUUAUACUGCCUCUCUUGGCAAACUUAUUACCUCAUUUGGUUUCCACUACCACCUGUACGCUGAUGACACCCAGCUAUAUCUCUCCUCCCCGGACCUCUCCCCUGCUGUCCUGCAACGUGUCACUGCUUGCCUUUCUUCCAUCUCUGACUGGAUGUCCUCCCGCUUUCUGAAACUCAAUCUCUCAAAAACUGAGCUCCUUGUCUUUCCUCCUCCUAAUACUGAUCCUCCUCUUUCGCUCUCCCUUCAAGUAUGUGGUACCAACAUCAGCCCAUCCUUGCAAGCGCGCUGUCUUGGCGUCAUACUUGACUCUGGUCUCACCUUUGAGCCUCACAUCCAGCAUGUUGCCAAAUCCUGUAGAUUCCAUCUUAAAAACAUAGCCCGCAUCCGCCCCUUUCUUGCACCAGAUACUACCAAGGAGCUUGUCCAUGCUCUAAUAAUUUCACGCAUGGAUUAUUGUAACCCUCUCCUGCUUGGUCUUCCCAAAAGCCGUACUGCACCCCUACAGUCUGUAAUGAAUGCUGCUGCUAGACUGAUUUUCCUCUCUAGUCGGUUCUCUCACACCUCACCCCUCUGCCAGUCCUUACAUUGGCUUCCUGUGUGCUAUAGGAGUCAAUUCAAGGCACUAACUCACACCUAUAAAGCACUGAACAACUCUAGCCCCUCUUAUAUCUCCUCACAGAUCCACAGGUAUGUCCCUUCUCGGUCUCUCCGCUCUGCCCGUGACCACCUCCUGUCCGUUGUCCGCACCCGUACGGCCAACUCGCGCUUGCAGGACUUCUCGCGGGCGGCUCCCUUCCUAUGGAAUAGCCUGCCUACCGCCAUCCGACUCUCCCCUAGUCUUGCAUCUUUUAAGAAGUGCCUUAAAACCCAUCUCUUUAGGAAAGCUUAUGGCCUCCAAGACUAACCCCUACCUCACAUACCCGUCUCUUGCCCUCUCCUAAAGGGCAGCCCACCUUAUUUGAUUGUACAUUCCUGUCCUAAUGUGUCUUACACCCCACCUCCUAUAGAAUGUAAGCUCGAUUGAGCAGGGUCCUCUUCAACCUAUUGUUCCUGUAAGUUUAUUUGUAAUUGUCCUAUUUAUAGUUAAAUCCCCUUUCAUAAUAUUGUAAAGCGCUACGGAAUCUGUUGGCACUAUAUAAAUGGCAAUAAUAAAUAUAUAAAAAUUUGGUAACUUCAUCAUUUUCACCAGGUAAUUCCAGAAGUGUAUAAUAUCUUGUGUUGCAAAAUGCCCUAACUAAUUUCCCCAUUAUAUCCAUUUGCGUUGCACAAAAAAACCCCAACUCCACAUAAGCAAGUAGGAUGGCAGAGCAUCAUGGGAAAUUAUGUUCAUAGUCAUGCGAGAUAUCAAGGUUAGUCUUAGCUGAUUCUGUUUGAUUCAUUACAUUAUCAUUUAUCUUCGACUAAUGCAGCUUUAACCCCUUAAGGACACAUGACGGAAAUAUUCCAUCAUGAUUCCAUUUUAUUUCAGAAGUUGUGUCCUUAAGGGGUUAAGGGAUAUAUGGUGCUGUUUCUGGCCUACCAUGCCAUUAUUCUAUAGCAUAUCAAAAGCAAAUACAUAGGAGACGCUAACAGGAAUCAAUAAACAUAUACACAAGAAAAGGGUUUUAGCACAACAUGUACUGGUGUGAAACCAAUAUAAAUGUGUUGCCUUCCUGAAACCUAUAUCACAUACGUACCUAACAUCAUAUUUUCUCUCUCGCUUCGAGGGAACAUCUGCUGAAAUGGUUUCUGUCCCUUCCUGUGAGUCUAACAUCAUUUUAUGGGCAAUUUCCUAGAGAAGCGUUUAAUGGAUAACACAGGUCAGGAUAGUUAGAGUAUCAGGUGGAUGUGUUCUUCAUUGAUUUUUGAAAGCUAAUACUUUUAGCGCAGAGUUAAGCUCAAAGGACUGAAACCAUUACCUGUGAGAAGGGCCAGCAAAGCAGCCAGUUAAUGGCAGACACAUACACCAAAAUUAAUUAAAUCUGCCCAUCCCAUUUCCGGUUUCUUUAUUUGGGUUAACGACAAACAAAUUCACAAUAUUAUUAAAAAAAUAAAAUAUAGGCCAUAGGAGUUUAAUUCUCCCGAAAGGGUUUAAAUCUGUAUUUUGCAGAUGUAAUAAAUUUUCUUUAUGUUUUGAAACAUUCUAUCAAUGCAAGCAGGCUCUCUUUAAGUUGUUAUACCAUCAUUUUGCCGUGUUACCUUGACAGUUAUUUAAGACCAGUGCUGGAUUUAAAUGUCAGGUGCCUGUAGGCACAGAAUACUAAGGCGUCCUCUGCUCCCCCACUUCUACUUGAAAUGUGUUGUGUUUUAAUCUGUGAUUAUAGUGAGUGUAUGCAGCAGUGUAAAUGUGUGUAGGGUUUAAGAUAAAGUUAGAAGUGGUUAUAGUUAAGAGGUAUUUAAGGUCUGAGAGGGGUUAACAAGAGAGCUAAACACUUAUCAUCCACAACAUUAGAACCACUGACAAAUGAAGUGAAUAACAUUGAUAAUAUUGUUACAAUGGCACCUGUCAAGGUGUGGUAAAUAUUAGGCAGCAAGUGAACAGUCAGUUCUUGAAUUUCAUGUGUUGGAAGCAAGAAAAAUGGGCAAGAGAAACGACAUGGGUAAAAUUGUGGUGUUUUUUUUUUUCCGGUAUGCAGUGGUGAGUGGUGCAAAGGCGGACAACUGGUGAACCGGCGUUCAGGUCAUGGGUGCCCAAGGCUCAUUGAGGCACGUAAGGAGCGAAGGAGGCUAGCCCAUCUGAUCACAGAAGAGCCGUAGCUCAAAUUACUGAAAGGUUUAUGCUGCCCAUGCUAGAAAGGUGUCAGAACACACAGUGCAUCACAGUUUUCUGGAAAUAGGGCUGCGUUGACGCAGACCAGUGAGAAUGCCCAUGAUGACCUCUGUCCACUGCCAAAAGUGCCUUCAGUGGAGACAUCAGCAGCAGAACUGGACCAUGAAGCAAUAAAAAAAGGUUGCUGGUCUGAUGAAACAUGUUUUGUUUUAGAUCAGGUGAAUGGCCGGGUCAUGUGCAUCAUUUACCUAAGAACUGUAAAGCAGUGCAGAUUUUUUUAAAAUCUCUUAUUUAGUACAAUGGUUAACAAAGUUAUAGACUGAAGCCAUAAUACAUGUGCAAUGUAUCCAAAGCAUUGGGCCUCCAUUCUUCAAUGUGGAGCAGUUGAAAGUCACUCACUCACAUGCAGUGUAGGGAUGGCAAAGAGGCAAUAUAUCCCACUAUGAUACAGAGCUCGUGAGCCUCAAAUAACUAUUUCUCAACUGAUUAAUACCAACUGGAGGUGUGAUGGGAUGCCUGUUGUCAGUAUACUAAUAGAGUGAGGCUGCAGGCAAGAAUUGUGUAAGGCUAUUGCUAACCCAGCAUUGCUUCGCCUGAUGGCCAAUAUUAGAGGAAAAUUUUACUGGGAAACAGCAUUACCUGGGGCUGACUGUCUGCCAGAUUAUGAUGAGUAUGUAUGAUGUGUAACUGGACACUGGUGUCAAUUGAGUCAUGGGAAACAGUGUCUGGGCAAGCACAGGUUUCUUUUAAACCUCCCUAACGUUACGCAGGCUAUACUGAUGGAGGGUGCAAGAAUAUAUGAUGUCACACUUCACUAAUCUAGCAGCCUCCAUCUGUCAGACCCUUUACACAAUGUGAGUAGGACCACCCAUUUAGAGAUCUGUGAGACUGGUGUGCAAACAGGAAAAUUAGUUUGCAUGUGCUCCCCAAGCCACAAUGUUGUCACAUAAUCCUACGAAUAUAGAAAAUAAACAAUGGUCCAGGCACUCAAGGAUGAAAGCCAAAAUACCAGCUUUAUUUAGAGCAUAUGCACAGCAACGUUUCGGCCCAGCAGGGCUUCUGUCUUUUCUUAUAAUCCUACUAAUAUCAUGAUUGAAUAUCAUAAUGAAGAAAUUUAAUUGUAUCAGCUGGCAGGAAGUCGUAAGUCCCGGUAAGAAGUAUUUAACGUCACAUAGUGUGUGUUUACACAUACACAAGCCAGCUUUACAUCAUUUCGCAGUGACGUGAUUUUGAGGUUUUGCUACUAUCCGUACCACAAAAGUUAAUUACAUUUUGGUUAAAAUGUAAGUAAGUGGUUAAAAAUAAGACCAUAUUUUAUCUCAAGGACAAACUUGUCUCUUAAAUAAAGCACACUGCAUAGUUAAUCUGGUGUAGCCUUAGAAAGUGAUAAGAUAUUCAUUGAAUGCUAUCAGUUUGUGCGUUUCCUCUAUUCUCAGGCUCUUUGCCAGAAUUUAAAAAUGGUUUUCUUUUACACUGUGAGAUCAGCAGACUCCUUAUAGUGACUAGGAUCUCUCUCACUGUGUCAUUCUAUCUUUGUUCUUCUUUCUCAUGACCUUCUAUGUGUCACUGGUGCCUCCCCUUUCUCUUGCUUAGUUUUUUCUUCCAAAAUCUAUUCGCUCUGCCACUCUUUCACAAAGUCAGAUCGUUUUCUUCCUUAAAGAAAUCAUUUACCGGUAUAUGUGCAAACUCACAUUUUAAUCACAGACAAACACAUUUCAUUUAAACAAGCACAGGUCAAAACUAGAUAGCAGGGACUGGUGAGUUUGUGAUAUGGUAUAUGAAUUAUUUAAGGAGGGUUUCCUUUUUAUGGUGUAAGGUAAGGUGAGCACUGAGCUAGAAAAAUAAAUUGCAAAAUUCAACUAUUUUUUUCCAACUAGGUUAUUUUUUUUUUUUAAUUCUUUAUUUUUUCUGUGCAAGAAAAUUACUAUCAUGUGUGAUGUGCCACAACAGCACGCAUAUAUUAUCCAACAAUAUUCACAUUUUGGCAGAAGAAAGCAGGCUUGCGUAAAGCAUCCACAGCCAUCCUAGCCCAGUGCAAAGGUUUCUUCUACCCAUUGAUCUUCAUUAGACUGGUAAAGCUUGUAUGUACUGUUCCUGAAUUUUAUUUUUUAAUUUUGUUCUAAUAAACUGGUUUUUAUUACACUUCCAGUUUUACACUGUUUUUUAGUGGUUUCAGCGAUACAUUGCCAGUAUUGCCUCAUAGCAACCAGUUCCAUAUCACUGGUUUGCUAUAGAAAUCAUGAUUUUUAUCGUCAUUCUUUGAAAGUAUAUUAUUUGGUGCCAGUAUCAUUUACCCUGUUCCUUAUAAGGGAUAAGGAUAUUGGAACCAUACAUAUUAUUUUACUGCAUAUGCACUUUAUUGUAUUCAUCUCUAAAAGAUACAGUAUCUAAUUAUACCUUUACUAUUUUUAUGUUUUAAUUUAUCUGAGCCAUUUUCAAGAGCUAGCUCCUGGAUUCUAUGCACCAUACCCCUAGGUGUAAUAUUUGCUGUUUUAUGUAUAGGCUUUUGUGAAGCACUAUAAUUUCCAGUGUGAGCAGCUCUGUGCUAGUCAGACUCCCUCUCUUCUGAAUAUUCCAUUUAGGAAUAUCAGUAUUUUUUCUCAUAUAAUGGAACAAGAUUAAAAAACACUCUCAAUUUCCAUUACAAACAGCUUUCAAUAAAUAGAAAUAUCUGAAAGCAAGUAAAGUAUUACAAUGUGUAAAGGGAAUAGGGGUGACUGCUCCCUGGCAUGGGAUGCAGGCCUGUCCGUCUACUUCAUAUGUCCUUUCACUUCUGCCACCAGGAACCUGCCUUGGACUUCCACAAUGAUUCUUCAGGGUAAGGGCUUUCCCUCUACCCACUGGAGUGGAAGGUAUUGUCCAUUCUACCCAAAAACCUAUUUGUAGGCAGAAAUUAUCUCCUCUUUAUAAAGAUGGCUUUUGUUUCACAGGCCCAAGUAAUAUGGCAUUACAUGUCUGUAGGUUCUGUCAAACUUCCACCAGCAAACUGGCAAAUGACAUUGCUAACCAGAAGGGAGUUUGAAGACUUCUGUACUGGUUAUUAUAGGGUCCUGCAGACUUCCAUACUUACCUUAGGUGUCCCGUGGGAUAAAAUCUGUUCACUAGUUCAUUGGUUCCCAUCGUUGAUUUAUGCAAUUGAUUAGAGUUUAUAUAAUAAUGUAUAAUGUAUAAUGUGUAGUGUGUAUAAUAAUGUAUAAUCUGAUACCUGCAGUUCAUGUUUAAUUACCAUAUGUGUCACAUGUAUGAGAUAUAUAUAUAUACAGAGCUUAAAAUAUGCAUUAUUAUGCUACUAACCAGACCUUAAUGUACUUACCGCUGCAAGCAAUAAAGUACCCUUCAGGGCUGAAUUUCUACUAGCCAGGACUAAAUGUACACUCACCAAUGGUUAGUGGUAAGUAGAAAUUGUGAGCCCUGCCUGUAACAUGGAAAUGAAAAAUAAAAGGAAAGGAAAAAAAAACUGGUGUGUUUUGCUACUACAUGUUUUUAUUAUUUUGAAUAAAUGAUGAGCUACACAAAAGCAGAUCUAUAAUGUCCAGAAAAUGAAAAUUUUUGACAUACCCUGUGAAACACAUGCAUUGUUUUAGUAAUUAUUACAAUUAUACAGGCACUAUUUGCUUUGAUUGUGUUAGAACGUUAAAGCAUUUUUGAAUAAUUUAUAUUUCUACUAUUGUGAUGCCAGUGUGAAUUCGAAACUAAUAGUUAGUUAAGGAUUGGUUUCAGAGUACAAGCUGUUUUGCUGCCAUAGUAAACAGUUUUUCUUUCAUUCUAUUGCAGAGGACGAUGUGUCAAAUGUACAAAUCAUGUGUGCUUGGUGCCAGAAAGUUGGAAUCAAACGCUAUUCGUUGAGUAUGGGAAGCGAAGUGAAAAGCUUCUGCAGUGAAAAGUGUUUUGCGGCCUGUCGGAGAGCAUACUUCAAGAGAAAUAAGGUACGAUGCAGGGACUGAAUGAAAAGUGACAAUAACUAACCCAUCUCUUCUGAACCUUACCACCAAACUCAUGACUCAUAAUAUACGGUAUUUACUUGAAUCUAAUGCGCCAUCUAAUACAAUGCGCACCUCAAUUUCUGAAACCUGGAAGCUGAAAAAUGUUUUUGCUGAUGAAUGUAAUGCCCAUUUAUACAAGAAGAUACUACUAUACAACAUUGUGCUGCAAUGAAAAUGUUUAUUGCCAUACACUAUAGUAACACUGAUGGUAUUUCAAUUCCAGUGUUACAUGUUAAAGGACCACUAUAGUGCCAGGAAAACAUACUCGUUUUCCUGGCACUAUAGUGCCCUGAGGGUGGGGAGAGGAAGGGGUUAAACUUACCUCUUUCUCCAACGCCAGGCGGGGAGCUCUCCUCCUCCUCUCCUCCCUCUUCUCCUCCUCUUCGGCUGAAUGCGCAUGCACGGCAGGAGCCGGGCGUGCAUUCAGCCAGUCCAUAGGAAAGCAUUCACAAUGCUUUCCUAUGGUUGCUGGCGUCUUCUCACUGUGAUUUUCACAGAGAGAAGCACGCAAGCGCCUCUAGCGGCUGUCAAGAGACAGCCACUGGAGGCUGGAUUAACCCAUUUAUAAACAUAGCAGUUUCUCUUUAUAAAAAAAAGGGUUAACCCUAGCUGGACCUGGCACCCAGACCACUUCAUUAAGCUGAAGUGGUCUGGGUGCCUAUAGUGGUCCUUUAAGUCUAUUCUUUCUUAAGCCCUCUUUCAGGAACAAAAGUUGCCUGCGUGAUUUCGCCGGAAUUAAAUUUGCCCGUGUGAUUUCACCUAUUUAAUCUAAUGCGCAUUCAAAUUUUGGAAACUUUAUUUUCCGAAAAAGGUGCGCGUUAGAUUCCAGUAACUACGGUACCUAAUGUUUUCAUGCAAAAUGUCAAAAAUAAUUAAAAAUUUAUGAUGAUGUUAGGACCUUAUUCUUAUUCCAAUGCAUGUGAGAGUUUUGGUGGUGGGGUGUCUGUUGGUUGACGAACACUCAUAUAAUUUAUCCUGAUCUUCAUGCUUUAUAAAUAUCCUUCACAUUAAAACUUCCAUAUUAUGCACAUGCUUGUACUUAGGUUUAUUGAAAUAAUAAGCAUAAGAAAGUGCAUAUACAAACCUGAAGCUCAAUUAUUUAUUGUGAUAUCUUUACUAGACCCUCUCUUAGAGCACAUAAGCAAAAAACACUACUUUACACGAUUCAUGGUACUUAGUCAGAGGAGUGAUGUCUAAUUAUCCCACAUAUUAAUAGAUUAAAACCUGUAGAAUGAGUAAAACAUGUAUCAUUGCAUACUUUAAUAAACUACUCCAAACAAGAUAUACUUUUCACAGUAUGGUCUCACUAUUCAUCUUGCUAAAUAGCAAGAUCUAAAUAAUAUCCUACAGAUAUUUGUCUUUUAAAUAAUUUUCUUGAAUUUUGUAAAUGUGAGCAAUAUUAAAAAGAAAAAGAAAAUAUCCGUUUUAAAUAAACCUAGGCAACUAAUGCUUGAAAGCGUUAUCACUUUAUCAUCCUUAAUUAAGUAAAAUUAUUUUUUAAAAUAAUCACCAUUCUGAAGUAUUUUCUAUGUGCCAAUAAAGGGAUGAAUGACUAUUAGAACUGGUAAUCAUUUUCUCUAAAUUAGAAAAUGAGACAAGCAUUGCCUUCUCUUUCAUCACAGGUCCAUUUUAUUGUUUCUCUCUUACCGUGGUGCAGCAAAUGUAUUUAUUAUAAAAUGAUUAUUUCCAUUUACAUUGAAAAUAUAAUGCUAUUAUGCCAAGGGAAAAAACUAAAUACCAAACAUCACCACCCAAUAAAAAUAUAUUAAAAAAAUUAUAUAUUAAAGAGAACACUCCAGUCAUACUCAAGACAUCAUUAAAUUAAAGGGACACUAUAGGCACCCAUCUCCUUGCAUGAAAGUGGUCUGGGUGAAGUGCCCCCUUCACCCUAACCCUUCAGAGAAACUGCAGUGUUUACAUUGCCGGAUUAGGACAACAUGUCUUACAGACAGCCACUAGAGACAAUUCUUACAGAGUUUAACUCAGUGGAAUGACGCGUUGCAUGAAGAUGCCCAGCAUCUUCAGAAUACCCAUAGGAAAGAAUUGAUGCAAUACUUUGCUAUGGGGAAGGUCUAAUGCUCGUGGGGCACUUGCUGCUCAUAUGCAUUAGGUCCUCCAUUGGCGCAUGAGACAUCAGUGAGUGAAACCCUUUUAACACUUUUUGUGCUAGUGGGACUCGUGUUUUUGUAUACAUUCACAUCUCAGUUUUGCUAAGGAAAAAAAAAGGUUUUUUAUUUUUUAUUUUUUUUAUUUUUUUGAGGCUGAACUUCUUUAUUCUUGUAAUGCAUAUCUAGAGUAACAUACAAGUGUGAGGUACCCCGACGGCAAUCCUCACGCAAAUUGUAUCACUUAUAACAAUGGGAUAGACCAGUAUGCAUGCACAAUUUAAAAUUUUGAGAAAAAGAUUUUUAUUAUUAUUAUUUAUUAUUGUUUGUCCCCUUUCCCCUUAGCACGGCAUUGAAAUACUAUACACUUAAUAGGAGGACAGUAAUUGGUUGUGGGGGGCGUAGUGAAGUCGGCAACUUAGUUGAUCUCUCAUUGAUAUCUCAUUGGCUGAACUUGCAUACCUUCUAAUCAGGAGGGCAGUUUGUGAAAGGGGGUGUGGCUAUGAGGAUGUGGUUUUGCUGGAAAACAUUUUACAUUCUUUAAAAAAAAAAAAUGUAUUUUUAAGGAAAACUAAAGAGAUUUAACAAUGGAGAAAAGCACAGCACAAGCAUGAGGCCAAAACCUUUUAAAAUCAAAUCAAAUGUAAUGAUGUUAGUGGCCAUAUAUUUAAAAUCAUCUUUUGUUGUUGUUGUUGUUGUUUUGUUGUGGGGCAUAGAUGGAAAUUAGGUGUGUGAGAGUAGUUCUGAUUUGUUAGUAGUUAAUUUUGUUUUUAAAAAGUGAAUAUAUCCUGCAGGAAUACAAUAUAAUUGAAAUAAAAGAGAUAAAAUCAAUCAGUAGCUUUAUUUUAAUUGAUGGAUAUAUACACAUUUAAAAUUGCUAAAGCAUUAAAAUGUUUCCCACUUUCUUCCUUAUAAAAUAAUAUAGAAGUGUAACAUAAAAAUGUACGUAUGAAGAUGUAUUGAUGUGAUGAAUUGCAGUUCAUACCAGGUUUGCAGAGAUGAGGUCAUGUACACUGUUUCUUGGUCUUGUCUUGUCCUAUAUCAGGACCAAUUGGGAAUUAAUUCGGAUAGAAACACAUUUUGAUAAGUAUGAAGUUUGGUUUAAAUUCAAAACAAUAAAUACUAAAUUUCAUUGGAACUGAAGUAUCCAGCUUGUCUGAAAGAUACUCGCCAAAUUUACUGAAAAUCGGAAAUCAGCUCAUUAAUAACUUACAUUUAGUGAUUUCCCGAAUGGUUCGCCGAACGGUUUGCCGCGGACUCAUCAUUGAGUAAACUUUGACCCUGUACCUCACAGUCAGCAGACACAUUCCAGCCAAUCAGCAGCAGACCCUCCCUCCCAGACCUCCCACCUCUCUGGACAGCAUCCAUUUUACAUUCAUUGAAGCUGCAUUCUUAGUGAGCUGUCCAGGAGGUGGGAGGGUCUGGGAGGGAGGGUCUGCUGCUGAUUGGCUGGAAUGUGUCUGCUGACUGUGAGGUACAGGGUUAAAGUUUACUCAGUGAUGAGUCCGCGGCGAACCGUUCGGCGAACCGUUCGGGACAUCACUACUUACAUUAUUCAUGAAAGGGUGCAAUGUACAUUUUGAGUUAAAUCUGAGUUGACAAUGAAGUGAAAAUUGUCAACCAUAUUUGUUUGCGUGACCUGUCUCCUAAAUCACUGUACACAGAAGCACCAUGCCCUCAGAGUGAAUAGAUAAGACACAUAGGACGGAGCACCUUUUUACCAUGAUCAUAUAAACUCCGUGUUAUACUCUCACAUUUCUAGAGCAUCACACAUGUUUUGAAAAUGUCCUUUUUUUUUCUUAGCAUUAGGUAUGAAACUAUUUAACUUAUUUUGCACACAUUGUUGCACUCUGUUGGAUGGCACGUCCCUUUAUCUAUCAGUACAAUGUAAUUGAUUUUGUUAAAAAUAUCCACUUGAUGUAAUUCUCUCAGAAUUCCAUCACAGAAUUCUAAAGUGCAUUCAUUUAAUACUUCUGUGGGAAACAGCAAAUAAAUAAUUUCAAAUAAGCUUUAUUUUUCUGGUCUUUGAAAUGAUAAAUGGAGUUGAUCACUUUUUUGAUGUGAAUAAGCUGGCCGACCUAGACAAUUUAGAAAAAUAUAUAUUUUCAGUAAUAUUCUUUACUAAAAAGUAGAAAUUCUUUGCAUUGUAUAUUAUUAUUAGUAUUUAUAUAAUGCCAUCAUAUACCACAGGGCUUUACAAGUAUAGAAUGGGGAUAUUUGAAAAGUAAUGGACAUACAAAAUAUUAAGACAAUAGGUGAAGGUGUCCAUUCUUAAACGAGCAUCUAUAAGGAAGGGGUAAAGAAACACAAAACGAAGAACAGCAUGUCAAAGUGGAGGAGGUAUUGAUGGAUAAGAUGGCUGUGUCAAAAUAAUCUUGUAGAAGUGACAUAUGGAAGAAUCGAACAGUAGAAAGACAUAGAAUGAGCUCAGGGCCAGUACAAGGAUUUUUGGGCGCCCUCUCACCCCCCUACAUUUUCACCUGUGUGCCUCUUAAUCUGUCUUUUGUUUCUUAUCCUCUUUUUUAAAAUGUCUUACCCCCUUUAGUACAUCUUAUCCCAUAUUUUUCACCAUUGUGUGUCUUACACCUCCCUUGUGUAUUUCUUUCAACCCCCCUUUGUGUGUCUCUUUCUCUCCCUGCCCCUUUGUCUUUUACUCUUACCAGCUCCUUUGUAUUUUUCUCUUUCACCACCAGCCCAUCUAUCUCCCCCCAGCCCAUUUGUGUCGUUUUCCUCUUCUCCAGCCCCUCUUAGUCUCUUUUACCCCCAGUCCCUUUGUAUUUACACCCCAGACCCUUCUGUGUGUUGCUUUCAUCCCCAACCCCUUUUUGAACUUUCUCAGUCCCAGGUCCAUCUGUGUGUCUUUCUCCCCCAUCAUGUCCCUCUGUGUGUCUUCCCCCCUACUCAGGCCCCCCUCUGUGCCACUCUCUCUGCCGUUCCUUAGUGUUCCUCUCUCUUCCUCUCCUUGUCCAUUAGUGGUCCUCUCCCCUUCCUGUCUAUUAGUGUUCCUUUCCCCUCCCUUCCCUGUCCCUUAGUGUUCCUCUCCCCUUCCUUCCCUGUCCCUUAGUGUUGCUCCUCCCUGGCCUGUCCCCUAGUGUUCCUCCCCCCUUACCUGUCUCUUAGUGUCCCCCAUUCCCAUUAAUGUUUCUCUCACCCCACUCUUAGUGUUCAUCUCCCUUCUCUUUUAGUGGUCCAAUGAAUUCUUUAAGGUCUGAAUGCUAGAAGAAAGUCUGAUGGUAUGGGGUUGGGAAUUAUAUAGGAAUGUUGCAGCCCUUGAAGAAUCCCUCAGAUGAGAGUUAGCAAUGCGGGAACGAGCAGAUCACAGGAGAGGGCCACACACAGAAUGAGAAGGGAUGUGUUUGUAGAGUAAAGAUAAAAUAUAGUGAGGAGUGGGACUAUUGAUGGCUUUGUAAGUUACUGUUAGCAGUUUGAGUUGGAACAUGAAGGGUACAUGUACAAUGUAAUGAAAAUUUGUGACAUCAAUGGUCCUUUGAGACCUUUGAAGACAUGCUAAUACGCACUGGUUGUUAAGGAAAUUCAAGGAGAAAACCCUCUGGAUAUGCUGUAUCUGUUCUCAUAUUCUGGUACUUUUCUAUAAUCACACUGUAUACUCUAAUUUAAAAUUGAAUUAGACUAUCUGAGGGACUGGCUUAGGUAAAGUUGUUAAAUCCUUACUAAUGUCAUUUUAUGCACUUGUUGCAGCAAUACUCGCCUGGGCAAACUGUUGCAGUUGUAAAUCACUAUAGGCAUGGAUACAAUGUACCCUAGCUGUGCCAUGACCUUCGCAAUGAUGUUAAAUUGUUACAGUGCUUAGAGAGAAAUGUUUGUAACUGUGCAUAUACAAUAUCAAAAGGAGAAGCACUAAUGAUUCUUCAAAAACAUGCUCUCACUGGGCAUGUACAUUGUAAAAUAGAUGGUUACCGAUUAUUUUACUCUUCACAUUAACAUCCAGAGGGCUUUCCAGUGAUACCAAGCCCCCUUACAUGACAAGAUAUAAACAUCCCAGCACCAAGCAUAGUAACCAGUAACCACAGUAACCAGUAUUGAUCCACAUAGCUGGGGGGCCAGGACUACAAUUUGCUUAUGCAGUUUGCUUCCUUAGGUGGUACUCUGUUACAGGCAUUCAUUCCCACUGCUCCACAUUAUCCAAAAUGUGUCUAAUUAGAUUUACAGUUUAAGAAUGUACAGGCCGGUGACAUAAGUUAAAAUGACGUUCAUGCUGUGUAACCAGUAUGAGAUGUAUGAGAUUUUUAGUGUGUGAUUUGUAACAUGCUAAAUAAUUCUGUGGAAAAUGUAAAGUGACAUAACUUGGGGCUUAGCGCUCUUGCUGUAAUAUCUCUAAUAUUUAUUGAAAUAUUCAAGCCUAAAAUUGUAGGUUUGAUACCCACAGGUCUUUUAUUUUACUUAUAAUAAUUAGUAUAGAAACAUAGAAUGUGACGGCAGAUAAGAACCAUUCGGCCCAUCUAGGCUGCCCAAUUUUCUAAAUACUUUCAUUAGUCCCUGGCCUUAUCUUAUAGUUAGGAUAGCCUUAUGCCUAUCCCACGCAUGCUUAAACUCCUUUACUGUGUUAACCUCUACCACUUCAGCUAUAAGGCUAUUCCAUGCAUCCACUACCCUCUCAGUAAAGUAAUACUUCCUGAUAUUAUUUUUAAACCUUUGUCCCUCUAAUUUAAGACUAUGUCCUCUUGUUGUGAUAGUUUUUCUUCUUUUAAAUAUAGUCUCCUCCCUUACUGUGUUCAUUUCUUUUAUGUAUUUAAAUGUUUCUAUAAUUUCCCCACUGUCUCGUAUUUACUAUAUUAAAUAUAAUAAUGCUAAUUUUAUAUUUUUAUUAUUUGAUUGCUAGAAUAGGACCAUAAUCAUAUGCAUGUGAUAAUAAUUUUCUAUUGUUAAUUAUUACUGAAGAACUGGGCAUCUUCAUGGUCGCAAUUGUGGAGAUUUGUACUAACAGUAGCAGAGUGGCUGAACAUGGGUCUGUCACUCAAAUAAAGAGGGGUUUGGUUGUCCCCCCGUCCAUGUUUUAGUUAAUAGGGAAUCUUGGAAACCCCCAUUGCUCAAUGCUGUCAGUGGGAUUUAUGCUCUUAUAGCAAUUUUCAUGUUGACUGACAGAUCCUUAACAGUGCCCCCUCAUAUCGAGUGAUUUAUGUAGAGAGUGAGAAUGGAUGGAUUUAUCUAUCAUUUAAACUUACUACCAUUGUGGGCAUAAUGCGCCAUUUAUUCCUCUCUGAACACAAAACCUAUGUUAAGCUACAAAACUCAUGUUCAAUAUUUGAAGAGUCCAUCUCAAGUUUGGCGUUGAAAGAAGUUUCAGUCCUAGAUGAUCUAUAUAAUGAUUUAGCACAGAUGUGUGGUUUAAUCACACAAAUUCAUUAAAUUCAUACCGAGGCUAGACUAAUACAUUACCCAUGGUUCAUUGGGACUUUUAUGUAGAUAUGCAUAUCAUGCACAGAGCUCAGAUGAUGAGAUCAAACACAAGUCACAGUCAUUGAGUGACAUCAUAAUUGCCCUGCUGCUAGCUAAGCAUCUGCACUGGGAAGGUGAAACCAUUUGUAGCUAGAUAAAACUAGAGUAAGGUAGAUUAUAUGAAGAGCUGAAGCUGAUAAGGAGAAUAACAAUAAAUUCAAUGAAAUAUGAUUUUACAAAAAAACAAUUAAAGGGGAGAAGAAGUCCAGCAAGGUAAGUUUUUAUUUAUUCCUAAUGUUUUACAGCUGGUCUUAGAAUCAGAUCUGGUUCCAUCCUGCAGUAAAGAAUUACAUAUAUAUAGAAUUAUUAAUGUGAAAAAAUAUUUUUUAAAAUCCUGCUUUGCAAAAGAAUUAUCUGGCUUCGGUGGGCAGUAUAUCUGCUCUUUUAAUCCUACUGUAAUGGCCAAGAGUAAAAUUUCUGACUACAUCAUCCAGCCUGGCAACACGGGUCACUAGUUAUAAAGCAAAAUCCGGAGAAUGCAAGUGAACUUGGAAUGAGACAUGCAUAUAUAACCAUUAUUGUCAUUAAAGGGACACUCUUAGUACAAAAACUACUAAAGUUCAUUGCAGUUGGUGGUAUUCAUCCCGCCUGACCCUGUAUCUUUUUGUCAUAUUGUUUUGGAGCAGUUUAACACACCGCAGCAAGCCCCACCCUUGUCCCGCCUCCAGCCACACCCUACACAAUCUUUAGACACAAGGAACAAAAGUGCAAUAAUCCCCUCGAGGCCCCAGUAGAGACUACAAUUGAGGGCUAAUGGGCCAUGGAGGGGGGUCUUUCUAGCAGAGGCUAUCUCAGUGUCCUUAAGAGAGUGUGGUAGAGGCCCCAUUAGAGACUACAAUGGAGUCUAAUAGGCUCGGUCUUUCUAGCAGAGGCCAUCUCAGCAUCCAUUAGAGAGCCUCUGUUAGAAACAGUCGCCUCCAGGCCCCAGUAGAGACUACAAUUGAGGGCUAAUGGGCCAUGGAGGGGGGCCUUUCUAGCAGAGGCUAUCUCAGUGUCCUUUAGAGAGUGUGUUAGAAAGAAUCUCCUCCAGGUCCCAUUAGAGACUACAAUGGAGUCUAAUAGGCUUGGAAGGGGGUUUUUCUAACAGAGGCCAUCUCAGCGUCCAUUAGAUAGCCUCUGCUGGAAACAGUCACCUCCAGGCCCCAGUAGAGACUACAAUUGAGGGCUAAUGGGCCAUGGAGGGGAGAUCUUUCUAGCAGGGGCUAUCUCAGUGUCCUUUAGAGAGUGUGUUAGAAUCUCCUCCAUUAGAGACUACAAUGGAGUCUAAUGGGGCCUGGAGGGGGGUCUCUAACACUCUGGUUCCUAUUCACAAUAUAGCAACACAACGUAGCUCGCUGAUACCUAGGCCAAGUUGGCUCCUCUUACCUUAAUUACUGUUGCUGGCUGUCAGUCUGUGGGCUUGCUGGAAGGCUGUGGGCUUGCUGGCUGCGGCUGGCAGGCUGUGGCUUCCUGGCAGGCUGUGGGCUUGUUGGCUACUGGCGGCAGGCUGUGGGCUUGCUGGCUGUAAGCCUGUGGCUUGCUGUAGGUCUGUGGGCUGGCUACUGGCCUGUGGUUGGCUGCUGGCCUGUAGGCUGGCUAGCUGGUGGCCUGUGGGCUGACUGGCUACUGGCCUGUGGGCUGGCUGGUGGCCUGGUUGGCCUGUGGGCUGGCUGGCUGGCCUGAGGGCAGGCUGACUGGCUGGCCAGCCUGUGGGCUGGCUGGCUGGCUUGCUGGCCUGUGGGCUGACUGGCUUGCUGGCCUGUGGGCUGACUGGCUACUGGGGCACUUGUAGAUUAUUUAAAGAAAUAAUCCAUGCACAAAAACCACUGCUGCUCUGUAUAGUGGUUAUGGUGCCAGGAGGGCCAGGACCCCCUCCCAGAGUAAGUAGUCAAACCGUUUAAGAACAGUUUAAAAACUUACCUGGGGUCUGCUGGGAUAUGGGGCUGUAGUAGGGUAUAGGAGCAGUGGUGCAAUGUGUGAGGGGUGCAGUGUGUGUGAAAUGUUCAGUGUGUGUGUGGGGGGGUGUAGUGUGUGAAUGUGUAGGGUGUCUGGGGCAAUGUGUGUAUGGGGGGCUGUGUAUGUGUGUGGCAAUGUUAGUAUGGAAGCUGUUUAUGGGGGUCUGUGUGUGUAUGGGGGGUUGUGUAUGUGUGAGGCAAUGUGUGUAAAUGUGGAUGGUGUGUGUGGGGGCAGUGUGUGUGUAUGAGGGCAGUGUGUGUGUGUUGGGGCAGUGUGUGAAUGUGUAGGGUGUGUGUGUGGGGGCAGUGUGUGUAUGGGGCUAGAGUUCACUCUCACUACUGCGACCACCAGGAAUCCCUGGUGGUCGCAGUGUUGAGAGUGAACUCUAGCCCGUAGCUCCAGAGCUAGAGUUCACUCUCGCGAGAGCCGGAGCGUUGCAUGGUAACCGCGGCAACGCUCUGUGCUCGCGCGAGAAGGACCAAGAGGAGCUGCAGGCUGAGCUCCCGGGUCCUCUCUUCCUCCCUCCCCUGCCAGCUGCCCACACGGUACCUGCAGACCGGGGAGAGAGAUCGGCCGGGGGGGAUCCAUCAGUGAUGUAUACAGCCCCUCUGUGUGCCUUUUUGUCUCCCCCCCAGUCCCUCUGUAUGUUUCUUUCUCCCCCUCACUGCUCCUCUGUGUCCAUGUCUCCCCUCUCCUUCCCUGUCUCUCUUCCCCCUCUGCCUCUUUCUCCCCCUCCCCUUGUGUGUCUCUCUCCUUUCUCCCUGUGUCUCUCUUCCACUGUCUCUUUCUCCCCCCUUUCCUUGUGUCUCUCUCUACCCCACAUCUCUCUUCUCCUCUGUCUCUUUCUCCCCUCUCCACCAUCUCUCUAUUCCCACUCUUUCUCCCCCUGUGUAUCACUCUUCCCCCUCUGUCUCCUUCUCCGUCCUUUCCCUGUGUCACUCUCUCUCCCCCUCUGUCUCUUUCCUCCCCCCCUGUGUCUCUCUCUAUUCUCCCACUGUCUGUUUCUUCCCUCUUCCCAUGCCUCUAUCUAUUCCCCCUCUCUGUUUUAUUUUCCCCCCUCCCAUUUACCGCAAUUUCCAGCAUAGGAUGCACAGUAUGCUGUGCUGGGAAUUGUGGGAACCGCAAGGGAGCGUGAGAGAGAGACAUGCUCCUCCCUCCUUCCAUCCUCAGCAUUAGUGACAGGAGUGCUGCCGGACCGGCUAGGUUGCCACCCGGCCCAGCGGCUCAAGCGUGGAACACGGCCGGCACCCUCAAAGUGUGCCCCCGGACCGGCCACCCGGUGGCACCUACUUGCGCAGUUACCAGAUGCUGCGACCCCGGUGGGCCAAUCCGGCUCUGCCGCCGGCCCCCUGAUGGCGGCCCUGGCGGUGGGCCCCCCUCCCGGCCGGGCCCUUGGAUCAUGUCCGAAGUACCCGACCAGUCAGUCCGCCCCUGCCCACAUGAAAUCCAUGACAUAUAGAUUUAUUUUCAGGCAUAGUGCAUUGUGGCUCCAUACCAGAACAGUAAAAUUAAAUAGGGGAGAAGGGGCGGAGCUACAAGCAGUCCAACAAGACGUAUACUGAGCGAGCUCCGUAUGAGACUGCAUUAUAUUUACCUUUUCCUGGCUUAUUCGACUAGCACAACUAGCGUCAACUAUCUCUUCUCACCCCUUCUGACCUGAGGAAUUUAUCCAAGAAAUGCACAACAGUUGUAAAACUGGGAUCUUGCAAUAUUGGGGAUCUCCUGUUUAGCGAUGCGCCAUGAGAUAUAUCAAAGAUGGCUACUGAAGACUGAGUGUCUUUCUCCUCGCAGAAACCUUCAUUGGACAAGUUAGAUAACCCUCCUUACAGCAAAUGUCCUCAGACAAUGAAGCCGAUAUUCCGGCUACCAUACUGGGCAUAAAAUCUUUAUUUAAAGUUAUUCACUCACUCUUCCAUGCUUUCCUUUUUGUUAUUAGGAAAGAAAUACACAUCCUUACAGGUCGGGUGCAGGCUGUGGAAGAAGACAAAGGUGAUCUGAAAGCUCAGCAGGCCUUAAUGCAUAUUACACAAGCAUAAUUACUACAAACUCAAACAGAGUUUUCUCAAAGAUGUGCAGACCAAGAAUAUAGCCCGAUGUAGGAAUUUAAAACUAACAGGUGUACCAUAAAAAAAUUCAUGCUGCUGAAUGGCCUCAUUACCUCCAUCUUCUCCUUAUUAAGCUACCACCACCAAAAAAGUCUAAAGCAGUAGCCUUGGAUGACUACUAUUGUUUAAACAGAUCAUCCACAGCCUCUACUUUGACUCCUUGAGAAAAGAGAUAUUGCCAUAGUGGGGGAUAAAGAUGGUGGAAAUACAGCAGCUUUGUCUCCCACGUCGGAGGAAGCAUAGAAGCAAGCAAUACUACUCUCUAAUGAUGUAUCAGCUUCAGAGAAAAAGAUUUACAAUAUGCUACAGUCCCUCAGAUUUAUGCUGCAAGUGGAUUUUAAGACUUCCGUGAUUGACCUGGGCCAUGAAAUUAGUAAACUGGGAAAGCGCAGUUGAGCUCAGCCAGGCACAAUGUGCAGGAAUUGGAGGAGGAGAUGAGGGCCAUAUGGUCCAGGGUGGCUGACAUAAGAGAUCGCUUAAGAUGCAAAAACAUACAUAUCAUGGAGAUUCCAGAGUUGGUCACCCUAGAGGCCCUGUCUAGCUAUAUUUAAUGUGUAUUUGCCAAACUUACACCAGCAAUGUCUCUUACUGAUCUAGUACUGGGCCGUGCACAGGGACGUGUCUAUCGCGAGGCAAACAAGGCAUCUGCCUGGGGUGGCACUUUGAAGGGGGUGGCAAAAAAAGCUGCCCCUAAACACCCAGGCAGAUCCCUUGUUUGCCUCGUGUCCUGGGGGGCUCAAGAGCUGGUCAGCUGGCCACUUUUGAGCCUCCCCGAGGUGGGCGGUGGGCAGCGAGGGAGCAUGCUCUCCUGAGCUCUUCCUGCUCAGCUCCCUAAUGAAGCCAGGAGCAGGCAUAUGACGUCAGACCGGCUUCCAGCAUCGCUAAGCGGCGCAUGAGGGAGCUGAGCGGGAAGAUUAAAGCUCCCUCGCCGCCUACUCAGCCUGUCCGCUCAGCAGCCCUACUGGACAGGUAAGUAAUCCACUCCAGCUCUCCCAGGAAGGCUGGGUGGAUUUAAAAUAAAAUUUAAAAAAUAAUAAUUUGGGAGAAAUGUGUAUGUGUGUAUGUGUCUGUAUGUGUAUGUGUGUAUGUGUCUGUAAGUGUGUGUGUCUGUAAGUGAAUGUGUGUGUGUCUGUAAGUGUGUGUGUCUGUGAGUGAAUGUGUGUGUGUGUCGGUCAGUGAGUGUGUGCUUCUGUCAGUGUGUGCGUCUGUCAGUGUGUAUCCAAGUAAUAGUGUGUGUAUGUCAUUGUUUGUCAGUGUAUUUGAGAGUGUGUGUCUGUCAAUGAGUGUAUGCGUCUGUCAGUGAGUGUGCAUCUGUCGGUCAAAGUGCGGCCUUGACAGGAAGGGGUGGGGAAAAUUUUAAUUUGGGUUGGGGGGGUGCCCGAGCACCGUCCUGCCCAGGGCAGCACAAAUCCUAAAUACACCACUGUGUGUUGGUCAGUGAGUGCGUGCGUUUGUCAGUGUGUGUGCGUCUGUCAGUGUGUGUCCAAGUAAUAGUGUGUGUACAUCAUUGUUUGUCAGUGUAUAUGAGAGUGUGUGUCUGUCAAUGAGUGUAUGCGUCUGUCAGUGAGUGUGCAUCUGUCAGUGAGUGAGCGUCUAUGUGUCAAAGUGCGGCUUUGACUGGAAGGGGUGGGGAAAAUUUAAAUUAGGGGGGGAGCACGAGCACCGUCCUGCCUAGGGCAGCACAAAUCCUAAAAACACCACUAGACGUACACAUUGGUUACCCAAGCCCAAGAAAUGGGUGUGUUAGACCCUACAAGACAUCAUUGUUUGGUUACACUACUACCACAUUUAAGAAGCCGUCAUGUCCACGAUCAGAAAGCUGCCUGCGCCGUACUCGGGGCUCACAUUAUAUGCUGAUCUAUCAGACCACACUAUAGCUGAAAGGUGGGAGUUUAUAAACAAUUGCAGUGCUGUGAAAUCCCGUAUAGAUGUGAAUUAUCUCCCAAGCUCUUGUUGAGUUGAUAAUAUCGGAAGAGGGAAUGAAAGUUCUGUGAGAGUGGAAAUUAUGGCGGUCCUUUGUAUCACGGUCACUAUCGCCACAACAUACCUCCCCAAGGAAGUUGCCACCAGAUUGAAGAAUAGUGGGGCCAUCAGGCUGACCUUCCCCUUGGUCAUGAAGUAUACCAAUGUUUCAGCCUUAGCACUUAUAGUAUCUGGUCAAAUUAUGCACCUGCUAUUUACAAUGUUAUUUGGUUACAUUUGAUUUCUUUUAUAUGUUUAUUUGUUCGGUUCUCCAUUCCGCAAUGUAGCACAGCCAGUCUCAUUGGGACAGGGCCGGAUUACAUGGGUUCAGAGCAUAGGUGCAUUUAAGCAACCUAUACCUUUCACAGAUUGUCCAAUUUAGGCAGCAAGACCAAUAAUGUUGUAAAGCAAAGCGAUUGCACAGUGAGUCUUAUGCCACAAACUCACCACAAUCAUGAUGUCCUCAACGUAUAACGUCUUCUCGAUAAAUGCAUUAUCUGUAUGUAAAAAGCAUUUAGUAAGAAUUUGGGUUCCAGAGAACUUUCUAGGAGACUGCCUAUAGAAAGCACUCCAUGAAACACUUUAACGGCUGGAAUAUGCACUUAAGGUCACGUGCUGUCACGUUAAUGGAUGGCUGUUAGGUAACAUAUUUUCCUUUGUGCAAAAGAAAAAAGAAAGAUGCGGGUUUUAUCUUAAAAGAGUUUAUAUUUUGGGUUCUAGGCUUUUGAUUGCAAGAAUGAAAUAGGCGAUAAAUUGCUUCAUGCUUGCUGUUUUCUUCAUGAACUUACUUUUUGUUCAUAGUGAAAUUAGAUUAUACUCUUGUUAUUAUGAGAAUUUAUAUAGCUCAAACAAGCUUACAAUAUAUGAGGUUUGGAGGUAGCGGACAUAUAUUGUUAGGUGUGUUGACCAGUGACAAUUGCUGAUGAUGUGGUCUGACCCGAUUCUUAGGCAGUGGCGUUAUUAAUGCUCUAUCCAGCCUAUAAACCUCUUAACCUUUUGAGUUUUCUGCAUCAUCCUAUUACAAUCUUCCACUUUCAUAUUUCAAAUUCAUUUGCAAGCAGACAGAGAGUAACCACAAGUCAAGCAGAGGUCAAAAUGAGUUUAGAAAGACCCAAUGACAAGGAACUAUCUGAGGUCAGGAUUACAAAAGUAAAAAAAUACUCAAAUAAGCCGGAGUCAUAACCAAAUAAAUCAAUCGUAAAAGGAACGCACUCCUGGGAAGAGUUUUAUACCGUAUAGUGAGCUUUUAGCCAGCGUCACACCUGCGACACAGAAACUCAGAGUCUCUUGGUGUCGAAAAAUGACACAAGUCCUAGGGUGUAUAAGACACAACCAAUGUGGAGCAGCUUGCAUCAUAAUUGAUAGCAGAAUGACAUGUGGCAUCACCCUAAUCAUGAAAAAGUCAAAAUUUUAAAGAAAGUGCUCCACCAUGUAAAGGGAAACUAAAGAAACAUAUCUAGAAUUAUAUUUUGUCUCCUAAUCCUCCCUGUCCCAUAAAAAUGAAUAAAAAGGAAUUGAAAGUUCCUGAGGUUUUUUUCUGCCAACCACCUAAAGCCUUUCACACUUUAUGAAACCACUGCAAGGAGAACGUUUACAAACCCUCCCAUCUGCUAGUGCGCAUGAAAUGGCAAGCUCCAUAUACAAUGCUUUCCUAAUAAUGCCAAUGAUAAUGUGUUAUCAGCCUCAGAUUCAUAAAUAUAUAUAUUUACACACACAUAUUUACACUUGUGUGAUGAUGGUGAUAUGCCAGAUGAAUGCUGGUCAUAUUGCAAGCAUAGUACAGGCACAUCACACCUUAUCACAAGCAUAACAGUACACCUUACAGGCCCCAGUAUGUACACAGAUUAUAUGAAUUGCCCUGUGCAGGGGUAUAUAUCAGGGCAGUGUGUGAGACAUAGCCAUGUGUAUAUACUGGGGGCAUAUACUGACUUACUCCAGCAUGCAGAUUGCACUCACAAGACUUGCUCGAUCACCCAGGACUUACCCCCCAGCAUGAAGAUUGCACUCAGAGGACUCUCCCCAGCAUGGUGAUUGCACUCACAGGACUUUCCCCAGCAUGGAGAUUGCACUCACAGGACUUUCCCCAGCAUGGAGAUUGCACUCACAGGACUUUCCCCAGCAUGGAGAUUGCACUCACAGGACUUUCCCUAGCAUGGAGAUUGCACUCAGAUGACAGAUGAUAUGUUUAUUUGUUCGGUUCUCCAUUCUGCAAUGUAGCACAGCCAGUCUCAUUGGGACAGGGCCGUAUUACAUGGGUUCAGAGCAUAGGGGCAUUUAGGCAACCUACACCUUUCACAGAUUGUCCAAUUUAGGCAGCAAGACCAAUAAUGUUGUAAAGCAAAACACACCUUUAAAGCGAUUGUCCAGUGACUCAAUUGUCACAAACUCACGACUUACCUACCCCACCACUGAGAUUGCACCCACAAUAGCUGCCCCAGCACCCAAGACUUACCCCAACAAUUAGAUUGCAUUCACAGGAGUUGCCCCAGCACCCAGGACUUACCCCAGCACAGAGAUUGCACUCACAAGACCUGCCCCAGCAUGAAGCUUGCACUAACAUGACUUACCCUAGCACUGAGAUUGCACUCACGGAACUGGCCCCAGCAUCCAGGACUUACCCCAACAAUUACAUUGCAUUCACAGGAGCUGCCUAAGCACCCAGGACUUGCCCCAGCACCGAGAAUGCACUCACAGGACUUACCCCAGCACUUAGAUUGCAUUCACAGGACCUGUACCCAGCACCCAGGACUUAACCCAAAACUGAGCUUACACUCACAGGACUUGCCACAUUUAGAUUGCACUCAGAUGAUUUGCCCUAGGACUUCACACAGUGUAAAAGGUGCCGGAUAUGAGAUUUCCAGCGGCAACAAAGGCAACAUCAAAACAAACACCCUCUAACAAAAUAAAAAAAAGACGCUCUCUAUCAGUGGGGAGUGUAGGAAUACAUUACAAUACUGACAGCUCUCCAUUAUCUACAGUCCUUUAUACGUAGUCUCUAUUGCAUGGGUGGCCAAAGGGCAGACCCCCCCAACCUAAUGACUGGCAAACUAUCAUGAAAACCUUAGUUCUGGUUGCAAAUGGGGUUGCAGAUUUUUGUAAAACAAGAAACCACUGUAUUGAUACCUUUGACCAAAGUAGAAGUCUCCCUGUGUAUCGUUCCUAAAAUGUAUCGUCCUCCAGUAGAAUUACAAUGAUAAAUUACACCCACACCUACUCUACCCUCCAACGGUUAAUGCAUUUUCUGAUCCAAAAAGGAAUGAUUUGAUGGAACAAAAUUAUAAUCCGCACGUACGUUCAGUAUAAUUAGAGUAUAUUUACUAAUUAUUUAUUGUUCUUCAACGAGUCACUAGAAAUUAAACACACGCACUAGUAAUUUUAACAAUAAUGGGUAGUCAUGAUCUGUCUCUGGGCUGUAGAUCUGGGCAUGUUUCUUUAGAAUUGUCUCAGUGCUGUAAACAUGCAUUUAUCUUUGUAUAAGCACCUCAACCAGCCAAAUAUUUUAUCCGGUAGCUGUUUUUAUUUUUCUCUCUCCCUGUUGAGUGAAUCUGGAAUCUCUUUCCUUGCACAGGUGCUAAAGUGACUUGCAUUAAACACUAGCAGAUAUACUUUAGCAUGAGGGAUUUGGACUAAUUCCUCGUUCCAUCUGUUUGCAGUAGACUGCUCUCUAAAACUGGCUGACCACCCACUUAAUCGCCCACGCACCCACACACUGACAAUAACUAAAUGAGACGGCAACACUAUUAUAUGAGAACCCUGGCAGGCGUUAAAGGGAAUUCUUUUAGUAGUGUUAUUUGGAAUGCACAGCACAGAACGUUCAUACACAAUCAUAGCUUGUUGUGUACAUUGUGCAUUCUCCUGUUCCUGUAAUUGCUAAUUUCAUGUGUUCGUUUUAAAGUGGUAAAACAUCCGCUAUUUUCACAGUGGAAGCGUGUUCGUUGUUUUAAUUUUUUAAUAUAUAUUUUUUAAUAACUUGUUACUAUGCAUAAAUUCAUACAAUGGUGUUUUGUAAUUGAAAUUGAUUAUUUGUGCAUUCUUUAGGUAUGUGUUCUUAUUAACUAUGGUUACCGUUGCAAAAAUUUUAGGUACUAACGUGCUAUUUUACAAUAACUGCUGCACUGUUGAAUGCAUUUAUUGUAACAUCCAAAAUAAAAGUUAGCAUUGCUUCCUGGCCUACCUAAUGUUAAUUUCAUUAUUCAACAUAAUGAUUUAGUGGGUUUUUAAACCAUUCACUGCUAGCAGUUUAUCUUGCUGUAUCACCAGCCGGCUAACCUAUACGUGGAACAUCAAAAGGCAUUGAUUCUUCAUCUUUUAUCCUUUGUGAAUAAUAAAGACGUUAAUGCUUUGAUAUGAUUAUUGUUAGUCUCAAGUUACGUUUUUUUAUUAAUUCUAAAAAAAUAAAUACAAAAGAUUUAUUCAAAUUCAAAUAAUAAAUAAAAUUGCCAGCACUGAUAUCAUCAUCUGAAAUUAGUUUGGGGCUUGUGAUAAGUUGUCCCAAACCAAUAUCAGCAGUAUAUGUAUUUGUGUGAAAGAAGAGAUUUGUAAAUUAAAUUGAAAAUGAUUAGGGAAGAAAAUAUAGAAUUGGUGUUAGCAAGACAAAGAGAUUUUGCAGCAGGUUUGAUGCUUGCUUUAUUGACCUGAAAGGAAGUGGUGAAAGAAGGACAAUGUUCUAAGCAGGAAAGACAAAUUUUGUUUUAGAGGGGUUAAGUUUGAAAAAGGGACCACACGUUCUGAUACAGGCACAAUCCAAGAUUGAAGGAUUGAGAAGAAAGUUUAUAGAUUAACAGCAGAAUGAAGCCGACAUAGGAAACCAAAGGGUACUAUAAGACCGCCCGGAGAGGCAGAGCAAUGUGAAAUCAGAAGGGGUUCCUGAAUUGGCAAGAAAAACAAAUAGUUGUUCUGCAGAUUAGGUAAAAGAAGUCAUGGACACAACAGUAAGGCAACAAAGACCAACAUAGGUAAGAAUAAAAAUAUAGAGAAAAUUAGAUUGAGAAUAUUCCCUUAUAAAGGGGAGUUAGGCCCCCACUUGAGACCAAAAGAGCAGAUAAUAUAUAAAGAAAUAUCCAAUGAAAAGAUAAGGAUGAACAAGCAUAUAUUAGAUGACAGCAAUAUUUUUAGAGUUUUAUUUGUAUUUAUUUACUGUCAAAUUAGAUGGCAACAUUAAUAAAUUAUGAUUCUAGAAAAUUCUUCAGGAUUAGAAUCAUAUUUUUUUUAAUUUAGCAGAAACAUACGUAAACACCAUUUUUUAACUUAGGGCAGUUAAAUCAUAUAAUUUCUGAAGAAAAUCACAAAUUGUGAAAUGUUUUAAAACAGAAUGGCGGUAAAAAGAAAAAAAAAUUAUGUAGUAAGGUUAGCAGGCCGGAGCUGGCGUUUACAUUACACUACACAGCUGUAUGCUUCUUCUUUUUUUUCUUCUUCCAAGCAAUCAAAGGCUCUCAGCGGGGACACUAUAGCAGACACAGCUGCACAUUUUCCUUUUGCUUCAUGGAAAGGGCUGCACAUAUUACGCACAGCUUCCAGGCUAUAUUGAACACGAUUGCCUGACAGCUUUGAGGAAGUAGUUAUCACAGAAACCCAACAGAGACCAAUUAGUCACAUGGUUAAAUUAAUUAAAAGAACCCAUGGCAUCUGCCAUGUUUCUUCAUGUUGAUGUAGCUCGAAUGGGUCAAACAGAUUGUGAAGGAUUUAACUUGUUGAUGUGGAAACAUUGAAACAAAGUUUUAGGACUCUCUCAGGAGUCCUAAUGUAUAACUGUUUAACUGCACAUGGGCUAACAUACACCUCGAAAUGCUGGCCAUAAGUCCAAAAUCCAAAUGACGUCUCAUUCUCCAUGUGUGUCCUACACUAAUCCAUAGAAUGCCUACCCCACGUGUCUGCCUUUUGGAAAACAAGGCCUGAACAAGUUGUUGGGUAUGGAUUUUCCUUUACAGAGUACUGCUAGGUAUGUUGAUUUUUGUUUUACGUCUUCUUCCUCAGUAAUAUUAAUAUAAGCAUCCUUGGAGAGACAAUAAAUUAAAGCAUUAUAAUAUGUUCUUAAAAAACAAAAGCUUGGCAUGAUUGACUGAUUUACUAUCAGAAAUAAAAUGGAAAAUAAACAUAUUAAAGUAUUAAAGAGUAUUAUGGAAAAAAUAAUAAAUCUGAAAUAAAUGUUGAUAACAAUGUAAUAUUAUAAGUAAUUGUUUUUCCCCCCUAAUUUGGUAGGGUUAUGGAGUACAAGUGUCCUAGUGGUUGCAUUCUUUUUGAUGCCAUAUUUGCCAAGCUAAAGGCUAUACAUGUCAAGACUAAUAUACAAUAAUUAAAAACAGCUGUUGAUUAUUUAGUAAAUCUUGUAUUUUUAGUAAGGGCAAAAGUGGCUUAUACAUACAUACUAAACUGUGUUGAUUAACUGUGUUGACUGCCCCAAAAAAUAAUAAUAUAUAUAUAUAUUUUUAGAAAUGAUUAUACUUUAUUAAAAAAAAUGUUAGCAUAUAUCCAGCAAAUUCAGAAGGCUUUGAGUAAGACUUGAAAAUUUCAGAUUGACUAUCUUGCCAUUCCAUGUGCAUAAAAACUCUGUCUGUGAAUAGCAAAACUAAAAACAUAAACCAUUAUUCAUCGUAAUUCUAAAAUAUUCAGUCGUGUAUCGAUUUGUGGUGAUAAUAUACUUCUUACAAAGCUCAGCAGAAUAUGGUUUGGGAUUUUUCUAGUACUUUGGUUGCAGUAUAGGGAGAUACCUCAUACUUAGCAAUUCAGGUCAGAAAUGCCUUUGUGCAAACUCCUACUAAAUAACAUAAAUAUAUAAAAAAAUAUCGCACUCACAGAACUUGAAAAUAAAUUGUCAGGCACCUUUAUUCCAAGUAAUGGGUCACCCUCGGACGAUCAUGUCAGCCUUCUUGUGGCUGAUACAUUUUUAGGCACAGUGAGCACGGGGUCCACGUCUGGAUUUUACCCUUUUGACUUAGGGAGACCAUAACUAUAUGCAUCGAGUUAGUCCUCACUCAGGUCUAAGAAAGGUUUUUGCUCACUUGUGCCAUUACAGCGAUAACCCAUACCAAGGGUUCCCAACCCAGACCUCAUGUACCCCCUACCAGUCUAGAAUUUAGGGAUUACCCUGUUGUGUCUAAAGUGUUUCUUUUUCUUCUGAAAACACCUUAGACACAAUUGGGUAAUCCCUAAAUCCUGGGUUGGUAGAGGGUACUUGAGGACUGGGUUGGGAACCACUGACCUAUACCAUUUACAUAUCAGACUGAUCCCACCUAUUAAGGCAGUCCAGAUAUGAAAUGCUGGAAUGUUCCCACUCUGUGAAAGAUAUAAUUUGUACACUUAAAUAAACAUACAUCCCAACUUUGGGAGGUAUGCCCUUGAAAUAGGGGUACACCUGCACACAUAAGGGGAGUGUCAGGCUGAUUGACAGCAUUAUGACCAGUCCCACUCCGGGCAGACCAUGCAGAGAGCACUGCAUGGUCCCGUUGUCCUCAGCAUAGUGAGCAUGUCUAAUGAUCCAUUUGUGCUGUGCAUGCAGGGGACAAAAUUGGGAUAAUGGACUGGACACUGAAAUUGGCACAGUUGGGAGAUCUGACAAAAUCAUUCCAUUUGUUUUAUGUUUUAUUUCCUGUGUGGACAACUGGCUCACCUUACCCUUUGCUGUCGAUACUAGUAAAAAUUACAAGACUGUGUGGCAUGGGUUAGAUGACACCUAUACCGCAGUAUACUGGCUGGAUCAUAUAUAAAAUUAGGACAAAAUAAUGAAGAGCAGAAUAGUUAUAGCUAGCACCAUGCCAUAGCAAAGUUUAUUCAAAGAGAUCAUUCUCUGGUCUUAAAAUGGCAUGCACCCCGGUGCAUUCUUGUAGGGUGCCAUCCUAGUUAGCUAAGGGCAGAGGAUUCCUUAGCUAAUUUUAAAACUACAAUUUUGUGCUAAAAACCUUGAUAUAGCAUGUGGUGUGUUCUGUCGGAUAGAUAUAGUAUAGAAGGAAUUAAAUAGUAGCGAUUUGUGAUUUAAAGUGCUUCUGCUACUGAUAUUUAGGGCAGAGGCAGAACUACUGCAUGCUUUGGGGGUCCAUCAGGUGGAACAUGCACUUAGAAACACACUAUGAGUAUUAUGGAUGAAGAGGGUGCCCCGGCCAUUAAUCAGCUCCAAUGGGGAGCACGGGAGGGAGGAGGUGGUGGCGGCACCACCACAGGCAUAGGCAGCAUGGGGGAGAAGGUGGAAGACGAUAUUGCUGCUCCAGACUCCACACUCGCUCCCACCAGUAGCAGAACCCCAAGCAAACCACCCUCUUGGACACAAUAGGUAUCCAAGUGUGUAAGUAUGCAUGUGGCAGUUUAUGUGUCUACGUGCAUACAUCCAAGCAAUCAAAUACCAACACAACAUGCAAACACACUCCUGCAAUAUAACACACAUAUUACAUCCAAACACACUUCUGCAUUCAAACUCCAAGAUUAUAUAAAAAACACACUCUUCACUCAAACACCGAUACUACACAAGUGUACAUCCGCAUAUAAAAGCCAACAUUACAUCCAAACACAUCCCUGCAAUCAAACACAGACAUUCCAUGCAAACACAUUCAACAUACAACAAUCAUUCCAAUGUCAACAGUACAUACAAAUACAUACCCUUCAUGCACACACACACUCUAUACAAAAACAUGCUUAUAUUCAAACGCAUAAACAUUGCUCACAUAUACAACCCUGCAAGGUUGGACAAAUGGUAGAUCCCCAGCUGGCAUAGCAUCGUUGGAAUUGUAUGACAGAUGGGGAUCAACCUUUAGGCCCACCACUGAUUUAGGGGGGAUUGGUAGAAGGAAUCAAGAUGAGGUACCCCUCUUUCAGUUUCACUGCAGGAAAUGUGAUGAGACUGCAUGUUCUAUAUUAUUAGACUGUAUCUCACAUUUUAUUUAAUUGUAAAGUGCAUUAUUCUAUUUUUGUAUCUUUCUACAAGAGUUAAAAAAACAAAACCUUGACGUAGUAACUUCAUUUGAUUUCACUAUGUUUGAGACAAGAUCUAGCUGUACAAGAAGUGUAUAAGGUAGUCUUCAUCAAAUUAAGAUUUAGACUGCUCAGCAGGUAAUAUCUUGCGGGUGGCACUUUUCUCUAUGCCAGUUAAACGUUGUGCCAUCGCAUUAGUGUGACAUUCAGCAAAUGAGUUCCAGAAAGCCAGCACAGCAUGUAAAUAAAUUUACUUUGGUCGCAAGUCCCAAAAACACAACUGUUUAAUUAAAGACACACUCUACAACAAAUAAUAUAAAUAAAAUAAGAUAAAGUGACAAAAUGAAACACAUAGACAUUGGCAUCUAUCAACCCACUUAAAGUCAUAUUUAAAGGAACACUAGAGGCACCAAGAACACUUUAUCACAAUGUGCUCAGUUUUUUAACCCUGCAGUUGAAAACACUGCCCUUUUGUAGGAACACAAAUGUUUACAUUACAGGGAUUACCUUCCCUUAAAGGACCACUCUAGGCACCCAGACCACUUCAGCUUAAUGAAGUGGUCUGGGUGCCAGGUCCUUCUAGGGUUAACCCAUUUUUUCAUAAUUAUAGCAGUUUCAGAGAAACUGCUAUAAUUAUGAAUGGGUUAAGCCUUCCCCCUAAUCCUCUAGUGGCUGUCUCAUUGACAGCCACUAGAGGCGCUUGCGUGCUUCUCACUGUGAUUUUCACAGUGAGAGCACGCCAGCGUCCAUAGGAAAGCAUUGUAAAUGCUUUCCUAUGUGACCGGCUGAAUGCGCGCGCGCUCUUGCCGCGCGUGCGCAUUCAGCGGCGGAGCGUAACGGAGGCGGAGAGGAGGAGGGAGAGAGCUCCCCGCCCAGCGCUGGAAAAAGGUAAGUUUUUACCCCUUUCCCCCUUCCAGAGCCGGGCGGGAGGGGGACCCUGAGGGUGGGGGCACCCUCAGGGUACUAUAGUGCCAGGAAAACGAGUAUGUUUUCCUGGCACUAUAGUGGUCCUUUAAGUGGCUGUCAAUAUGACAGCCACUAGAAGUGUUUCCAUAAAAUAGCAAAAGGCCAUCUGAUUGGCAUAGUGUGGCAUUUUGCACAUAUGCACACUGGCCUCCCAAGCAUUGGAUUGGCUGGGAUCAUCAAGACCGAUUAUCUCAGUCAAAGAAGCGGAGCUACAUGGAGGAAACCGAUGUGGCAAGGGCUAAAAGGUAAGUAAAUGACCAUUUUUAAUCUUCUCAGCGAUGGCUCGGUCGCCUAAACGGUGACUAAUUCCUUAUGCUAUAGUGUUUCUUUACAAUUUAAACUGAAAUAUAGCUGGCUUGGAAAGUUUUUCCAGAUAAUCCUGUAACUUGAAAUUAAUUUCGAGUUAAAUUGUUCAUGCCGCAAUAUAUGUUGGAUUGACUACAUGAUUAUGUUACAUUGGAGAAUGUAAGUUGACUCCAUUUGUUGUAAAAAAAAAUUGCUUCUUUAUUGACAUUAUUGGUAGCAAUAUAUUAAGAUACUGACUGUUUGUUUACUCAACAAGUUUGUCAAUGUCGUGAUUGUCACCAUCAUGGCAAGCGAUAUGCUACCCGCAGUAUUUUGCAAAGGAUAAAAUUGGGCGUUCUACCAAUUAUGGUGAUGUGCAUUAAUUUAAAACAUGAAUGAUAUAUUUGAUAUAGUAGCUUAUCUAUUGUCUGGUUUUCACGAUAUAUCUCCCCAUUUCCUGAAACCAGUUUCAAGAAGCUCAAUCGAAUGCUUUCUAUACCAUACCUCGAUUCUAAGUAUAAAUUGAAUUUUUGGUAUUGUGCCAUGCGUAAAGGCUGUAAGCUGUUAAUAAUAUGUUAGUAUAUUUCAGUAAUGUCGUUCUAUUGGAAUGUAUCAAAAUCUGCAUCCCAGUACUAGCCUUAAAUAAGAACAUAAUGUAUGGCCAGUGGGAGACAAGCAGGGAAAACAGUCUCUCCUCUAUUGGACACUUGCAGUUCUCUCUACUUAGCAACUCAGCCUGCUUCCCUGCAGCUCCUGUAGUCGUUCCAAUAUGUCACACACCAGGUGUGAUUGGAGACUGAUAAGAUUAGUAGCAUCUCUAACUGUGCCCUAAAUAGAAUUAUGUAGUCUCUUUCUUUUUUUACAUUAUUAGCAUUUCCAGGAAAACUAAAAUAUAAAUAAUCUUUUUUUUUAAAUUUUUAUUAUUUUUUAAGUCUCAGAUUAGAGUUUCCAUAUUAACCCAUUAAGGACCGAUGGCAAUAUAUGUCCGUAUAUGAGCAGUGCAUUCUACUCUGCAAUAAGGUCCUUAAGAACCAGGUUAUAAUGAAUGUGAUUGGUUGUUAAGUGAUUGGAUACAGCAGCUCUGCAGCACUGGGGGUGCAAGGCUUUUUUCUUUAAUAUGCAGUUUGAAAAGGGCAAACAACAGACACCUAGUCCUGCUGCUGAGAAAGUGCCAAGACAGGGACGAAACGCGUUUAGGACCCCUUUGAAGGUUUUCUGGGAUGCUCUCCAGUGACUCUUCCCCGCGCCCCCAGUAGAUUUUGCUAUCUACAGCUGCCUUUUGCCUUUUGGAUGCCUUUUGCCUUUCCCUGGAUUUCCACCUAUUUGAACGUGCAUAUAAGUUGCACACUGGCGUUUGGUACAAAUAGUGGAGGUAACAUCUUAUUAGGUGGGCUACUAGUUGUUAUUUGCUCUAUCUAUUUUUUAAUAAAUUGUGCACGUAUUCAUUACUUACCUGUGGCGUUAUUUUAGAGCUAUUACCAUGUGCAGGCUUCAAUGGAAAUAUUGGUGUACUACAACUAGUCCUGCUGACAGUAAUCCAUGCGAUUGAUACGUUCCUUGUAAUAAAGGCCUUUUCGGGAUGGUGUAAUAAAGAAAUAUUCAGAGGAGUUAUGUGGGCUACAUUAUGUAAUAUUUUUUAAAUUGAGGAUCUUAUGAAUGGAGUCUUGAAUAGUCCAACAGAAAUGCGACAUAUUGACCUUCAUUCUAUAGCACCAUAGAACUGUUUCCCUAUAACAUAAAGUAUUGUACACUAUAAACCUCCUUGUUCUGGUUCGUAUUGCUAAAGUAACAUGCAGAUCAUCACCCGCAAGGCUUUACUGGGACCGGUUUGCCAUCAAAAUGUAGACACACACCUGGCAACACAGAAUCACAGAUGCUUCAAUAAGAGCAGAAAUCUGUUCUCAAAACAAAAUACAUUGCAUGCUAGAGGCAAACAUAAACUGAUAAACUGCCAUACUUCUCUCGAAAUUGCUGCAAAAUCCAUUAGCUACACAGAUGUGUGUAUUUUGCAUUGUGUAUGAAAUUUGGCACUGUCGUUUAUGAAUUAAAAAGGAUUACUCAUACCAGCUCACGUUAACAAAUCUAUAAAUAUAAUGUGGUUGUGCAUGUGCAAACGACUGAUGUUCAGUAAAAUGCCUUUUGGAAUAAUUGCAUCAAAUAGAGGUGCCAUUUUGGAAGUGUUGAGUGUGGGAAUCAACUGGACUCCUGAGUCCGAGGCACCCUUGCCCUGCAAAUCCCUCUUGUCUGAUGGUCAAAUGGUAAAGUUGCAUAGCCGUGUUUUUUUUUUUUUUUCAAUUUGACAUUUUUUAUUUAUUUUCACAAGUAUUUAAACAAUUCUUGCAACAAUGAGUUGAUCAUUGCACAGUUGACAUUAAUAUUAAUACAUAGGGACAAAUGUAAGAACGCAUUAAUAUCAUGUAUACAUGCAGUAAGCAUAUAGUAAGCAUGAGUGCGACAAAGUUCAUACCAUGUAAACACCAUGAAAUCUGAAUAUCUCCUGAUACCCAUAUAUAUCAGCAUAAUAAAACAGAAGAAAAUCUUCGGGCACUAAAGGAAUUAAAGGCACAGGCAGAUUUAUUGGAUCAAGAAGGCAAAGUAAUGUUUCGACGUAUUAAUAGGUCAGUUUGAUAAAUACCAAUAAAUCUGCCUGUAGCUUUAAUUUCGUGAGUGCCUGUUUUUUUAUACGUGUUUUGGAUUUGCUGGUCUGGCUUCGGUGCCCCCGGUUUUCAGUAGAUUUGAGUGCGGUUCCUUUUCUUCUGUUUCAUAUAUAUCAGCAUGACAUAUUUAGAAUUCCUAGAGGCUGUAUCUGUUGUCAAGUGGGUGUUUUGUACACUUGUCCUUUGAUACUAUUAUGUUGUUAUUGCUUUAAAACACAUGCAACUAAGAAAGAAGGAUAAAGAGAAGUUUGUAGAAAGGUACAACUUCACAACUUCAUGUACUAACCUAGUACAACUUAUUUACAUGUGGGUAGUUCUUUGUUAUUAUAAAUGCCAUGCCUAGCCGCAUCUGUUGACCAGGAGAUACCAGGACAGCGCAGCAAAAACAGAAGCCUGCCCAGCACUUCCCAUUCUUUUAUCCAGGUAAUGUAUAGGGUCCUGGUGCUCUGCUGAGGGCAAUCUGUUUCGGUGCGUGUUGUAAGCCUGUUAUGACCUUAAGUAUAGUGUUACCUUAGCAUGAAUAUAUUAUUAUAUUGACGUAACCAUAAAUACCCAUACCUGGGCACAGCCAUGUUUUAAUUUAUAUUUUCUCUUCCCUCCUGGCAAUACACUAGAUUACACAUAGGGGUAUAUGAAAGUAUGUUCCAGUGCUUGCAGUAUGCUUCCUUGCUUCGACUGAGAAGGACGAGUGGUAUCAAUAGACACUUGGGGCUCCCCUUUGUCUGCUGGGGCCGUUUAAAAAAAAUCUCUUUAAAUAGGCAUUUAAAUGCCUAUCAAAACAUUGUGGUGUGAGCAGGGUUCAGCUCACACCACUAACCCCAUAUAUCAAUGGAUACCCGGUGCUCUUGUAAUUCAGCUGGGGCCAUUUUUAGUUGCCACAGACUGACCGAUAAGUACUGUGCAAUGCUGGAAGUCACUAAAUGAUCACACUCAGCCGAGGUUGUUGUGAGUGCAGGCAGCUUUAGGGAGACCUAGCUUUUGGGGCUGGGACCAGGGCUCUAUUCAGAAUUAUAGUAUGUGUAAUUCUGAUCUCGGCCAGUCGAUGGUGUCAACAUACCACCACUUACUGUGUUAAAUACUGUAAAACCCCACUUCCAAUAUCAGAAUUGAUAUAGGCAGUGGAUUACCUUAGGGUUAAGGUUGGGACUAGUGGUAGCAAUAGGGUUAGGGUUAGAUAUAGGAGUAAGGGUUGGGUAGGGUUAGUAUUAGCUUGAGGGUUAGAGUUGGGUUAGGGAUAAGGCUGAGUUUGUAUUAAGGCCAUUUUAGGGUUAAAGGUAGUGUAGGGUUGAGGUUAAGGGUAAGAUUAGGGUAGGCAUGCAGUUGGAAUUAAUGUAAGCAUUGGGUAAAGGGUAUGGCUGGUAUAGCAUUAGUGUGGGGGUUGGUAUAGGGUUACUUUUGACUAUCAAAAAUUAAUUUAAAUCCUAAAUAUAAUAGGCAUUUAAAAAUAAGGACUGAUAUAUGAAUCAAUUUUGUGUUAUUUUUAAAUAGUUGCACUAGAUGUGUAAAAAUUAUACAUUUAAAAUAUAAAAAAAUAUAUAUUUUAUUCACACAUUAUGUGUUAGGUAUGCAUAUAACAUGUUAAAUGAAAACCCUUUCUGUCCUUUAAAAAUGAUAUAUAAAUAUGUAUGGGGCACCUUAAGAGAAACAAUUAAAUUAUAGUGGAACAAACCUAUAGCUCAAAUUCAAGGUUUUGUUUUGGUUCGUAACCUUGAUAAUUGCCUCUGUCUUUAAGGCAUUUGAUGUGUUUAGAUAUGUAUGAGAGGAUGUUUCUUAUUAUCUCAAACUAAAUAGUAUUCUUAUUCCAAAAUUCUGUAUUUAAAACUAACAUUUUCUUUCAGACACAAUUAAUAUUUAGGGUUGUAAAAGCAUUAUUUUUCUACUGUGAAUUUUAUUAAGUUCUCUUGUUUAAUAUUGAAAGUGAUACACAAGAAUAAAUUGUUUAACAACCAACAACUAUAGGAAAAAACAUCCAAGGAUGAGAUGGGAAUAAUGGAUAAUGGAGAGAAAAUUAAAGGACCACUAUAGUGCUAGGAAAACAAACUCGUUUUCCUGGCUCUAUAGGGUCGUUGGAUCCCCCUCCCGCUGGGCUCUAUGGGGAGUAAGAGGUUAAAUUCUUACUUUUCUCCAGAGCUGGGCUCCCUCGGCGCUGGGGACUUUCCUCCCUCUUCCGACAUCAUCCGCCGAAUGCGCAUGCAUUGGACAACAUAGCCAGUAAUAAGGACCCAGAAUUAUAUUCACUAAAUAAUUUUAGAGUGUAGUGACAAUAUUCAGAAAAUCUUUAAAUAAUCAGAAACACACAUCAGCUGCACUUGGUUAAGAAUAAAUUGUUUAACAACCAACAACUAUAGGAAAAAACAUCCAAGGAUGAGAUGGGAAUAAUGGAUAAUGGAGAGAAAAUUAAAGGACCACUAUAGUGCUAGGAAAACAAACUCGUUUUCCUGGCUCUAUAGGGUCGUUGGAUCCCCCUCCCGCUGGGCUCUAUGGGGAGUAAGAGGUUAAAUUCUUACUUUUCUCCAGAGCUGGGCUCCCUCGGCGCUGGGGACUUUCCUCCCUCUUCCGACAUCAUCCGCCGAAUGCGCAUGCAUUGGACAACAUAGCCAGUAAUAAGGACCCAGAAUUAUAUUCACUAAAUAAUUUUAGAGUGUAGUGACAAUAUUCAGAAAAUCUUUAAAUAAUCAGAAACACACAUCAGCUGCACUUGGUUAACUCUAAAUACCUGACCUAAAUAGUCAAAGUAAUAGUCUUCAUACAUGGUUUAUUGGUUCUUAGAUUCAAUGUUCUAUUAUUUACCAGUUUUUGCAGAAAUAAUAUCCAACCUUUAAUGGAUGCAAUGGUAGAUUUUGACAGUAAAAAUACUGAUCAUUUCACCUACGUUAUCCUUUAUGCCCCACCAAAAAUUACAUGUAGAAAAUAAAUUGCUAGAUAUCCUGCAUGCAAGUAAUUCUAUGAAAAUCCAAGAUGGCUUCCUAAGACUGAGCUGAUGACACUUCCAGUUCCAAUGCCGGUUUCAGUUGUUUUAAACGUAGAAGGUCUUAGAAUGUUAAGUCUUAACAUGUUUGGCUGCUGCUUGAUUCUCUGUCAAAGUAUUUUUUAAGCGAGAUGUAACCUAAUGAGAGACCAACUCUGGUUUCCUCUCAUACAAAGGGCUAAUGUGAAUGUCUUAAAAUAAACCAAUAAAGAUGGCAAUUUAAAGAAAAAAAAUCAAAAAUACUGAUCAUUUUUGUACAGAUAGAAAAUUAACAGGCAGGCAGACAGACAAACUGAGAGAUAUUGGAGUCUUUCUUUGUUGAUUGGUUUAGCACAUUGACAGUGACAUCUAUUGAUACCCCAGUAAAUGAAUGUUCCUGCCAUGCUUCACACCAACUAGUAAAAUAGAAAGCAGUGGCAGUAAUAUUGAUGCAAAACAUUAAAAAGUGAUAUACUAAAACCCUAUUUAAAAGCUUUUUGUUUCUUAAAGCAUGCUUGGAAUGAAAGCCUACUUAUUUAAUGGAAAUACGUACCGCAAACCAUAUAAUCAUUAUUUGCUAACAUGCAUCCACACCAUUGAAUGGUACCGUUUUAAUUUGAUGUGUGGCAGCUAAGUAUGUUUUUCAGUCCAAAUGUAUUCAGCGUACAGCUGUGCCCAGCGAUAACACAGUGAUUGUAUGUACAGCCAAGUAAUGCAGAGCCUUUCCCCACAUACUGAGAUCAUUCUGCAAUUUAUUGAGCGGCUACGUUGCCAUAAAUGCCAAGGGCAGGGUAAUAAAUUAUGUGCUGGGAGCAUGCUGAACAACAGUUCCAGAAUGUUGGGUUUGACCGAGAAUUCAAAAACUUUAAAAGGGCUCUGUUAUAUACUAUGUGUGUAUAUAUGCCUUGGUGCAGAAUAUUUUGAAAAUCUAUUCAGCAGUUUUCAUUAAACAUUUUUUUAAAAAAUCAAACAAAAGAUUGUAAGCAAACCGUGGUCAGUUGGAGAACGGUUCAUCAAAAGAGUAUUCCAAAAACAAUUGUCUGUUUCUUGUACAUUAUAAAGCUGUGUGCUGCUCUGCAAAAUUACAGGUUUUGAUUGGCUGCUGACAUCACAUAUUAUCUACAGCCUUGAUUUUUUUCUAAUCAGUCUCUAAGAUGCAAUUCCAAGAUGGCCACCUCCACCAGAAUAAAUGGCAGAACUUCAAGUUGUAAUUGCAGCUAAAGUUUAUCUAGCUUUCGUAUAUGAAAACAAUAUUGAUCUAUUUUAAAUUAAUCAAUGGGACACCAUAUUCAGGUAACAGUAGCACUUUAAUAGUGCCUCAGUGAAUGUAGUGGUUUAACCCAGUUCAUGCAUUUAAGCAGUAAAUAUUACAAUUCCAAAGGACACAUGUUUUUGCGUACAAAAAGUUUUAUAUUUUUUGUAUCCUAGUUUUAAAAAGUGUUUUGUUUUUAUUAGUGAUGUCGCGAACCGUUCGCGAACUUGCCGCAAACGGUUCACCGCGGUUCGCGGCGAACUCCGGUCAGCUGACACAUCCCUGCCAAUCUCCGGCAGACCCUCCCUCCCAGACCCUCCUACUUCCUGGACAGCAUCCAUGUUGAAGGCAGCUUCAACAUGGAUGCUGUCCAGGAGGUGGGAGGGUCUGGGAGGGAGGGUCUGCCGGAGAUUGUCAGGGAUGUGUCUUCUGACCGGAGUUCACCGCGAACGGUUCGUGGCGAACCGUUCGCGGCAAGUUAGCGAACGGUUCGCGUCAUCACUAGUUUUUAUUAAUAAAAGAGCGUUAAUGACAAAAUAUGAAAAAGAAAUUAAACAUAACAGUAACAAAAUAAUCAAUUUUUAGUGGAUUUACAGUUACUCGAUUUCACAUCACAGGAAAUUAUAAAUUCAGCAUAAAAGAAGACUUCCAGAAUAUGAACAAGAGUACCAUACACAUGAUGGGCAUCUGUGAGCUAAAUUUAAAGUUUAUAUUUUUACAACAUUGUAAGUACAAUAUAGAUGUACCUGUACCUGUGAAUAGUUUGAACCUGUUUUUAGCUGUAUCUAUUUGCAUCCAAUAGUAUUACAGAAUAAUUUUAGGGCUUUAUGAACUUUGAGUGAAAGCCUUUCUUUUUGUGGCUUUGAAUCUUGCAUCUUGCGUUGGUAAUAUAAUUCCCUAUCAAGUGCCCCUGCCAGCACUAACAGUGAUUUCCGAUUUAAAGUCUACGGUGGGCCUUUCUUCAACAGACUGCAGUCAUUCCUGAUCAUAGAUUAGAUGUGUGCAUGCUCAGCACGGGUACCUAUUAAUAAAGUUCAUCAUAUGCACCAUCUAGUUAUCCCUUCCAUCAAUUACAUGUGUGCUUUUUAAUUGGAUAUUGAUUGUUUCAAGGUAAAUGCGAUAAGGCUUGGCAGCAGAUACAAACCAAAAGAUUUUUUUUUCUUGAUAAAUAGAAGCUUGGGAUUUUGAGCCGUCAACCAUUUCAUAAAUAAGUCUUAGGGGGAUGCAUUGUUCUAUUCAUUAGGUUUUUGUUUUCUAAAUAUAGACACUGAUGCUAGGUAGAGUUAAAGUGGUCACUGAUGGAUGUGAUAAGUUACAUUUAACAUCCAAACUAGUAUGAACCAUAGCUCAGCUUGCAAUGGCUGGAGUUCCAGAGCAAUUGCAUCAGCUGAUGCUAAAGGAUAUCAAUAAACAAUAGAAACCUUGGGCAUGAACUUCAUUUCUUAAAUCACUGCUAGGGUAUAAUAUAUUAUUGUACAUUAUGAUUUGUGAUCAGAUUAUUUUCUUUAACAACUGAUGUAACUAUAACAUAUUCAAAAAUAUUAUUUCAUUUUGUAAAUGAUGCUUUCUCAUUGUGCACAGGAGGACCUUCCAAAUGUUUUUUUUUAAAUCACCGUUUAGUUGAUAUACCCCAACAAAAACAUAAAUGCAUUUCAUUAUUAUUUUUAUCAUUGGGGUAUAGCUAUUAAAAGCAGCAGUUCUUGACUGAAGCCUUUGUAAGCCCUCCUCUUUUUUCCCAGCCAAGAAUUUAAAAAAAUAAUUCUUGUCAUAUUUAGUGUAUUAGCGUUUUACAGAAUAUACAUAUAUUACGACGUGUUGAUUGCAAAUUAUACAGAACGUAGAAUGCAUUGUUAAAAAGCACAAAUAUAAAUAUAACAGAGAAAAGGAAACAGAAGCAAAACUAUAACACAAUAAGAUUAGCAUUUAAAAAAGGAUUAUACUACAUCAGCCCCAAGGGGAGGCUUCCUACAUCAUGAAUAAUCCAACUCGACACACUGCAUCAGAUGUCCAGUAGAUCAUUAUUUUGCUGCGUUAUGUGUCGUGUCUGAUACAUAUUUUAGCCAAGAUUGCCACAUACUGUCAAUUUUUUUUUCCCCUGGGAAACAUUUUCAUUGCACUUGUGUUUGUACAAAUAGUUACAUUUAAUCAUUUCCAACAAACUCUGGAAAGAAGGGGGUGUAUUUGCCUUCCAUCGUAAAGCUAUGAGGUGGCAUGCUGCAAGUGGAACAUGAGUAGACAAAAUUCUACUGGGUCAGAGAGCAUCAUUUGUGGUCAAUAGCAACCUAUAACUGCAGGGUUCAAAGGGUAAGUCCAGGACUGACAAACCCCUUAGUAGUGAGGCUGCCUCACUCCAAAACAGCUGUAUCUUUUUGGCAGAACUACCAAAUGUGUAAGAUGGGUCCUUCCUGAUCGCCACAUCUCAAACACAGGUGGAAGCAGAAGAAUAUAUUUUAUGAAGUCAAGAGGUAGCUGUGUAUCACUGAUAUACUAGCUUAAGGUGGGUCUCUAUGCGGUACUAACAUGUUGUUACCCCUUUGAGAGCAUUUAGUAACUGCUCCCACUUCCUGUCCGAGAGUUGUAAUCCACACUCCUCCUCCUAUUUCUUUUGAAAUGCAUAUUUACGAGUGGACAAAGUCUGCUCUAGAACUGUAGAACAUACUGACAGUGCGUUGGCUUUCAAUGGGGACCUCCAGCAUCUGUCAAGGAACAUUUAAAAGGAUGAAUUUCCACAUUAUAAUGUGGGACUUGAGGAAAUUUUUAAGUGUCAAAUAGGGGAAAAUAUGACUGGGAAAUAACUUGAAGGCCUCCUGUAGGUGCGGGAAUGGUUGCAGUUUACUCUGCGAUAACAAUUGGGCCACAUUAGUGAUACCUUCAUCUAUCCGCCUCUGUACAGAUAGCCAGGGGUAGUUCAGCCAGUUCCAUAUUAACUAAUUGAAGGGCUGCCUUAUGGGCAAGUAGAACUAAUACCGCCUGUAAUACCACCGCUAUAUAGUACAGAAGGAUAUUUGGUAGCUCCCUCCAACCCAUCCUUUGAGAAAGAUUUUUGAAUUAACAUUGGGUGAAAUCUGGCCUUCCAGUGUUCACAAAUAAAAUGUGUUAAUAAACAAAUUGUAUGUUUUUGCAGUAUGCUGGAGUCAGGGAUAUGGGUAGCAUACAUUGUAAUUGUGUUUAUUCUGCCAGCCCAAGAUAUGGAAAUAUGGUUCAAUCAGGAUAGUUCCGUCUUAUACUACUGCAGAAGUGGUAUGUGGUUAUGUUUGAAUAUAGUAUGCACUAAUCUCGUUAGGUUAAUUCCUAGGUAUGUGAUAUAUGAGGCUCUCCAUUCAGUUAUGCCUACUUUUGAGGUCUAUCACCAAUGACUGACAGGAAUUCAUCAACAUGGCUUGAUGCUUUGUCUGAGUAAGCUUACAAUAUGACAACUGACCAGACUGAGACAGGUUCGACAAGACCACCGGUGAGAUUUGGACAGGUCACUGAAUAUAAGUAUCAUGUUGUUUGCAUGUUUGCAAACAACGUAGUCUUUAUUAUCAAUGUCAAUGCCUGAGAUAUCUGUGUGAUGUCUGAGUGACUGUGCUACUGGUUCAUAUGACAGUAUGAAAAGGAGAGGGGAUAAAGGGCAGCCUUGAUGGGUACUAUUCGAUAUGUUUAAUGACACUGAUAAAAAAAACAGCAUUGAGGACAUUGGCAGUUGGAUAUUUAUACCAAGCCAUUACCCUGACAUUAGCUAUUGUGGGAAGCCAAAUUUGUCCAAAGCAUGGGUCAUAUAUGUCCAGGCUACUAAAACCUUCCCUGUUAGCUCUCUUGAGGUGAGACAGAAUGAUAAGCAGUUUCCACUGAGUUUUCCAAGCAUUGGUGCGAAUGAACCCUGAUUGGUCGUUGUUUAUUAUAAAAUUCAGAAUUCAGAUAGUCUGUUGGCAAACAACUUAACAUACAAUUUAGUGUUGCUAUUUACCAGAGAGAUGGGUCUGAAAUUGGAAGACUGGGUGGGUGUCUUUACAGGUUUAGGUAUGGUUGUAAUAUGGGAUCUAAGCAACUCCGUCCAGACUUUUUGUUGCGGUCUAAUCACAAACUUUCCAAUGCAGAUCAUUGAGAAGUCUUUGCAAGGCAGAUGCUUCAGGAAGGUGCUUUGAGCUGCCUCUUGAGUUUCCCCUCCACUGAGCCAAACAAUCAGGAAGUAACAGGAUUGGCUGUCUAAAUGACAGCCAGGAGGUGUAACAAGGUUUAUAAGAAUGCCAGUUUCUAUUGAAACCUGCAAUUGUUGUAACAACCCGAAGUGUGUUAGUGUCCCUUUAACUGAUCGAAGAUGCAGCAACAUUGAACUUGUACUGUGACUUAGAUUGAAUACUGGUCCCAACUAUGAUUCUAGAUUUUAUUAUAAUUGUUGUAAUGUGUGAACCUCAGUCCAGUGUUUCAUUCAGCGGUGACAGGAACUCAUUUGGACAUUUCAGGCUUAUAUCACAAAUUAAUUGUACAGGUUUAAAUCAAUGUUGUGACAAUUUCACAAAAAAUAAAUAUAUCAGGCAUUACUCUAAUCAGUGGCUGUCACUGAACAUAAAAAUAAUAUUAAGUCAGGUGCUAGGGCUGUAAGGGUUAAAUAACUUAGUGCGUUAUAUGUGUAGGCUACUGGAUGCGAACAUUUUAACUGAGGAAACAUUUUGGAAAAAAGUGAGUUGUCAUUUUGUGGGAUUAACACUUUCACACUCAGUGACUGUUCACUAGCUGGUUGAGAAAUGCAUUACAAAGCCAAAGAGGCAAUCUCUAGGUAACGAGUGUGAGAUCCUUGAGUAGCCUACAGAGUAAUUGUGAGAAAUGUGGGAUAUAAUUUAUCUCCAGCAAUGAAAAUGAUCCAUUAUGCUUCCCCUCUACUUUCAUCAUCUCUGCUCACUUCCCACACCUUCACUUCGUUCCUGCUUUCUAAUUCAUCAUAUUCCCUCCAUGGCCCCAAAAUGUGAUAAUCAUAUGAAAAUGUCAACUUUUAAGGGAAGAAUAAAGCAUUAUUGGAAUUUUAAAUAUCUCACAACAUUGCUAGUAAACAGUGAGCCAGCAGAAAUAUAUUGUUUAAAGGGGCGCUUUAAGCAACAAAAUUGCAACAGCCUAUUGUACUUGUUAUUGUGCAAUGAGUCUGUGAGUGCUGUCUCCACAAUCUUAAAACAAUUUGACAAAAACAAGGAAUCUUUGCUGAUGCUUAACAUCUAAUUCUUUUUCUGCAGCUCAGGUAACGUUGAAGCGAUUAUGAGAAUUAUGCAUAUACGCUAAAGUGCUGUCUACAAUCUGCAUCUUAAAAUGCCAUACCAGUCACACAGGCUGCAACUCUUACACAAACAUCGCAACACGACUUACAAACAAGGCUUACAACCAGUUACAACAAAUGCUAAUUCUGUUGUUUGAGCAAGAACAUACUGUUUUUAAAAGUGGGCCUUCCCGGGCACUUAGAGUCCAGCCCAGCCUUUUUUUUGUGGAAUGCUGAGGAAAUGCAGAAGUGGACUUUCACAUUAGCUUGUUCAACUUUGGGUGGCAAUAAUAGUUUUGGAACGCGAGACGAUCCCACCUACAUUGGUCUCAGCCUAUCAGUGCAGUUCAAAGUUUGAUGGACUAAUGUAGGAGUCCACUUCCAAUUAGGGAAGCAACAACAGAUGCCUCCUCCUUCAUUUAUUUAUUUAUUUUUAAUUACACCCUAAUCUAUUCAUAGAUGCUGGCAGAGCCUUAGUUUGUGUUAAACUGCUUGCAAAUGGUUCAACACAAGCUGCAUUGAUGGAGGUACAGGGGGCAUAAGUAAAUGUGAGCAGAUAAGAACGAGAUAAAUAAUAUCAUACAUGCUAUCAUAUGAAUUAUCAAAAAACAAACAAACUACACUCCUGAUAAUUAAAGUUCAGUUAGCGAACACUGUCCACAAACUGGAAUUAUUUGCUGUAGAAUGACCUUUAACUUUAAGAACAUAUGGGUAUAAAGAUGGCUUAUUCAGCAAAGGCUAACAUUCUGGCCUGGAAUAAAUGAUAUAAUAUCAGAGUAUUUCUGGCAACUUGUUAUCUGGGGGACAAGUACUAAUGAAUGACCCUUAUUUUGCACAGUGAGAACAUUCUGUGUAAAUGGUCCUACUCACACAAUGCAUCCAAUAUAUGGAUUCAUCAUCAUCAUGCCUCAACAUUGAAUUCACGGCACAAGAGUCCCUUAGCUUGAUUGUGAGGGAGCAAGGAUGCAAAAUGAGUCUACUAUUACUCUUCACCUUCUUUAUUUCUCCACUUUCAUGGCCAUUUCAGCACACAUUAUUUGUAUGUCUUUUUGUGCAUUAUUUUCCCAGGAGUAACUGUGCUGACUUUGCUCGAGUGUGAUACAUUGGAGGUGAUUUUUUGCUCAGUUCCAUUUAAACUAUGUUUUUUUUAAACACUAGAAGCAUUAUAUUGAACAAUAGCAUGUGUUUGACAAAGAACAGCAUGUUUAUUUAUAUUUAUUUACACAUCCAAUUAAAUAUAAGCAAUUUCAUUGAAUUUCUUUAAAGAAGUAUAGUUAGCAUAUGGAACCCCAUACUUUUGAAAAGCCAACUGUCUUUAUGGGAGCUACAAAUUACAAACUGACUACCUCAGGGUGAGGUAGUCAGUUUGUAUUUUAGAUAAAUGUAUGUUUUAAUGUAACUGAAGCACUUUGGGCAACAACGUUGCAAUUAAAUGUGCUAUAUAGAUAAAUAAUAACAGUUACUCCAACCACUCCAGUUGUAGACUACUGGUGGAGGCAAGAACACCUCACACAAUUUCACCAGAAAUUGUAGCUUUUCUAGUUUAUAUAUAUUUUUGUCAAUGUUACUAGCUUCUAGCUUUCAAUCUAGAGAAUGAACAUUGAUGACUUACUCCUUAGCAUCAAUGCAUAUUUAGUUAUGAUUACCCUAAGUAGCUUUUAAGCCUACUCUGCAUGUCUGUUUCUCUAUAACAAAAAGAAGAGUUAAAGGGACGCUGUAGGCACCCAGAUCACUUCAUCUCAUUGACGUAGUCUAGGUGCAGUGUCCCAGUCCCACUUACUCCUGCAAUGUAAACAAUUGCAAUUUUCGAGAAACUGCAAUGACUACCUCGAGGUCCUGUCAAUAGAGGCACUAAUUGGUGGACCACAGUGAACUAUAAUGUAAAGAAUACUGAUUUGUAUUCCUUACACUAUUGAAUCCCUUGAGUUAGGAAGCUGAAGGAUUAUUUAUUGUACCCAUGAAGAAGAAAUAUGGAGUCGCUAAUUUAAAGUGCUAUUCUACCUAAGGAGGCAGGGAACAAGGACAAAUUCAGCAUUGUGCAUUUUAACAUAAAGACUUCCCUGUGACCAGCAGAUGUGGUAUGCAUACAAUCUGUACUGAUAUAUACUGGAAUCCAAGUCAUGGAAUCUUGCAUGUGGACUAUUAGAAAAAAAUGAAAGUUGUGGUUAAGAGCAUAUCAGAGUUUGUGAUCAAUAGCCAAACUAAAAAUAAAUGUAUUCCCCUAAUUUUUUAUGAGACUGUUUUCAAGCAGAUUGAAAACAAUUUAAGGAUUUUCCAUCACCUUAAGUCCACCUCCUAUGCUUUGGGAUGUCAUAAUGAGGAAAUUCACUUCCUUGUUAAUCAUUGUAAAUAACUGUACUUGGGUAAGGCUAAUUUAGCCGUACUGUAUUGCUGUUAACCAACUUGGCACAGCCACAUUUAUGUUGUACUGUGCAAGUGAGCCAGUAUGAAUUAAAGGGGCACUAUAGUCACCAAAACAACUUUAGCGUAAUGAAGCAGUUUUUGUAUAUAGAUCAUGCCCUUGCAGUUUCACUGCUCAAUUCACUGCCAUUUAGGAGUUCAAUCACAUUUGUUUCUGUUUACCUCCCCUAUCUGUGACUGACACAGCCUGCAUGAAAACAAAAAAAUAUUCUAAAUUAAACUGAAUUUGCAAUAAAGGAAGUGUAAACAUUAGAUAACUCUUUACAGGGAGUGUUUAGGAAGGCUGUGUAAGGCACAUGCAGGGGGGGUGUAACUAGGGCUGGAUAAACAAAGUGAUUUAACUCCUAAAUGGCACCAAAACUGCUUCAUUAGGAUAAAGUUGUUUUGGUAAUUAGCUGCAACUGAAUCUUGCUUCACCUGUACAAACAUUUGCUACAGACAAUGACAGAGCAUGUUCAGAUUCUGAUCAAGAAGAGGAGUGCCUGAUGACUCCUGACAUUGGGACUUGAUGCGUUGAUUUAUAUUAGCUUACCAAUAGCAUAUCGAUUCAGCACAUUUCAAGCGUGAUAAAACACGGACCGGUACAUUUCCCAUUUCAUGCUUAACACAGGAGUUUAGCUACUUUAAAGGGAAAAAUGCAUAAUGUGCGUCUUCAUAAUAUACACAUAGCAAUAGGUUUCUAUUUGCCAUUGUCUACAUAGUUAGGAAAUGCAGAACAUUUUAUAAAAGGGAAGCACACAUCACUACCUGCCGCUUGCUGAAUGCCAGUCUCCUGUGUAUUUCAUACUUUCAAUUUAUUUUCCCUUCUAGUUCACGGAUGUUUCGUUCCAUUUUUUUUUAAUGAGUUGGCCCCGUGCCAGAGUACCAUCAUUUUAAUGCAGUGUAAAAAUGGAAUAUACAUAAUUAUAUGCGAGCCAUAUGGGAUGGAGACAGCUCAGCUGUGAAUUUUAGGAGGCGAGGAGAAAACUAGACAGAGAGACAGAACAGUUGUAUGAGACGAGUUGAGAGCAGAGAGCAAAUGUCACCGAGAAAUGAACGUUUUAAUGAGUGUGUCACUGACACCCCUCCUCUCACUAUAUCUACUGACUCCAUCAGUGGGAGCCGCGAUGUAGUGUUUGUAGGAAAUUAAACAUUCCAUCCAGACAGCCUAAAGGGUCCACUUAAUAUUCUCAUUUAAAUUGUAGCUUUCUUAAUUAACAACGUAGAUCAAAAUAACAUGCAAUAAAGAAUGCAUCAUCCGGAAAAAAAUGUUUUACCUCUGAUUUGGUAAUGAAGCACCGUUGACAUUGAUGGUGUGCGCUUCCUGAUAAUACAGGACUUGAGUGCAUCCCAACAAAUCAUUUUGGAUUGCAGCAUCACAUUCUCCUGGCAGGGCUUUCAGAUGGUUGCUACAAACAAGGGAAAAACUGCAUUUGUUAAAUAACUUAGCAAGUAAUGGCAAAUACAUUUGAAAGCACAGGAGGACCGAGAAACAUUAGUGUGUCGUCACUGAACUGAGGAUUGUUGAGAAGUGUGAACAUAAUUUCACAAUUUAGACCAAAACUUGGGAUAUUCUCCAAACACAGCUUUUAUUAGAUCUGCAAUUUUGCCCAAAAUGUGCAAUUCUCUUAUUAGUUCUCAUCAGUUCUAGACUCUGUGAAUGAACCCCGUUAGUGGUGGUUCUCUCUCUAAGUCCUUUAAUCCAUUGUGUACCAGAGGCGUCAGCAGUCAUUUUUUUUUUUUUUUUAGGUAAACGAAAACAUCACUGGCAAAAAAAAAAAAUUAUUAUUUUUCCUAGUCCCUCAAUAUCAUCCAUUUUAUUCAACAAGUACUCUAUUAUAAAAUGAAAGUUUAAUAUCAAAUGCAAGUAAUUUAUAAAAACUGAAGUGGUUCUAACUUACCCGUGGCACCUUAGAAAGUACUUCAAAGAACACGUGUAAUGCAACAGAAAAAAAAAGUUUUUUAUUAUUAAAUUGUGCAGCGUUUGUGCUGAUUUACCAAUUCUGAUCAAUGUAUUUAAUACCUAGAAUGCAAUCCUUGGUACUUAGAAUCAUACAGAACCUGCACCCCAAUAGCCACAUAUAAUUGUAUGAUAACAUAUGUUCUGCUUAUGUUUUUGUGUUAUUCUACCUGGCUUAUUCUACUCAAUAUAUAUUUUUAUAUAGAAUAAUAGUUUAUGAAUCUAUGAUAAUACAAAUAUAGUUAUGGUGUGGUUUUCUUUAAAUUAUUUAUUUAACUUUUUAUAUGUAUGACGCUAUGUUUUAUUUUAAAGUUGUUGAACGAAUGUAGCUGUUUCAUUCCUGUUUUAUUUGAAGUCCCUAAAUAGGCCAUUUUAUGUUCCUUCAGGCUAGAGAUGAAGAUGGACAUGGUGAAAAUUUCUCCCAGCAGCACUAUGCUAAGGAAACUCCGAGACUUGCCUUCAAGAAUAACUGCGAGCUACUUGUAAGAAAAAUUUCAUACUAA